AUGGCUGGGGAACUGUGUUUACUGCUCCUGUUACUGUUUUGUGGAAGAACGAUUUCCGAAGUGCAGCCUUUAUACCAACCGCCUUCCGAAACUCUGGAUUUUGGGUUUGUUCCUGCAAAGACUUAUGACACCGCAGCGUACCACGAACCUGGAGCAAUAGGGAUUUUGUUUCGAUUAGUCCAUACUUUUCUCUAUUUAGUGCAACCAAAUUAUUUUCCUCAAGGUAAGUCUUUAAUAUUGAACUGUCCUAAAGCAUGUGUGCUGGUUGAGGCUUUAGUUUGGCGUGGCAGCUCUUAUCACAGACUAUGGUUUGUGAGCGUACCUUCAGAAAAUAAUAAUAAUAAUAAUAAUUAAUAAUUAAAAAAUUACUUUUUAUUAAAUUUGUAUAGCGCCCUAUACCCACAGCUCUGAAUGCGCUGGAACUGCAGUUGUCUUUUAAUAAUAAUAAUGAUAUUAAUAAUAAUAAUAAUAAUAAUAAUAAUAAUAGAUGAGGUGAAAAAACUUGCAAAGGGAAUGUAGACAGCCCUAUAAGUCAGCAAUUUAGAAUCAACAUGUGAUGGGCAGUCCAUUAAAUAGUACGAGUGCGGAAGUUUCUUUAGUCUGUUGCAGAUUUUUUUUUCUUGUAGACUUCUAAAUAUGUAGAUGAGAGCAGUGUGCUUUAAACUUCCUAAACUGGGGGAGCCAGUUGGAGUGGAUGCAUAGACCUUCUUGUCCAUAGGUGUAAACCUUUUAAAAUAAAAAUAUAUUACACUAAUGAUAGAUUUAUGUAUUGUGGAAUUAGUUGGUCACCUGAAAGCCCUUUCUAGAGUACAAAUUCUAACUUCUUUUGCCAUACUUCAGAUGUUACACUUGUCUGCACCAUUAUAUUCUCCUACAUGGGUUCUCAGUGACCUCUGCAGCAAGAUUGCACUAUAGAGCAGUAGUGUGAGAAUCUUUUGGACUGCAAUUAAUAGAUUCAGAAGAUUGUCAGUGAUGUCUCUUCCUCCAGCUGGUUAAGGGUCAGGCAAGUGAGAGAGGAGCAAUUAGAUCUCUCUUGAUUUCUCUUAAAAGUAGUUGUAGGGGUCGUGGAAUUUGAACAAGAGUGUGGUACUAAGGAAAUGGUGUUGUACCCUUUUUAUCCUUCAAUGUUCUCCCCCUCCCCUGCCCUGUUUUUUGUUCUGCUGGGGGGAAAUCAUGCCCAUACGUUUUCCAUAAAGGAGCAGCUGGAUUUGGAUCUAGAUUGUGAAACUGGGGAGAAAGGAUCAUCACCACACAGGCACAUUCCUGAUCCACUUUGAGAGGUCCAUGUUGCUUCUUUUAAGAGAUAUCUUGGCAUCUCGUCUAACUUGAACUUAGGUAGUAUACAACAACAAUAACCCAGAAGUUGUUUGAGGGAUCAAUAUGGCUUAUGUUCAUCUUCUAACAAUGGCAGACCUUCCCAAAGUUGUGUUGGCAGCCCUUUUAAGGUAUUGUGCAAUCCUCCUUCUGCCUGUCCCCUCGCCCAGAUUCUGAUCCAUAGCACGAGAACCAUCCCAUUGGCUUAAAACAUGGUUCUGUGCUUCUCUCAAGGUUCUUAAUCUUUUGCUUUCUCCCUUCAAAUUCGAAAGAUAGGCCCUCUGGAAAUUCCCACCUAAAAAAAAUGUUCUUUCUCCUCAGAAUAUCUGUCAGGUCCCUAUACUGGGAUCUCAGGUUCAAAAAAUGCCUAGGAACCUCUUUGAAGAGCACAACGGAUUUAUUGAGGACUUUGAGGCCUUUUUUAUAAUGAUGCCCCAGAAUGAUAUCUCUUGGUUCCCUGGUCUUAAAGACCACAAUACAAUCGUAGGUUAUUUUAGUCUCUUUUUUUAGGACCAAAUCUGUAAGCUUUCUCCACCCAGUCUUCCACUUCCUCUUUUUUUCAGAUCCCAGAAUUCCACAAAAUAUCCUAUCAAAGAUUCUCUGAGUUUAUCCUGAUCCAGAUAAGGGAGCCCUCAGAUAAGAUUCUUUCGGACUCAAUUGGAGAAACUGCAAUCUCCUUCCACCCAAUGCUGGUCAAUGGGGCAAGGGACAGGGGCGUUGAUUGAGUGGCUGUCUGCCACCGAUGGAGUGACACUACAUUUGGUGUCACUCGUUUGAUGCAGACCUCAAUGGAUGGAGCUGAGCUGGAUCCCAAGCCACUCUCUUAGCCAGCCCUGGCUGACAAAGGACCAGGGACCAGCCUGAAGCUGGUGUUGGGAACUAUGCUGAUGUGCCUGCCCCUCCUGACCUCCCAUAGCUGCUGCCAGGUUGUAGAUGCUGCAAUAACUCCACUGCUCUUCACAGUCUUGGUGGUGGCAGCAGCAGGUUAGCAUUGCUUUGCGCAUUCUUGUGAAAGUGCUUGGCACAGAGCGUUCUCAAAUUAUAGAGCAGGCCCUAGGGAUGUUGAUAUGUUGAUAGUGGCACAGGCUGCCAAGGACAGAUAGGAUCUCACAGCAGGGCAGUGCUAGAGACCACUUACUUCCUACAGCAUCUGGUUUUCCCAGGCUGUCUCCCAUCCAAGUACUAACCAGGCCUGACCCUGCUUAGCUUCCGAGAUCAGACGAGAUUGGGCGUGUUCAGGGUAGUAUGGGUGGCCAACUAGCUAGGCGAAUCGUGGGAGCUGAAGAGAGGCAGAGAGCCUAUGGAAGGACUGGUCAACCUCAUUCCUUGGCUGGCAGACUUUAGGAGGGAAUCUGGGGUGCCCUGCUCCCCUUCCUAUGGGAUUAGUGCUCCAAGCCAGGAUCCUAGACUGCGCGGAGCAUUUUGCCUGCAAAAGAAAUGACUACCAGGAAGUUGAGUUGAUGGGUUCAUAGGGUAGCAUGUCUUUUUAGAAAGGGGAGGGGGAAUUGAAAACAUUUGAGCAGGAAGUACAGCAGGAAGUUGGGGUGAACAACCUGCGUCCCUCUAUAUGAACUUGGACUCCAGAGUCCCAUUAGUUUCAACCAGCAUAGCUGGGGAUUACAAGAAUUGCAGUCUAGCAACAUCUGCCAAAGGGAGUGGUUCACCAACCCUAGCAUAAAAGAGAGUCUGCCAUUCUUGCCAUUCCAUUUGCUGCUUUAAUGUGUUUUCCUUUGGGUUUAAUUCUCCUUGGUUGAUUCAGCUAAUAUUUAAGAUUUCUCCUUGAAAGAUUGCCCUUGCAUGCUAAUUACUUGAGCAAGCUUUUAAUUCAUUUGCAUCUCUUUGAAGACUUCUAUAUAACGAGCCAUGCAAAUAUUGCACAGAGGGUUCCCAUUCAUUUUUGCUGGUCUCGAUCCAGGGCGUUUAGCUCUGCAGCAUGUUGUGCAGAAUGUUAGCAGGUGAGACUUUUCUUAGGAGGGAUAUCUUGGGUGAGGAAAGCUUCUGCCAAAGUGCCAAGCUAGGGUUAAGGACGUCGGCAGGGUUAGUUAAGACCUGGCCAUCUUUACUGCAGAAAGCAAAUAAUGGCAAUUAGUUGUUUGAGCUAGCAUCAGCAGCAAACACAAUACCUUGCUGCAUCCAUCUCCCUCCAUCUUAGCAGUCAUGUUGGAAGUAGUGGACAAAUGUUUGCAUUGUAGGUGGUUUCCGCAGCCCUUCCACUUUAACAAACUUCAGAUGUUACAGGAAUACAACUGGCCACCUGCUCUGACCAUCGGCUGAGGGCAAUUGGUCUGCAACAAUAUCUGGAAUGCACCAUGUUAGCUAUCUCUAGUGCAGACACAGUACUGAGCUGGCAGGACAAAUGAUCUGACAGCUGGCAUAUUUGAUCAGAUUUUGUGCAUGGUGGCAUUCUCAAUGUGCCCUUAAAUCACAGGAGGCCUUAACUGGCCGUACAAAACACUUGUGACGCAUCCUUUCUGUUUUAAAGUGCUUCCUUGAAUUAUUUGGUUGCUUUUCAAUAAAUCCUAUAAGAUUGACUUUAAUGCAUUCAAAGUGCAUGCCUGGAUCACCUGCAAAUGUUUUAAAUACAAAUGAGAGGAUUUGAAGAUAUGAGCACUCAAGUUUAUUAUGCUUUCAGUGUGACUUGAAGCUGACUUUGUAAAUUGUUAACUGAGUGCUUUAGUUGCGGUGCAUGCAGAUCUCAUGAUUCAUGGUUCUCAACCUUUUAAACAUAUUAAGAAGUUUAUGGUAAAAGGGUUAAAAUGGAAAGCCUUCAGCUGUGAUUUUAAGACCACAAGUAGAAGCAUUUAUUUGGCAAGGGAGGGGUACAUACAAGUGAUGAUGAGGUGUGCUUUCUGUCUGCUUCUGUUUAGCUAUGCAUAACUUUGUAAGAGAAUUGAAGUACAAGCAACAGAAUACAUGGAGUUCUGUGUCUUUAUUUUCAUUUAUCUAAGGAGUUUGUGUAAAAGUUUUGCAGCGGUUAUUUUUUUAAAAACCAAGCAAUUCAAGAAGGAUGCCUGCCUGAGUUGAGGGCAGCUGUGGAGAAGCUGCUUAACUCUUUCCUCACUGGUCAUUUUCCAGUUCAAAAGCUCCCCUUUCAUUUCAGGGUGGGGGAAGAUGGCUUUCUUGUAUCCUUUCUGCAGUGGGUGGAAAGCAAAUGCGUAAUCUUUUUAAAAUAGAUUUUUGGAUAUCAUGACAUUUGCAGGAUGAAUCCAAGAGUGAGCUCUAACAGCAAGUUGCUAAGUAAGAAUUUGACAGACUUACUUAGGUUUGAGGUUCCAAUAACUGAAAGGAGUAAAUCUAAAAAUAUAUCACGUUUACAUCAUUCCUUAUAGCAAAUUUGGUGUGUGAGUCCUGACAGGACAGAAAACCUGAGUGGGUUGAUUACAUUGGCUUUCUUGAGACUUUCAUAGUUAACUGUAUUCUGGAGAAGGACCUAGCUGGUUAAAACUCUGAACAGGAACUCUCUUGUUUGUGGGUGAGAUAUGCUGAAAUUCAGGCAUAGGCAAACUUGGCCCUCCAGAUGUUUUGAGACUACAACUCCCAUGAUCCCUCGCUAACAGGACCAGUGGUCAGGGUUGAUGGGAGUUGUAGUCCCAAAACAUCUGGAGGGCCGAGUUUGCCUAUGCCUGCUGUAAGUCUUCAGGUUUCAUCAUCUGAGCCGUGGACCCGCUAUAUAUCUUGUAGUGGGAUCAUGAAGUGGGUGAUAUUCUUAACAAGGUAGCAUGGAAUUAUGCAUGGUUGUUCCCAACCGCAAUCUCUUCAUCUUUAAAUUCCUGGCUAUGUAGUAUUUAGCGCCAGAUGAGCUUUGUAAGGCGUUCUGUGUUGGAAGAGAUGUGAUCAUGUUGGCACGUGAUGGCCAUGCAAGGUUUGGGGAAGGUAGUAAGUAGAUGGUAUUAACAAUAUCAUUGGUUAAGGGUAAAGGUAAAGGUACCCCUGCCCGUACGGGCCAGGCUUGCCAGACUCUAGGGUUAUGCGCUCAUCUCACUCUAUAGGCCGGGAGCCAGCGCUGUCCGCAGACACUUCCGGGUCACGUGGCCAGCGUGACGAAGCUGCUCUGGCGAACCGGCACCAGCGCAGCACACGGAACGCCGUUUACCUUCCCGCUGGUAAGCGGUCCCUAUUUAUCUACUUGCACCCGCAGGUGCUUUCGAACUGGUAGGUUGACAGGCGCUGGGACCGAACGACAGGGAUUCGAACCGCUGACCAUGCGAUCGGCAAGUCCUAGGCGCUGAGGUUUUACCCACAGCGCCACUCGCGCCCCUCUCAAUACUAUUAAACUAUUUUGAACCAUGGACAAUCAUUGUAUUAAAAAGUCCAGUUAUUAAUAGCUGUCAGAUACAAGUUGCAAAAGCAUUGCAAUGUGGAAAUGAUUCAGGGCUGGUAGGAGCAAAUAUGGGAAGUCAUUAUGGAGAAAAUUUCCUCCAGUUAAAGGGAAUCGCAUUGCAUGGUGCAAAGUAUUAUUUCAUUUUUAAGGAGUGGGUCCUUACCUUGAUCUUCAUAGACUCUUCAAAAUCCUUAUGUAAGUGACUGGCAAACCUUUGGCUCAUUUCAGGAUAUCAGUGGAUAAUGUUUCUUCUCCAAAGAUCAAGAUCUCUCCUAAUUAUUGUAGCAAUUUUGAAAGCAAAGUUUUAAUUUUGAGUUACCUUUUUUAUGUGUGUGUGUAUUUCUUCGUUUUUCGCCUCACUUUAUUGAGAAACGUGUAAAAAAUUGCAGAAUUUAAAAGGUUUCAAAACAUACAGUGCUACCUCGGGUUACAUAUGCUUCAGGUUACAUACGCUUCAGGUUACAGACUGUGCUAACCCAGAAAUAGUAUCUUGGGUUAAGAACUUUGCUUCAGGAUGAGAACAGAAAUCGCGUGGCGGCAGCAGGAGGCCCCAUUAGCUAAAGUGGUGCUUCAGGUUAAGAACAGUUUCAGGUUAAGAACGGACCUCCGGAACGAAUUAAGUACGUAACCAGAGGUACCACUGUAUUACUGUUUCGGACUCGGAUAACAGUUAUGCAACUUAGAGCAGAAUUAUAACAGCAAGCGGCUGAACAGUUGAAAGCUGGGGCUGAUUGCCUUUGUGCCAGGCUCGCUCUUUCAAAGGCCUUGAGCAGUGAAGAGAUAUUCACCUGGUGCUGAAAAGACACAAACUGGGAUCAGGUGAGCAUCGUGCAGAGAGUAUUACAAAGGCCAUGUAUAUGGGGAGCAGGUGAUAGUGCAGAGUACAGGCAGGUUCAUGUGAGAGAAGGCAACCCCUCAGAUGCCCAGCUCUCAAGCUGCAAUAGAGGAUUUAUUUUGUAAAAGCAAGCACCUGCCCUCUGAGUUUUUCUCAGAGAUGGAUGAGCCACCAAUGAAGUUGUUUUAAGAACCAGCACAAUCUGUUCCCACCACCAGUUUUCAGCCAGCAGCCCAGUAGCUACGUUUUGGAAGAGUUUAAGCUGCCUGUGCCCUUCUGCUUCCCAGUCGUACCUCGGAAGUCGAACAGAAUCCGUUCCAGGAGUCCGUUUGACUUCCGAAAUGUAUGACUUCCAAAGGGCGGCUCCUGAUUGGCUGCAGGAAGCUCCUGCAGCCAAUUGGAGGCCGCGGAAGCUUCCAGAAGAACAUUCAAAAAAAAGAACACUCACUUUCAGUUUUUGAAUGUUUGGGAGCUGAGGUACAACUAUAGUCCAUCUAGGCUGCUUUAUAUUAAAAAAGAAUCACCAUUUCUGAUGACAGAAUUAGCAAACCCCAUGGAACAUAUAGUUUUAGCCUCAGGCUUGCAUUCUGAAUAAAACAUUAGAGACAAGGCUCUAGAAUUUUUAUUCAAAAUGAAGUUGGAAAUGGAGGCAAUGAAGAACACAUAUUACAACGAAGCAAGAUCUCUAAAACCCAAUGAUUCCGAGGCUUAGUGUAUCAUGGAUAUGCUAAUUGCUGGUGGGAAAACUAGAGUAAAAUGGCGCAAGGAGAAGCUUGCUGUUUAUUGAAAGAUUGGCAUAUGUAAAUUUUCAUAUGCCGGAGGCAGUGUUAGUAACUAAGAUAUAUAAUCUAGGUGCCAAAUGGCUCCUUAAACCAGGCCUACAGUCGCCAAAGGGACAUCCUAAGGUGGCGCUGUGGGUUAAACCACAGAGCCUAGGACUUGCUGAUCAGAAGGUCGGCAGUUCGAAUCCCCACGACGGGGUGAGCUCCCGUUGCUCGGUCCCUGCUCCUGCCAACCUAGCAGUUCAAAAGCACGUCAAAGUGCAAGUAGAUAAAUAGGUACCGCUCCGGCGGGAAGGUAAACAGCGUUUCCGUGCGCUGCUCUGGUUCUCCAGAAGCGGCUUAGUCAUGCUGGCCACAUGACCCGGAAGCUGUACGCCGGCUCCCUCGGCCAAUAAAGCGAGAUGAGCGCCACAACCCCAGAGUCGGCCACGACUGGACCUAAUGGUCAGGGGUCCCUUUACCUUUACAGUCGCCAAAACAGAAUGCCUAGUUGCUAUUUUUUGUUCCAGAAAUUCAUUUUGAUUGUGCAGAUAAAAUAUAACCGAUAGAAUUCUACAGGAUGUGUUGCUAGUGUGUGAAAACAGUCAAGAUCCAAGGAUCUCCAGGCAAAGCACCACCAGGUGACGGGGACAACAAGCGCAUCUUCACUUGGUUGCAAGUGAUCAAUAGCCAGGUGCAAAAUGCGCCUGGCGAAUUUCAAAUGUUGGCAGGGGACACUCUGUACUUCAGAAAUUGAUCUGAAACUUGAAGGGCUUAAACGUUUGGUGGGGGGAGGGGGAGGAGAAAUGGAAACUAUAAUGUGUGUGUGUGUGUGUGUGUGUGUGUGUGUGUGUGUAAAAGGUUCCUUGCUUGCUGCACUUUCUGAGUAAUCAUGAAUAAGUUAACUUGCCAUUGUGACUCCUUGAUAUGCUAACAUCUGCAGCCCAGGGUUCCUUCAGGAGGAAGAGUGGGAUAUAUAUUUUUAUAUAGAAUAAAUAAAUAAAAAUUGCUACCAGGCCCUGCAGUUCCUUCCAGUCUAUGAGUAAUCCAAUUAAUAAUUUUGAUAGCAAUGAAUAGGAUGAGAGCCCAAUAAAUAUUGAUUUUGGACUGAAGCUUGAAAGUGCGAUCUUAGUGGAUAUUGAGCUGGCUGCUCAUUCAAUAAAUUAUGUGCUUAAUGGCGCUUGGGGAGUAGCAGGAAAGAGAAGUGAAUGAGACUUGGAGCUAAUAACUGCUUUGAUGAAAACUUUUCUUGGCAUGUUUUAACAUAUUUCGCUCUUUUAGAGGGAACUACUGGAGUUCUCAGUGGCCUCUGCCUUCCCUUCCCUUCCAACCCCAACCCGGAUCAUGUGGAUUUGAGCAACGUCACUUAAUUGGCUAAUCCAUAAUCUCUCUUGCCAUAUGUUGCUCUGUUUUUCUUUCUAAGUGUGUUAGUGACACAGAGGUAUUUUUGGACUGCUUUCUAAAUGAAGUCUGAUGUCCAAUUGGGUUUGAGCGAAAUAAUGGAGGUCUAUUAUACACCACUCUGGAAAUUAAGGCGACUCAACCCUGCAAGAGGUUUGCUGCUGUGUCUGUGGGCAAACCAUGUCGGAGCAAGCAGGUUUCCACGGUGGCAGUGUGAAAUGAGAGCAAUCUGGGAUUCUGCAUGCAUUAUUUGGUUGUUAGGUGUGCCCUUCAGGCUUCUGUGCCAAACUUAGGCAGCAUUCUUAACCAUGUCUAGGUAAAGGGACCCCUGACCAUUAGGUCCAGUCGUGGCCAACUCUGGGGUUGCGGCUCUCAUCUCUCUUUAUUGGCCGAGGAAGCCGGUAUACAGCUUCCGGGUCAUGUGGCCAGCAUGACUCAGCCGCUUCUGGCAAACCAGAGCAGCGCACGGAAACGCUGUUUACCUUCCCGCCGGAGCGGUACCUAUUUAUCUACUUGCACUUUGACGUGCUUUCGAACUGCUGGGUUGGCAGGAGCAGGGACCGAGCAACGGAAGCUUACCCCGUCGCGUGGAUUCAAACUGCCGACCUUCUGAUCAGCAAGUCCUAGGCUCUGUGGUAAAUCCCACUGAAUUACAUGGGGCUUAAUCCCAGGUAGAUUAGGAGAUCAUCAUUCGUUUAUCAAUGUGCUGCUUUUCUAGUAAUCAGCAAAAGCAGUUUCCAAUAUUAGACAGCAUGGUGAACAAAAAUAAAACACUAAGAAGAAAUCAGCAAUGGCAGUGGUGCAGCAAUAAAACUGCCAGCACAUUUGCAAAGCUAAGCAGGGUCUGGUAUGAUUUCAAAUUGGAUGGGGAACCAGAUGUUGAGAUUCCUGCAUUGGACUAGAUGACCCCCAAGGUCUCUUCAAACUCUACAGUUCUAUGAAUCUAAUUAUCAUCAGAAGUACAGCUAGAGAUGGAAAUGUUUGUUGGUUGAAGUUCUUUCAGUUCCUCAUGUUUCCAAUUUUCAGUUCUCUAUAUUUUGAAGCAGUUUGUGGUUUUUUAAAAAAUCUUCAUGAAAGUUGAUCAGCAUUUUAGUGCAUUUUAGGUCUGUGUAUGGAUGAAGACUAUGGAAAGCGGGUAGACCAUGGGAUGCGGGUGGCACUGUGGGUUAAACCACAGAGCCUAGGACUUGCCGAUCAGAAGGUCGGCGGUUCGAAUCCCCACAACAGGGUGAGCUCCCGUUGCUCGGUCCCUUCUCCUGCCAACCUAGCAGUUCGAAAGCACGUCAAAGUGCAAGUAGAUAAAUAGGUACCGCUCCAGCAGGAAGGUAAACGGCGUUUCUGUGCACUGCUCUGGUUCGCCAGAAGCAGCUUAGUCAUGCUGGCCACAUGACCCGGAAGCUGUACGCCGGCUCCCUUGGACAAUAAAGCGAGAUGAGCGCCACAACCCCAGAGUCAGCCACGACUGGACCUAAUGGUCAGGGGUCCCUUUACCUUUAUGGAUGAAGACAUGUAGCAUUCUUAUAAGCUACCUUGAGAUAGGUUCAUUUUAAGAGUUCUUCCUGAUGCUUCUCAGAGUGACAGGUGCCAUUGGCCCAAGGUGUUCUGGAUCACGGCAGUGAUGGAACAAAUGUAUUUGCCUGCGGGUGACCAUUUCAGUAGCCUUCCGGUCUCCUGAUUGCAGUCUCAUAUGCCAUGAUAUAGAGUUGGUACAUAAGUCAAUUGACCACCUAAUAAUUAUGAUUUGACCAUUGCCAAAUAAUUAUUAUUUAUUUGUUUGUUUGUUUGUUUGUUCCCCGCCCAUCUGGCUGGGUGGCUUCCAACCGAAUAUUAAAAACAAUACAGCAUCAAACAUUAAAAACUUCCCUAAAGCCUUCAGUUGUCUUUUAAAAGUAAAAUAGUUGCUUAUUGCCUUGACAUCUGCUGGGAGGAUGUUCCACAGGGCUGGGGCCACUACCAAGAAGGCCCUCUGCCUGGUUCCCUGUAACCUCACUUUUUUCAGUGAAGAAACCACCAGAAGGCCCUCGGCGCUGGACCUCAGUGUCCGGGCUGGACGAUGGGGAUGGAGACGCUCCUUCAGUAUUCCAAGAAUGCGAAAUUUCCUUUUAUAAAAUGUCAUUAGCUCUCCAGGGCUGCUUUGUAUGGCCCUGGGGCAGGGUCAAGUCUAGCUCAGUCAGUAAAGCAUAAGACUCUUAAUCUCUGGGUUGUGGGUUCGAAUCCCACAUUGGGCAAAAGAUACUUGCAUUGCAGUGGGUUAGACUUGGUGGAGCACUAUGCCUCUCGAUGGGGACAUCUGCAUCAGGCAUGUGAAGAAAUUUCCAAAGUGUGCAUUGCAACUCUGCAGGGAUUUCUUUGAAAUGAGCAACUAGUACCGCUGGCAUGAGAUGAAUUGGAAAUUGUCCGUAGGAACCUGGGAAGAAAAGUGUGGCAGAGGGCACAGAAAGGAGAAACUUAAUGUUUCUAGGUUUGUGGGGUGGGGCUUGCUGUGGAUCUUUUGUGGUUGGAAAAGAUUUGUGGUUUCAUAAGCUUGAGAAACACUAUCCAAACACAGCGACGGAGCAAGGGGAGGGCGGUCCGCCCCGGGUGUCAUCCCUGAGGGGGGGUGACAUUCAGCGCGCCGAGCGCCCAUAACUCCCGAGCCGUCAGGGGAAGGGGGGAGCUGCACUGCUUUGCCAGCGGCGUCCCCCCCCCUUCCCCCUUCAUUUUGACACCUGGGGGAGGCUGGGGAAUUGCAGGCGGGCUGGCGGCACACCAAAUGUCUGCUAUUGGCGGCUUGCUCCACUCCCGUGGGUGGCUUGCUCUGCCCCCAGCUGCAAGGCACGCACACUGCUCCAUGCACCCGAGUGGCUAUCCUGCGCCUGGGAGGGCACCCUCUGCUCCCCUCGGGAGUGCGCUCGCCCUGGGCAGCGCGGGCGUACGCUCUGCCGCUGUCCAAACACUUUUAAGAGAAUAGCAUUUCAGGAAGUGUGAUUUAAUCUUCAUCAGAGUUGUUGUCAUUGGUAAAAGCAGGAGAAGACCUAGAGCCAGUGCUUUUUUUCAAAAAAAAGGUUUAGCGGUACUCUCACUUCCGUCUGAGAUUCAGAAAACACCGGGAAAGGAAAUUAAGCCACCAUCGGGGGUAUCAACGGAACUGACCUUGCUAGAAAUGAAACUUAAAAAAAAAAAAUUAGUUUCUUCUCCCAUUAGAUUCACAAAAUGUUUAGGGGCAUGCGUACCCCUGGGUCCCCCCAGAAAAAAAGUGCUGCUGUUAUGUACUGAGUUGAAUAGGAUCCAAAAUGCAGCAGUCUGAUUGGUCCUGGAGCAAUGCAGCAGUAUGAUUGGUCCACAGGAGCCACCCAGUCCAGCUCCAGAUGGAAGUGAAUCCACAACCCGAUUGGCCUACAGGUUCCCAUUGUGUAAAUAAUGUAUAUAAAGCAGAUAUUGUGGGGGAACUUCCAUUCCUCCUCACCACUAUGAGCUGAAUAAAGAGCAUGAAAUCCACUCUCGACUCUGAGUAUAUUUCACCUGCCUAGACCUAAAUCUAAACCAACAUCAUUAACUAGUAAAAAAUAAUAAUGCCUGAAGGGAAUUAUUUUGGAACGGGGAAUAUUUAAAAGGAUACAAGACUGACACUGCUACCAUUUCAGAAAAGCUCUUUAAUAAUGGCUUCCAUUUACACUUAUAUCAUUCCACCUCUUCCAGCACCGAAGUGCCAACGGAGGUAGAAGCAGAAUCUCUGUGCUAAGUAAAUGUUCUUUUUAGUAUCCCAUUGCCUCCUGAGAUAUCAGAGCAGUCGAGCCACACUGGAAGUGUGCCAUGCUGAAAAUGGACCAGCCAUUUAGUGCCACAUGAGUUGUAUUCAGGAAGAGCCGUCCUAUCUGUAACUCCAGAUGAUACAAAAAUCAUAGUUCUUGAAUUUACAUUCUCAAGAUGAAGGAUCGCAAAGCGUGGGAUAUCAGAGCAAAGCUGUCGCCUAAGAGUUGCUGAAAUGAAUGCUUGCCUUUAUACUGGCAAGUUGGCUGCAAGAGUGAGAACAGGCAAUCUCUGGUUCAAACCACACCAUAGUGGGCCAUGAACUCUCUGGAGGCUAAUUCAUGAGCCGUGUGUAUGAACCGAAAUGUUCCCCCCGUCAUUGAAAGUGCUUUAACCGCCCUCCCCCACCCCCCAUUUUCUGAAAUACGUCAGGUAAGCUCAGAAACCUUUGCUUGUUAUUUGCUUCCUGUAACUUUAUGCUUUGGCUGUUCUUUGGAACAAUCGGGAGAUAUUGUAUCUCUGUUAACUCACACACCCCUUGGCCAAAGAUCUGAGCACAGCUGGAGAGAGUAUAGUGCUGGGGUGGAAGGAAAGGAGGAAAAAAGAGGCUGCAGUUGUUUGCUGGUCCCACUGUGAGGUAGGAAAGGCAAUUGUGUCCCGGGCAGCUGUCUCCCAGCUCCAUCUGGUACGCAGGCUGAGACCCUACCUGCCUGUGGACUGUCUCGCCAGAGUGGUGAAUGCUCUAGUUAUCUCCUGCUUGGACUACUGCAAUGCACUGUACAUGGGGCUACCUUUGAAGGUGACCCAGAAACUACAACUAAUCCAGAAUGUGGCGGCUAGACUGGUGACUGGGAGUGGCCACCAAGACUACAUAACACCGGUCUUGAAAGACCUACACUGGCUCCCAGUAUGUUUCCGAGCACAAUUUAAAGUGUUGGUGCUGACCUUUAAAGCCCUAAACGGCCUCGGUCCUGUAUACCUGAAGGAGUGUCUUCUCCACCCCCAUCGUUCUGCCCGGACACGGAGGUCCAGCUCCGAGGGCCUUCUGGUGGUUCCCUCCCUCCGAGAAGUGAGUUUACAGGGAACCAGGCAGAGGGCCUUCUCAGUAGUGGUGCCCGUCCUGUGGAACACCCUCCCAUCAGAUGUCAAGGAAAUAAGCAACUUCCUGACUUUUAGAAGACAUCUGAAGGCAGCCCUGUUUAGGGAAGUUUUUAAUGUUUGAUCUUUUACUGUGUUUUUAACAUACAAUUGGAAGCCGCCCAGAGUGGCUGGGGAAACCCAGCCAGGUGGGCGGGGUAUAAAUAAUAAAUAAUAAAUAAUAAAUUAUUAUUAUUAUUAAGGGCCCAGGUGCAAUAGACAGGGAGUGAGUUAAGGAGCUCUUGAGGAAUAUUGCAGCACAUAUAGAUCAGCAAUGGGGAAGAGGAGGUGGGGGAAGUGGUAGGUGGCAAAGCAGGCAAUUUGAAGCCGCCAUUUGAAAAUCACAUUUUGCACCUGGCUAUUAGUCUCCUGCUACCAGGUGAAGAUGCCCAGGUGCCAGGAUGGCGUCUGACCUCUCCACCAUCUGGAGGUGCCUGCCUGGGGAUCCUUGGAUCUUGAUUGUUUUCACACACUAGCAACACAUCCUGUAGUGUUAUAUCCCUUAUAUUUUAUCUGCAGAAUCAGAAUGAAUUUCAGGAACCAAGAAGUAUUGAAAAAUAAGACUUUUGAGCCAUCUGGCUCAGAAGUGGCAACUAGGCAUUCUGUUUGGGGGACUCUAACCCUGGUUUAAGGAGUCAUUUAAGGAGUUUCUAUACCUGAGAUACCCUGGUUGUAUACCUUGGUUUCAAGGAAACUGGUUUAAGGAGUUUAUAUACCUGAGAUUCUAACACUGUGUGAAGCUGAAGUGACCUGCUUUCCUGGCAAGGGAAUUUGUUUAGGAAUGCGGGGCAAACUUAGAGCGGGAUUUGGGUGGAAAGAAUGCCUGGAAACCAUCUUACAGGGUCAACAUGGUGGUGUGUGUGUGUGUGUUUGUGUGGAAUAUAUGAGUACUAUAGCCCAGCUCCCAGCAUUUGAGGAAUUCCCAUUGCAGACUCUCUUCCUGUUAGGGAGAACAACCAUGACCCAGGCAAACUGUGCAGUGAUGGUUGGAGCUGUUCAUUUCUUCCACAAAAAGCAAAAGCCCAUGGGGGAUUGGGGAGGUUUCUGUUGGUUUCUAUUUCCCUCACUGAGCAGCAACUGCAGUCACAAGACAUUGUUUUGCAUUCCACAGUCAGAGUUACUGUUGGAUUCCCACGGGAAUGGGAGACUGGAAGUGACGUACACUGGUUUCCUGUUUUUCACUGUUCUCUCGGUUUCUUUGUUAGAGAGACAGUUGCUUCUCUGCUCUCACAGAGGCAAGAUGCAUGUUUGUAUUCUCUCAGCAUAGAGUGGAAAUAAAGUUAAGAAUGUGGCACAUACUGCUUAUCCUUCUACUGUGUGGACUACUCUGCUUGGGCUCAAGAUAAGACGAGCCUGUAUCAGCUUCAGAUGGGCCGAAGCUGGUCAAAAUCUCACAGUUUCCUUCCACAGAAGUGCUUGCUUCUUCUGAUGAAACAGUGGGGGUGGGCAGCUUGUGGGGACUGCUGGUUGUGUGUGGGAACAACUGCAUGUGCAGUCUCUUGUCACUCUCACUACCCAGCUCUCUCUGUUUGUCUUUGUCAGGGGGCAGCAAACUUUUUCAGCAGGGGGCCGGUCCACUGUCCCUCAGACCUUGUGGGGGGCCGGACUAUAUUUUGCAAUAAUAAUAAUAAUAAUAAGAAGAAGAAGAAGAAGUGAAUUCCUAUGCCCCACAAAUAACCCAGAGAUGCAUUUUAAAUAAAGCACACAUUCUACUUGUGUAAAAACACGCUGAUUCUUGGACCGUCUGCAGGCCUGAAUUAGAAGGCGAUUGGGCCGGAUCCGGCCCCUGGGCCUUAGUUUGCCUACCCAUGGUCUUUGUGGUUGACACACCUGCUGAUGGUUUGCAGCCCCCAGAAGGGUUGCAAUUGGGCAGUGCAACCCUUAAGCUGAAAAAGGAUAAUAAACCCUUAGGCUCUAUGCAGCCAAAGGAAAACUACUGUUCUAUGAGUUCUUGUGCGUCUGCAGGCUGUUGACCUAUACAUGCUAAUGGUAAAGGUAAAGAUAAAGGUAAAGGGACCCCUGACCAUUAGGUCCAGUCGUGACUGACUCUGGGGUUGCGGCAGUCAUCUCGCUUUAUUGGCCAAGGGAGCCGGCGUACAACUUCAGGGUCAUGUGGCCAGCAUGACUAAGCCACUUCUGGAGAACCAGAGCAGCGCACAGAAACGCCGUUUACCUUCCCGCCGGAGCGGUACCUAUUUAUCUACUGGCACUGGCAUGCUUUCAAACUGCUAGGUUGGCAGCAGCAGGGACUGAGCAACGGGAGCUCACCCCGUUGCGGGGAUUUGAACCGCCAACCUUCUGAUCGGCAAGCUCUAGGCUCUGUGGUUUAACCCACAGCGCCACCCGCGUCCCAUAAGCCAGUAUACCUCUGCUCUAAUAAUGUUGUGUCAGCUAGGAGCAGGGCCUCUACUGCUCUAGGCGCCACGUUAGGGAAUGAUUUCUCUAUUGUGCAGAGAUUUAUUUAAUUAUGUAUAGCCACCCAGGAAUAAAUAUUCCCUGGGCUGUUUACAAAAAAAGAUCCUUGUAACAGUAGACUGUAAAACAAUUUUCAGCCUGGAUUUAAAAUGCAAUACAGUGGUACCUUGGUUCUCAAACUUAAUCCGUUCCGGAAGUCCGUCCCAAAACCAAAGCAUUCCGAUACCAAGGCGUGCUUUCCCAUAGAAAGUAAUGCGAAAUGGAUUAAUCUGUUCCAGACUUUUAAAAACAACCCCUAAAACAGCAAUUUAACAUGAAUUUUACUAUCUAACGAGACCAUUGAUCCAUAAAAUGAAAGCAAUAAACAGUGUACUGCAGUCAUGCAAUCAAUCAAUCAAUCAGUAGCUGAACUGGGUUCCACGCAGUCACAAAAACAAAACAAAAAAGCCGCAAAAACAAAAACCCAAAAUAAAUAGCAAAAACAGACAGACUUCAGUGUAACACUCAAAACAGAAGUAUGGCACUCAAAAGGGAGCACAUUCAGCUUCCGAAAAAAGUUCACAAAGCAGCAGUGGAGGAGAGCAGGUGGGGGCAGGGCUAGCGCGCGUCCCGGGGGCGUGGCAUGGUGCCCAUAGGUGCGGGGCGCCCAGCGCGAGCGGGGGAGCAGCCGCAAUGGCACCCCGCCAGGAUUACGCUGCUGGGGGCAGUGCACUCCCCCCGCACACCUCUUUCUCCGCCAGUGCAAAGCAGAACACUUACUUCCAGGUUUGCAGUGUUUGGGUUCCAGGUUGUUUGAGUACCAAGGUGUUUGAGAACCGAGGUACCACUGUAUAAAAGCAUGGGUGAAUGAAAAGGUAUUCACCUGGCACUUCCAAAGACCACAGAGAAACACCAGGUGAGGCUUUAUGUGUGGAACCUAUUGUAUUACCUGGGUACAGUACCAGAAAAGUCUUCUCUAUGGUAAGGUUAAGAUUUUUUUCAAUGAAUCCAGGGACACUUUUCAACUUCAAUUGAUUUUGUAUGGGGACUGAUUUGUAAAUCCGGGAACUGUCCCCAGGAAACGGGGAUGUCUGGUAACUUUACUCUAUGGUGGUGAACCAUAACACUUCACUUGGGGUGGGGAACAGAGAGCAGGCUCCCCAAAGAGGAUCUUAAACUCUGGGUUCACAUAUAUGGGAUGGAUCAUUCAGGUAACCUGGUCUCUCGCUAUUAAUGUAGGUUAAUACCUACAUGAGUCCCAUUUAAAGUGCCUGGUUUUAACCAUGAAGCAAAAAAAUUAACCCACUUUUUGAAAAGGCUGCAAAACAUCUAAUCGCAUUUGGCUGUGUUCUUGACAUGUUCUUUACUGCUUUACCUAUUCUGGUGAUGUAGAGGUAUGUUUUAAAAUUAUAUAUAUGUUCUGUGCAUGGUACUUUGGGCAUGCUUCAGAAAGCAGAGUAGAAAUGUGCUGGACUGAACCAUCAGCUAUCACUGCAAAGGUUUCUUGUUUCCUACAUUGUACAUAUUAAAUCCCCUUGACUGUCAUGAUGGUGAAACUACAGUGAAUUUACAGUAAUCCCAUGAAACAUUACCAAUAUUGUGUUUACUAGUCACUUAGAUGCAUAUUUAUAGCAAAUGCUAUCAGUGACAUGCAAAUUAGAAGCAAUGUGGCACUGUGGUCUAAACCACUGAGCCUCUUGGGCUGGCUAGUCAGAAGGUUGGCGGUUCAAAUCCCCGCGACAGGGUGAGCUCCUGUUGCUGUGUCCCAGCUCCUGCCUACCUAGCAGUUCGAAAGCACGCCAGUGCAAGUAGAUAAAUAGGUGGUGGGAAGGUAAAUGGCGUUUCCGUGCCCGCUGGUUUCCAUCAUGGUGUUCCGUUGCACCAGAAGUGGUUUAGUCAAGACAGGGGUCAGCAAACUUUUUCAACCGUGGGCCAGUCCACUGUCCCUCAGACUUGUGGGGGACCGGACUAUAUUUUGGGGGAAAAAUGAACAAAUUUCUAUGCCCCACAAAUAACCCAGAAAUGCAUUUUAAAUAAAAGGACACAUUCUACUCAUGUGAAAACAUGCUGAUUCCUAAACUGUACACGGGCCAGAAUUAGAAAGCAAGAGGGCAGCAUCCGGCCCCUGGGCCUCUGGUUGCCUACCCAAGUCAAGCAAUGUAUGCUGUUUGUGCAAUUGCUGAGUGGGUGGAAAGUAUGCAUAUGUGUUUUCUCCCUUGACUAUUGCAGCUUACUAUGAGUUGAAAUGGGAUGCGGGUGGCACUGUGGGUUAAACCACAGAGCCUAGGACUUGCCGAUCAGAAGGUCGGCAGUUAGAAUCCCCGCGACGGGGUGAGCUCCCGUUGCUCGGUCCCUGCUCCUGCCAACCUAGCAGUUUGAAAGCACGUCAAAGUGCAAGUAGAUAAAUAGGUACCACUCCGGCGGGAAGGUAAACGGCGUUUCCGUGCGCUGCUCUGGUUCGCCAGAAGUGGCUUAGUCAUGCUGGCCACAUGACCCGGAAGCUGUACGCUGGCUCCCUCGGCCAGUAAAGUGAGAUGAGCGCCGCAACCCCAGAGUUGGCCACGACUGGACCUAAUGGUCAGGGGUCCCUUUACCCCUAUGAGUUGAAAUAGUUAUUUAAGAAGUGAGGCAAACUUCAUCUGAUUCUUAGCUUGCUUGGAAUGUCUUAGUGGUUUCUGCUUUGUCACUAUGGAAACCAGGUGCUCUUCCAAAUAAGAUGAUGCUCAUCUGGGAUAUAUUUUUUUUACAGUUGGAUUUGCGCAGCAAGUCCUCAGCUCUACUUCAUUUCCUGUAGCUGAAGUGUGAAGCAUUGUUAAGGGGAGCGUGUGACAGGAUGAAUGCUUUGUUCCAUAUAUUUUUCUCUCUGUUUAAUAUGUUCCCCCAUAAUAGAAUUAAACCUUCUAGGUCAAACACCUGCAGGAUCUUGAAGUCAACAUUCAAAGGAGAAUUUGCCUGUGUGAUUCAACAUUAGUUGAACCUUUGCGUGCCCAGGCAGAGAAUCCCCCAGCCCCAAGAGACCGCCAGAAAGAAUAAUAAUUUGUGAUGUGUUAUGGGAUUAAAAAUUGGCCACAACUUCAUCAAACCUUUCAGAUGUAGGAAGACCUUGGCUUAGGCAUUGGGUGUGUAUCCCUCCCAGUCCCCAGCCAGGGAACUGGGGCUCCUCAAGGUGUAUGGGAUAUGGGAGGGUGCACUGCAAGAUGCUUGUGUAUGCAGGCAGCCUACCCCAUAUCCCUGCAACACAGGAGAGUUCAUUGACAACCUUUCAGUGUAUGGCCAGUGACUCCCUAUUUGCAAACCCCUUUAAAAGGGGAUCCUGGAAUCACCGCUGUGGGUUGUGUGUGUGUGUGUGUGAGUCACCACUUCACCGUGCCCCCCCCCCCCAAUUUAGAGAAGAUAGACUCUUUACCUUCUUUCAAACUAAAUGACAAAAUAAAUAAAAAUUAUUCGAGUCAACUAAGGAUGACGAUUCUAAUGGAGUGUUUGUUAUAGUCAGUGUAGUUUACACUGGUGGCUGGUGGCGCUGUGGUCUAAACCACUGAGCCUAGGGCUUGCCGAUCAGAAGGUCGGCGGUUCAAAUCCCCGCAACGGGGUGAGCUCCCAUUGCUUGGUCCCUGCUCCUGCCCACCUAUCAGUUUGAAAGCACAUCAAAGUGCAAGUAGAUAAAUAGGUACCACUCUGGCGGGAAGGUAAACGGCGUUUCCGUGCGCUGCUCUCGUUCGCCAGAAGCGGCUUAGUCAUGCUGGCCACAUGACCCGGAAACUGUACACCGGCUCCCUCGGCCAAUAAAGCGAGAUGAGCGCCGCAACCCCAGAGUCGGCCAUGACUGGACCUAAUGGUCAGGGGUCCUUUAUUAGGCAUACUAAAGUUUUAAAAUGUUGUAAUAAGACAUGCAUUAGAAAAUAUCGUUAGCCUAAGACUUUGAAGACUUAUUUAAAUCAGGAUUCAACUGCUAUUGCCUUCAGCAUCUUAACAAGGGACAUUUUCCCUGGCUGUUCAACAUUACUGACCUAAGGGAACACAGUCAUCAAAUUUACAGAUGAUGAAUAUCUUGAAAGGAAUGACAAAUACCGAGUAUGGUGCAAUUUUAGCAUUAAGAUUAAAAUUCUGAAACAAUACCCAACUCAGAAGAUAAAUCACAAUGAAACUUGAUCAGAACAAAAAUACCAUUUGGCAUGCAGGAAAGAAGGGGCAAAAACACAAACCCCACAUGCAAAGCAAGAUAGUUUCAGGUACACUGGGGGCUGGGGGAGAGAACAUAUCUCCCCCAGGGGCUUUCUGUCUACACGGGUGAGAUAGUAAUCUCUUCACUUCAUUGGAGGAUACUAGGGGCCUGCCAGGAGUAUUCUUAAUGUCGGGGCAUUGAAUAGAUGAGAGUUCUCUUGACCUCAGACUGGCUUAAAUUGGAUAUAAACGACGGGCAAAAUGCAUGCAUGCAUCCAAUCCAUAUUCAUUAAAAGUACCGUAUUUUUCGCUCUGUAAGACACACCUUUUCCCUCCUAAAAAGUAAAGGGAAAUGUGUGGUGUGCGUCUUAUGGAGCGAAUGCAGGAUACGCAGCUAUCCCAGAAGCCAGAACAGCAAGAGGGAUUGCUGCUUUUGCUGCGCAGAGAUCCCUCUUGCUGUUCUGGCUUCUUCUUCUUUUUUUUUUUAAAUAAUAUUUAUUAUUUUUCCAAAAACUUAAACACUAAAAAGAAGAAAAACAAUACAAUACAAUACAACACAUCAAAUUAACAAAACAAAACAAAGACAAUAAAAUAAAUCAAACAAUUUCAUUAUCCCAUCUUUCAUUCACUUAUUUCCACGACCUCCUCACACCUCCCUUUUUGUAUUCCACUUCUGUUAAUUAUUUCAGCAAUUCCUUUCCAUCUUCCUCUGUUUUCUAUCCUAUAAUUAUCUUAACUCAUUCUAACCUUAUUUUUUCCAUUAAUGCUCUAUUAACCUAUCUGUACUUAAUUCCUUAUAAUAUUUCUACUAAAGCCAUAUAACUUCAUUCCAACUUUUUUCUAGCAUUCAUUAAUUUUACAAUAUUUCUGUAGAUAGUCUUUAAACUUUUUCCAAUCUUCUUCCACCGACUCUUCUCCCUGGUCUCGGAUUCUGCCAGUCAUUUCCGCCAGUUCCAUGUAGUCCAUCAGCUUCAUCUGCCAUUCUUCCCGGGUGGGCAAAUCUUGUGUCUUCCAAUAUUUCGCGAUGAGUAUUCUUGCUGCUGUUGUUGCAUACAUAAAAAAAGUUCUAUCCUUCUUUAACACCAAUUGGCCGACCAUGCCCAGGAGAAAGGCCUCUGCUUUCUUCAGGAAGGUAUAUUUAAAUACCUUUUUCAUUUCAUUAUAAAUCAUCUCCCAGAAUGUCUUAAUCCUUGGGCAUGUCCACCAAAGGUGAAAGAAUGUGCCUUCAGUCUCAUUACAUUUCCAACAUUUAUUUUCGGGCAAAUGGUAAAUUUUUGCAAGCUUGACUGGUGUCAUGUACCACCUAUAAAUCACUUUCAUUAAGUUUUCUCUUAGGGCAUUACAUGCCGUAAAUUUCAUACCUGUGGUCCAUAACUGUUUCCAGUCAGCCAUCAUUAUAUUAUGUCCAACAUCUUGUGCCCAUUUAAUCAUAGCUGAUUUCACCGUUUCAUCCUGAGUGUUCCAUUUCAACAGCAGGUUGUACAUUUUUGACAAAUUCUUAAUUUUGGAAUCUAGCAAUUCUGUUUCCAAUUUUGAUUUUUCCACCUGGAAACCAACUUUUUUGUCCAAAUUAUAUGCCUCCAUUAUUUGGUAAUAAUGGAGCCAAUCUCGCACUUUAUUUUUCAAUUUUUCAAAGCUCUGCAAUUUUAUUCUAUCUCCAUCUUGAUCCAGAAUUUCCCAAUAUUUCGGCCAUUUGACCUCCAUAUUGAGUUUUUUCUGUGCCUUCGCUUCCAUUGGUGUUCUGGCUUCUGGGAUUCAGAAUAUUUUUUUCUUGUUUUCCUCCUCCAAAAACUAGGUGCGUCUUAUGGUCUGGUGCGUCUUAUAGAGCGAAAAAUGCGGUACUUGUCAAACAUUUGUUGCCAUCACGAAUGGCAAAAUUUAAAUGUGAACCUGCGUUGCCAAGGCAAAAAUUGCCAGUGUUGCUUUGGGUUAUAUUAAUAGAUAUACCAUAUCUGAAACUUAGAAUCAUUGAAUCAUAGAAUUAUGGAGUUGGAAGGGAUCCCAAGGACACUGGAGGAGGAACUGGGGUGCGGAGGGAGCGGACCGCCCCCGGCACCACUAUUCUGGUAGGGUGCCAUAGCGGUGGCCCCCCAGGACACGAACUGUGCACCCCCCCACUUGCCAGGCGCCACGUCCCUACAGACAGCACAUCAUGCCCCCAGAACGUGCGCCAUGCCCCUGCGGGCAGCGUGCCACGCCCCGGGGCAUGCACCACACCCCGCGAAGCGCCAGCUAUACCCCCGCCUGCUCUCCGCCCCUGGUAGCAGAGCAUGCAGCUUCGCCACUGCCCAAGGAUAAUCUAGUCCAACCCCCUGCAAUGCAGAAAUCUUUUGCCCAACCUGGGGCUUGAACUCACGACCUUGAGAUGAAGAGCCUCCUGUUCUACCAAUGGAAAAAGAAGAAGAAGAAGAGGAGGAGAAGUUUGGAUUUGAUAUCCCGCUUUAUCACUCCCCGAAGGAGUCUCAAAGCGGCUAACAUUCUCCUUUCCCUUCCUCCCCCACAACAAACACUCUGUGAGGUGAGUGGGGCUGAGAGACUUCAGAGAAGUGUGACUGGCCCAAGGUCACCCAGCAGCUGCAUGUGGAGGAGCGGAGACGCGAACCCGGUUCCCCAGAUUACGAAUCUACCGCUCUUAACCACUACACCAUACUGGCUCUGUAAGAACGUGCUCUGUACAUUCAGCACGUUCAGGGUCUCACUUGAAAUAUACUGGGUGCAGUUUGAGAUUUUUGUCCUUCUCUCUCUCUCUCUCUCUCUCUCUCUCUCUCUCUCUCCCUCUCCCCAUUUAUAUUCAAUAAGCCCGCAACUUGCGCACAUUUAACUUGUGCACAUUCAGCUUUGCGCACGUGGCAAAGUGAUGAAAAAGGGGGCAGAAAGGGGACGGGGUUCCAGGAAAAUUGGCGUUGGCAAUCCCACCCACCAUGGAACCCAAUGGGUUUUGACUAUACAGUGGUGCCCCGCAAGACGAAUGCCUCGGAAGACGAAAAACUCGCAAGACGAAAGGGUUUUGCGGUUUUUGAGGUGCUCGUAAGACGAAUUUCCCUAUGGGCUUGCUUCGCAAGACGGAACGUCUUGCGAGUUUGUUUCCUUUUGAAGCGGGAACUGGGCUGGCAGGGAGCGAGCAGGGGAGCGACCUACCUUUUCCAGAGGGAUCCUCUUCUGGAGAGGGCACAGAGGAGGCAGGUGAGCUGGGAUCCAGCGGAUCUGGCUGGGUCUCUGUGCCGCCUCUGCCUCUGCCUCUCUCUCUCUCUCCCCCUCCCCACGUGGCUGCUCCAUUUUGCUCUAACUGCGCGAAGGCAGGAGGAGGCGGGACAAAGGAGGAGGAGGCAUCCACUGUGCUUGGGCGGCCGCGAAGGCGCCUUUGCGGGGGUGGGAAGAAGCUGGGAGCAGCUGCCGAGACUGUGGGGAGCCCGGCGGCGUGGCGCAAGGUAACGGGGGGAGCAAGGGAGAGUCCGCGCCGGGCGCUUCGUGCGUCCGCCCUCGGUUCCUGGGCUCGAACUUCCUUUGGCACCUCAUGGAGAGAGAGGGAGAGGAGCGGGCUGGGGCUUUGAUGUGGGACGCGGUUUGGCGGAGCGAAGACGCGGCAAGGCUUGGCGACAGAGGAAGGGGGGCUGUUUUCGUGGGGAGGUGGGAGGGGUGUCUUUGCCUCUUCCCGGCAACAGAUCCUCCAGGCUGGGGAAACUCCUCCUGCUGGGGAGCGACCCGCUUUGUGCUUUGCCCGCUAUCCCAUUAUAAUACAGUACCAGGGUGCAUCCGUGCUUCGCAAGACGAAAAAAUCCGCAAGACGAAGAAACUCGCAGAACGGAUUAAUUUCGUCUUGCGAGGCACCACUGUAUAUGAUUUUGGGGUUUAUCCGUGGUCCCCAGAACAUAACCCUCGCAUAAAUUACGAGCCUACUGUACCAGCCUUAAUCAAAAAGCUGCAAGGUGCUACCUUGGUGGUACCUUGGGUUACAUACGCUUCAGUUUACAGACGCUUCAGGUUACAGACUCCACUAACCCAGAAAUAGUACCUUGGGUUAAGAAUUUUGCUUCAGGAUGAGAACAAAAAUCACGCAGUGGCGGAUUAGCUAAAGUGGUCUUCAGGUUAAGAACAGCUUCAGGUUAAGAACGGACCUGCGGAACGAAUUAAGUACUUAACCUGAGGUACCACUGUAAUUUUUUUAAAAAAACAGUUGUAUCAAUGGAGUUCACAAUAAUAUGCAAUGCACAGUAAUUCAUAAUACAGUCGUACCUUGGUUUUCAAACUUAAUCCAUUUUGGGAGUCCAUUCGACUUCCAGAAUCGUUCAAAAACCAAGGCGCAGCUUCCGAUUGACUGAAGGAACUUCCUGCAGCCAAUCGUGAGCCGUGUCAGACGUUCAGCUUCUGAAAAACGUUUGCAAACCAGAACACACACUCCCAGGUUUGUGGUGUUCAGGAGCCAAAACGUCAGAGUACCAAGGCGUUCAAGAACCAAGGUCCAACUGUGUAAGAUAGUACGUAAUGAGAAACAGUGUCAUGUUACCUUAAUCUUCUGUGAAAUACAGGAGUCAGUUAUUAUAUAUUCAUCUCAGGCACAGCUAUAAAACAUUAUUAUUAUUUAUUGAAUUUAUAUACCGCCCUAUACCCGGAGGUCUCAGGGCAGUUCACAGAAAAGAGCAACAUAAAAACCACAAUAUAUAUAAUCAAAAUAAAAACAACAACCCAGCAACACCCCCCUUAAAAAAGAGUCACAUUUUAAAAGGGUCUAGGAUGUCAAUCAGAUCAACCUAAGGCCUGGUUAAAAUAUAAUACUGCUGCAGCAUUACAAAAAAUAAGGGGGUAAGAAAAACAGGCAGCAUCAUAAGCAACAUCAGCAGCCGAAACCACAUGCAAAAUGCACAUACCUCUCUGUAUACAAGAUUAGCCCUUAAUCUAAGGUUACCAGAUUUUUUCCAAAGAAUCUGGGGACUCUUUUUUUUUAAAGAGGAAUAUCUAUCUAUCUAUCUAUCUAUCUAUCUAUCUAUCUAUCUAUCUAUCUUCUCUUCUGUGGUCUCCUCUGUCACGCGGCCUUCCUCUGGGUGCCACCCUGCUCUCUUGGAGCGCUAGCUGCCAUGGAGUAGGUUCGGGUCAGGCCUGGGCUUGGCCACGUGUCCUUGCCCUCCCGGUGCUCUCCUGCCUCUCCUCAGUAGUGGCGGUGAGGCAAGGUUAGGGCUCCCCUCUUUUUUUCUCCUUCCUUUUUCUCUCUCUUCCUUCUCCUCCUCUCCUCCUUCUCCCUGCAUCGGCUCCAGGGUUUUUACUGGCCUAGGAGCGCACUGGGCAGUCAGCCAGGUGGCCGGGCACUCUCACUCCCGGCUCGAUUUGGGUAAUGGGGGGUGUCAGCAGUUCCCCCAGUUGAUGCGCCAGGCGUCCCCAGUUCCCCCUCAGCAGUGGCAGCAGCAGCGGCAGUCUCAGCAGCCCAGAGCCUGUCUGGUAGCGCAGUUGGCUCUGGCUGGCUUCAGGAGCUGCUCGCUGCCGUGGCGCCCGCCAUUUUGCCUUGCUGGAAGUCCCCCAUAUGAUGUGUCUUGUGCUGUUGAACCAAUCAUGCAACAUUCAUUCCCUACUAAUAAAUCGACAACACUUAAAAUAUAAAUCCGGGGACAUUAAAUGAAAUCCAGAGACAUUCCGGGGACGGAUUUGUAAAUCCGGGGACUGUCCCCGGGAAAUGGGGACGUCUGGUAAUCAUACCUUAAUCACACCCUCCCCCCACAAAAUGACAGGCGCUUCCAGUUCUCAAGGGAGCUGAUUCCCGUCUCCCAGUCUGUCACCUCAGGAGAUCUCCACUUCCCUGCUCCUUCCGCUAUUGAUUUUCAGCCUCUGCCCCCAAUGACUUCCAGAAGGUAGGACACCAAAGGGAAGUUCUUCCUCACCUGACAUUGGCCGGCAACUGGGUGGCCUGCUGCCUGAAGCAUGCCUUACUGACUUCGCCCGAUCCUGAACCAUGUGCUCAGGGUGGGUAGAGUCCAGUGGGCCCACAGCUUCAAAGGCAUUAACUGGUACCGCCCUACAUAUCAAAUUAAACUGUCUCAUGCUGGCGUCGCACCUCUGAAGGCCAAGAAGUUCUAGCCUGAGCAAAGAGAUGGACACCUCUCUGCUGUCAUCAGCAUGGUGAUGGGGUUCCAACAUCACCAUCUGCUUGGCAUUGUUGUUUUAAGUGGGACACGGCAGUCAAAUUUCUGGGAGGCUUUGGGGGUUGCUGGAAAUCACUUGGGGGGCCAGAUGUGGCCUGUGGGCAUUGAAUUGGCCACUCCUGCUUUUGGGAAAAUGCAAAUGUAUCCAGAAUAGUUCAUCCCCAUCUUCUUGAAUGAGAGUAACCACCACAAACCUCUAUUUUGUCAGAAUUGAGUUUUAGUUUAUUGGGAGGGUGGGGAACUGCUGAAUGUAUAGAUUAAAAAUCGUUUUAUGGUUCUGGAGAGAGAAUCCAGGGCAAUGAAUAGUGAAAAAUAUGCUUUUUGAAACUUUAACCAGUUGAGACUGGGCAUCCUGAGUGGCACCCUCAUCUGAACUCUUGCCCUUAAUCUAUUGCAAAUCCCUACCAGAUGGUGGCUUGCAGAAAGAACUUUGGAUAGCCAUGAUAAGCAAAAUAUAAUGAUGGGGGAAACUUACAGAAGUGUAAACAAUAUGGAGUGGCUGUUUCUAAAUAUGUGUUGGCUGUCUUCUUCAAAAUAACGCUUGAAAAAGAGGAUUGUAAGGACCUUGUAUUUAAUGCUAUACUUAAUUUUAGCUAAGCAAGCAUAUUGUAGAAUACAGUCAUACCUCAGGUUACAGACUCUUCAGGUUGCGUUUUUUCGAGUUACGGACCCCCGAAACCCGGAAGUACCAGAACAAGUUAUUUCCGGGUUCCGGCUAUAGCACAUGCGCAGAAGCGCCGAAUCGCAACCUGCGUGUGCGCAGAUGCGCCGCUGCAGAUUGCGAACGCUGCAGGUUGCAAACGUGCAUCCCGCACGGAUCACGUUCGCAACCCAAGCGUCCACUGUACUGGGACAAGCUUUGUCUGUCUCUUCUCAGCUUCAGUAGCAGUGGGAAAAUAACCUGGUUGAUGGGGGCAGGCAGGCAGAAAAGAUUUGUCUUUCCACAUAAGUGACACCUCAGCCCCCUCAAAGUAUGUGGGGAUGGGGCAGAGCGCCCCCCCCCCAUCUUGAGGGACUGGGCUUCCCUCUGAUGGCAGGCCCCACUGGGCCUCCUUCUGACGCACAUGACAUCACACGUGUGACAUCACACACACAUGACAAGGCCCCCCUCCCAGUAUCGGGCAGAUAGUAUGUCUUUCAAUCAAAGUAAAACGCUGAAUCAUUUGAAGCAGUCUCUCCCCACCCCACCCUCAAAUUUUGUAGCUGUGCUAUAUUCCUCUAGUACCAAGCUGAAACAUAUUUGCAAGUUCCCCUUUUGUUCUGCAAAUUGCUUUGAUAACUUUUUAUUGAAAUGUGGUAUAUAAAUAUUACAUAUCAAUGUAGGGAGAAGAAAUGUGGGAGAAUAAUAGGCUUGGAUGUGUUCAAGGCCUGAGAUGGUUAACCUACAUGCAAAAACUGUUGCCCACACCCAGAGAAGUUAGCAUGUUAAGAAGAGAUCUGUGUUCUAAUUCUCCUCCAAGUGGUUGCUUUCUACUUGCAGAGGAUUAUCUGCAUAGAGUACUGUUCAACUCAAUGUGAGCCCUCACCUGAAGUGUACAUUCCCAAUUCAGUUUUAUCAUGUAAGUGAGAAAGAAGUUGGCAAAAUUUAAAGUGCAGACUCCCUAUUGGCUGUUUCACACGUUAUAUGGUCAAGAGCGGUAGACCCGUAAUCUGGUGAACCGGGUUCGAUUCCCCGCUCCUCCUCCUGCAGCUGCUAGGUGACCUUGGGCCAGUCACACUUCUCUGAAGUCUCUCAGCCCCACUCACCUCACAGAGUGUUUGUUGUGGGGGAGGAAGGGAAAGGAGAAUGUUAGCAGCUUUGAGACUCCUUCAGGGAGUGAUAAAGCGGGAUAUCAGAUCCAAACUCUUCUUCUUCUUCUUCAGUUAUGCUCAAGUAUCCAACAGGUUUGCCAUUUUAUACUCAUGUUAGAUAUGUAAAAAGGUACAGGACCCCUUACAAUUAAGUCAUCGUGAACGACUCGGGUUGCAGCGCUCAUCUCGCUUUACUGGCCGAGGGAGCCAACGUUUGUAUGCAGACAGUUUUUCCGGGUCAUGACUAAGCCGCUUCUGGCGAACCAGAGCAGCGCACGGAAACACCGUUUACCUUCCCGGCGGAGCGGUACCUAUUUAUCUACUUGCACUUUGACGUGCUUUCGAACUGCUAGGUUGGCAGGAGCACGGACUGAGCAAUGGGAGCUCACCCCGUUGCGGGGAUUCGAACCGCCGACCUUCUGAUCGGCAAGCCCUAGAUUCAGUGGCUUAGACCACAGCACCAUAUUAAAUAUAUGAACUGGACCUUUUGAAAUUUUCAGUUAUAAAGGCAAAAGGCUCUGCGGGAUUAUGGUCUGUCCAGUACUCCUGAUGACUUGAGGCUGUGCUGAUGAGCGUUCAAGGGUCUUGUUUAUCCUGGACUCUUGCUUUCACAGUAGUGAGUUGUUUGAAGUUUCCAAUUCUUCCUGAUAAGGUUGAGUGUGCAAUUUCAGGUCCAUAUUUACUGGCCCACCCUUGUAAGAAUGACUAUGGAUAGGAGAUGCUUCAAACACUCUAAACCAGGGGUCAGCAAACUUUUUCAGCAGGGGGCCAGUCCACUGUCCCUCAGACCUUGUGGGGCGGGGGCCGGACUAUAUUUUUUUGGGGGGGGGAAUGAAUUCCUAUGCCCCACAAAUAACCCAGAGAUGCAUUUUAAAUAAAAGGACACAUUCUACUCAUGCAAAAACACCAGGCAGGCCCCACAAAUAACCCAGAGAUGCAUUUUAAAUAAAAGAAGAAGAAGAGUUUGGAUUUGAUAUCCCGCUUUACCACUCCCUGAAGGAGUCUCAAAGCAGCUAACAAUCUCUUUUCCCUUCCUCCCCCACAACAAACACUCUGUGAGGUGAGUGGGGCUGAGAGACUUCAGAGAAGUGUGACUAGCCCAAGGCCACCCAGCAGCUGCAUGAGGAGGAGUGGGGACGCGAACCCGGUUCACCAGAUUACGAGUCCACCGCUCUUAACCACUCCACCACAUUUUACUCAUGUAAAAACACGCCGGACAGUCUGGAUUUAGAAGGCGAUUGGGCUGGAUCUGGCCCCCGGGCCUUAGUUUGCCUACCCAUGCUCUAAAUAGUACCGCCUAAAUGCUAAGAUGGUUGCUACUUUUAAUUUUUUUUUUAACCCUUAUUCCUAGUUUCCUGUCAUCCUGACCAGUUUCCUCUGGUCCAUGAGAAUCAAAAGUAUAGUGCAGCUUAAUGUUUCUUCCCCAACUCCAGCUUAGAAGUAUCUUGGAAUGCAGGAUCCUGUUUCAACAGGGUGACGUAACCUUAAACUCCAGGGCAAGAGGGGUUUAAAAAGCUUCUUUGCUGAUGUAAGCCCAUGGCACAUCCAGAUGGGAGAAUUUGUAUACCCUGAGAAGACAUUGUUUAUUAGCUAAACUGUUUACCUGUCAUCCAUUCCUGUAAAGCUCUUUUGGCAGAGGAAUGACAAACCAAUUUUUUUGUUGGUGCUUAAUGUCUAGAGAGAUUAUCGCUAAGCCCUUGCUCUUUCUUCCUAUCUCUUAGUCUCUGAGCGAUGUGGUGUGGCAACGCAAACCUUUUUUAAUUUAUUGAUGUCCCAGUUCUUCUGAGUGUUCGAACACUGAGUGCAAUUGUUAGUUCAGAUAAAGUUUUCUUUAGCACUUUAUCAAAGCGAUUCACACACAUGUAUGCAUAUAUGUAUUCAAAAAGUAUCAGUACUUCAUUGGGAGCAUUGUGUCUGAUCAGGCAGAUGGCAUCCUUGAAAACGCAAGGAUACCAGGAAAGCAACUGAGUAAAGAAUUAAUGUAAUUAGUCCUUCCAGUAAGCUCUAGAAGAUAAAUCCCUUUUAACCUCUGUUAUAAGAACAUGUGCUGUGUCAAAGCCUUGGGUUAUUAGUCUUUCAAAACGAGCUCCUACAUCAUCUGUGGCAUAGAGCAAAAGUAAUUUAGUUAAUUAGUAAAUAUAUGAUGUCAUCGUCCUCACAAUAAAGCCAUUUUUGGUUUCCAGCUUUUCCGACAGACCUGGUUCUGACCUGGUUUUUGCACAUAGCAGAAUGAGAUAGUAAGUAGACUGCAGGUGGAGGGUUAUAAUACUCUCUGUAUAAACACCCUGCUAGGAGAAAAGUAGCUUAACAGGGAGACAUUUUAAGCAUUUCUCUCUCUGAUGAGAUAGUCAUUUCAGAGAGUCUCUUUUCAUGUUUAUGACCAUUCAGAAACGUAGUCUUCUACUCAUUCCAGCUCAUUCCACAGGGUUUCUUCCACCUCAUUCUGCUACAUGUAUAUAUCUAGCUUCUAUUAUUAUCACCCAGUCAAGUGGUCAGUAUUGGCUUCUACUUUGGGGCAAUGGGAGGAGCUCUUUUUAAUAAUAAUAAUAAUAAUUAUAAUAAUAAUAAUAAUUUUAUUAAGUUUUCAGUUUUACAUUUCAAAAUAAACAUUUUACAAACUUUAAAGGAUCCAAUGACUUUCCUUCUUCUCCUUCCAUGGUUCAUUUUACAUAUCAUACAUUCCUGAAUAUUUUACUAUAACCAUUCAAAUCAGUUUUCCACUUUAGCAUCAACCACAAAUUACCGUAUUUUUCGCUCUAUAAGACGCACCAGACCACAAGACGCACCUAGUUUUUGGAGGAGGAAAACAAGAAAAAAAUAUUCUGAAUCUCAGAAGCCAGAACAGCAAGAGGGAUCACUGCGCAGUGAAAGCAGCAAUCCCUCUUGCUGUUCUGGCUUCUGGGAUAGCUGCGCAGCCUGCAUUCGCUCCAUAAGACGCACACACAUUUCCCCUUACUUUUUAGGAGGGAAAAAGUGAGUCUUAUAGAGCAAAAAAUACGGUAUUUAUUCUGUUGAAUUUAUCUUAGUGCUGCCAGCGUUUUCAGUUGUAUACCGUCUCUCAGCUGUAUAGAGUCUCCCGGACUCUAUAUCAAUUCUUCCUAAGAAUGCGGUUCAUGAAACUUUUAUAGAUUUUAGCCUUCCCAUACCAAAGACAUGCAUGCCAGCCAAAUUUAAAAUCAUGACCUUCUAAAUCUAAAAUGUCUGCAUUGUCCAAUACAAUCCAUUCUUUUAACAAACACAAACAAGCUGCCUCAUAAUGCAAUUGCUAAUCUGGCCUCCUCUUUCUUUUGUAUCUAUCAGAAUUUUAUAUUUGAUUCUUGGCCUUUUUCCCUGCCAGAUGAAUUUAGAAAUAUAUUUUUUCCAUUCCUUGAAGCAGUUUGAAUUAUUUACAAUCGGGAUUGAUUGGAAUAAAAACAGUAUUUUAGGGAGUAUAUUCAUUUAAAUGGCUGAAAUUCUACCUAAGAGGGAGUUUCAUUCUCCCCUAUAUCUCCAACUCUUUCUUAACCUUUCCCCACAAUUUAAUAUAAUUAUUUUCCAAUAGGUUGAGCUUUCUUACUGUCAGCCAAAUUCCCAAAUACUUUUUUGCCUGUUUUUAAACCAGACAUCCUUUCUAAAAAAAAUUUUGACUGCUCAUCCAUGUAUUUAACCAAAAUUUUGUUUUAAUCUGAGUUUAUUUUGAAACCCACCACUUCUCCAAACCUUUUAAUUUCUUCUAAUGCUUUGGGAACGUUCUCCAAAGGUUGUUCCAGGGUCAACACCACAGCCCCCACAACACGUCAGUAAAUGUCCUUAAUUUAUAGACGCUGUGUCCCACCUCAAUACCUUUAAUUUCCCCAUUUCGCCUUAUAUUCUGAAGCAGUGUUUCUAAUGUUAUAAUAAACAAAAGUGGAGAUAAGGGACAGCCUUGUCUCUAUUUGGCAUUUGUCUGAAAGAAUAUUGUUUACUAAUAUAUUUGCAGAUUGAUCGGUAUAGAUUGCUUUCAUUCCUGCUAGGAAAGAAUAACCUAUUUCCAUUUUCUCUAAAACCUUAAUCAUAAAUGACCAUGAAAUAUUGUCAAAAGCUUUCUUCACAUCUAGGAGGAUUAAUGUAGCCCGUUUUUAUUUUUUUUACCUCCAGGUACUCUAUUAAAUUGAUUAUAUUUCUUAUAUUGUCUUUCAUUUGUUGGCCUGGUAAAAAUCCACACUGGUCUCUGUGGACUGAGUCAGUCAGUGUCCUUUUCAAUCUAUAAACCAAGAUUGUAGCAAAUAGUUUGUAGUCACAAUUCAGUAAUGAAAUAGGUCUAUAAUUUUUUGUCUUUGUUAAGUCUUGUUUGGGGAUCAAUUCUGUUUAUGGUGUCCUUAAGUGGUUCUGUAAGUGCUUCCUAAAACUUUUUAUAAUAAAUUGCAAGAAGUCCAUCUGGCCCAGGUGCUUUUCCCAUCUUCAUUUGGUUUAUUGCCAUUUGCAAUUCCGAUAUCUAUAUGGGUGCAUUCAAAAUUUGCCGAUUUUCCUUAGAUACUCAGGAUAUAUUACAAUUACCUUAAGAGUACAUUGUCCUAAAGUUCUCCUUCUCACAAUGAUAUAAUGAAGUAUAUAAAAAAAAUGCUUGUCUUAUCUCUUUUGGGCUAGUCAAAUGCUUAUCGUCAUCUACAAUAUUAUUUAUGGUCCUAUUCUUCCUUUCUUUUUUGAGUUGCCAUGCUAACAGUUAACCCAGUUUAUUAGCAAAUUAAAAAAAAUUCUGUUUCAUCAAUUUGCUGUAUUUUUCGCUCUAUAAGACACACCUUUUUCCUCCUAAAAAGUAAGGGGAAAUGUCUGUGCGUCUCAUGGAGCGAAUGUGUGGUCGAUCGCUGGCUCCCUUUCCGGCCCCGGCCCCUUGCCCAGGCCUCCAUUGUUGAAUGUUCUGCAGAUGGAGGCUGUUUGUUUCCCCAGCGACAUGUGACUGGCUGAUUAGAUUAUCUGUCUGGAAACUGUAGAAAUGGCUCCCUUUCCUAAAGAAGCUGCAGAACUGUGAGCUGAUCCCCCAAAAACGGGGCUUUCCCCCUUUCCUCCUCUAAAAACUAGGUGCAUCUUAUGGUCAGGCGCGUCUUAUGGAGCGAAAAAUACGGCACUUUUCAUCUCUUGAUUAGCUGACAUUGAAAAUUGUGCUGCAAUAGCUAAAGAGCUCUUAAUGCCAUCAACAACGAUAAACGUUGGGCUGAAUCUUUGUACUAGCCAAACUGUAGGGAUUACUUUUGGAUCAGUAGCGAUGGGUAUGAACUUAGUUGAUUCUUCAGGUUAGUCACCGUCUAGUCGCUUAGACCUGGCCUACAUAUGUGACAAAAUGAGCUGGUAAAAUCCUGAAGUGAAGUGUACUAUUCCAGAUGUCAGGAGCUUAUCAAAUUUUUGAAUGCUCUCCAAGUAACAAAAGGCCCCCCUGCAAAUAGAGACUGGCAUAACAGGGAGGGAGUUGAGCCACAGCUUAUGUCCGUGAUAUUUUAAUUCUUUCUUCCAGUGUAUGUGUGUGCACCUUGGGCCAGUCACUAUCUCUUAGCAUAACCUAUAAAUGGAAUAAAUAAAUAAUAAAUAAUGCCUAUCUAUAUGUUUCAGAAAUACGACACGCAUCUCUAUGGUCUGAGUGGUACAGUCCACUCUAGCACUUCAUUUUCUGCUGUAAAUAGGGAGUUUGUCGAAAGACCUCCCAAAUUUCGACAAAGUCAAGCUGAUAAAGGCUGGGUAACACGUCCCAUAAAAUGCUUAGCUUUGACCUCUAAACAUUUUAGCAAAAUUUAUUUCCCUAUGUCUCCAAGUGUAAAACUGCAUAUGUAAACAGAGACUCUUGUAUUUCAUCAAUAACCACCAAUGAUAUUUGAUCAGCAUAUUUUGUUUGAAUGGUUUUUAAAUUUACAAAAAUCUUGAGUUUAUUCUCUAAAAUUUGGAAGUGUUCUUGCUUUUUUUCAGAUCUUAUCAAAAAACUAGCACAGCAAUCGUUUGGCAAAAACCCUGGUGAUUAUCAAAAGGUAAUUCUUUCACGUGUAUUUAUUAUGGUUUGCAUAUGACUGUGUGUCUGUAUUUGUGAAGCUGAUCUUUUUAACAACAACAACAACAGCACAGUAUGUUAACUUUGCCACAUCUGCUUCUUGUUUAUCUUUUAAAUAGAAAGUUUCCAGAUGCAAGUGUGUCAAAACUGCAUGAUAAGGUUUCAUUUUGCUUAGCUUCACAUCAAAUAUUUUCCAAGAAGAUUUUGGGGGAUAUUUUUGAUCAGUGUAAAUAGAAACUCUUGCUUCCUUUGCAUAGGGUUUUCUGUGACAUUUCAUCUGAUUAAGAUACUGAUGAGUAAAGAUUUUUAGGCAAACCGAAAUAUAUGAACACGUUAGUAUUUCCCUUCGUGGCGUAGAUUUUAUUUAUGUAGCCCAUGUCUUCCAAUUCUGGAGACUGGAUAUUAAGCAUCUGAUAUUGGUCCAUAUCUUGUUCCCCAUUGCAUUAUCAGCUCCAGAAGACACACACUACACACUGCACUCCCCAUUUUAAAACAACUACUCCUUUUCAGGGAGCAUCUUCCAAGUAGGGGGGAGGGGUGUGUGCCAUAGGCACAGGCAAAGAUAGGAUGAAUGUCACUGAAUGGCUUUCAAACUGUAUUUCUUGAUUAUACAUUCAGGAAGGGUAGACGACUCUUCUUUGAAAGACAGCUUGCCCCUUCCAAUCUUUCCCUGUGAUUACUGGCUACUGGGUCUGUUCCCGAGUGCAUGCUCAGUUCAUGAAGGGUGACAGUGAGGUUCAAAGCUGGCUGUGCCCUCUAAAACCUAUUCCUGCAUCCUUUGCAAUAUGCAGGGUUGGAAUGGAAGACUGCAGAAAGUGUUCCCUAAAGGCGGAAAUCUUGAAAACCCACUGGCGUAAAUUUAUUUAAAAGAUUAGUUGAUUCUAACUUGGUGAUUGGAAUAAGUGCUGUGGGUUUAUGCACCUCCUUCAGUUUCUGGUUUGUAGGCAGUCUUUAGCUAGCAAACCAUUGUUUGUUCAAUUUUGCCUUCGCAGCAAACUAUGGUUAUCUCACAUGGUGGUAGGGAUGGGAGAUGCUCACAGAGGUCUUCUGAUUGCCAAACCAUGGUUUUUGAUUGGCACAGUGACUUCUGAACUGAACCAGUCCUUUUACCUUUUCAAAGAGCAUUUAAGUGCUUGUUUUGGGUGAAAUGCUACCUGUAAUUUUGGAAGCCCACAGCUGUGGAUGUGUUCACCCAUUCUGACUAAUCAGAACAUAGUAAUUAUGGCUGCAGAAAGGCAUGUUCAUGAGCAGUGGCUGCAGCUUGCAAACCUUUGAGGGCUUUUUUGUUAUUUUGGAAAGAAGGCGACUCGAAUUGUGUCAUGCAAAACAAAGAGAGAAAAUCACUUGAUAAACUUAAUAAUGCUGGUUGUAUCAAUCACAGCAUCAUUCAGGUGCUUUUAACCAUCAGUGUUGGAGUCAGUAAAUCAUGGGCUCCUUUUGAAAAGUUUUGUAGGUAGGAAAUAGUAAUAGUUGUGAUUCCUUCAGGUUGCAGUAUUUCAAAAAGUAUAAACCAGGAGCUUCUUAGAAAACAAAAAUGCCCCCCCCCCCAAAAGGCGAACUUUCAAUUGACUUGCCAGGACAAAGCACCACCUUUUGGAAAUCCCAACUGGACAUCAAUUCCACCUUUGAAAUCCCAGUAAUGUCCUUCUUUUGACAGUCUAUCUCCUGAUGACCUCUUUGCUCAAAUUGCAUUGGGGUUUGUACAACUGGCCAGUAGCAAGCAGUGCAGUGGGACAGAGAGGCUUACCUGACCUCUAGGCAAAUCAGUUGCUGCUGCUUACCAAGAGACACAAGGUGGUGGGCAGUAUCAGCAUGCCAUCAGGACCACCAGAUUGGCCCUGCUGCUGUGUUUGCACCAUGCUGACCACUGGCUUGCCGCUGCCUCUCCCAGUAAGCACCAGUGGCUUACCUGUUUGAAAGUCAGGUAAGAAUCUCUGUCCCAUUACAGUGUAUGCUGCUGCAAAUAGCUAUAAUAUACUUGUCUCCUGUGUGGUUGUGCUUUGUGGAAAAGAAACCAUUAUCGGAAGUUUCCCAAUAUCCAGGCUUGAGACAGACUUCAGAAAUUUGUAAAAGCCUGCAUUAAAUGAUAAGUGAGCUUGUGAAGUCAUUGAAUUCUCCCAAGCUUGGAUAAACAAAUAGAGGAGGAAAGUUUGUCUCUUUGCUCCUUCUUUUUUCCUGAUGCACUGGGUUUCAGUGCUGUGUGGUUUAAAACUCAAGGAAUCAUGGAAGGGCAACAUCAAUCCUAGUGUCCAGGCUUCGUGCCCUGGUGCACUAUUCCAGAGACAGAAGGGGACAAAUCACCCUUUGUGCCUUCAUCACUACCACCACGACUGGGAAGGGAAGGGGGAGAUUUUCCCAAGCCAGACAAUAGGGUCAAACACAAAAGAUGCCCUUGAUAAAGAGUGACUUUCUCAAAACAUGUUGGGAACAUCAAGACCUGUGCACAUGUGCUCUUGUGUGUGUGUAGCAUGCUGCUUGCACAACUGAACAUCACCCUCACUUCAAAUUCUGACUCUUCCUUCUACUUAACACUUCUCCUCAUGCAAGGUGAUUCCUUCCCUGGUUUGAGGCAAACAGCAGUUUGCUGCUCCAUUUGCCCAGCUGCUUCGAUUAAAUACCACAGGGAAUUCAAUUCCCUAGAUAAGGUUGUGCAGUUUUAAAGGUGGUAAACAACACGUCUUACGUAACCGUGUUUAUUCAGAAGCAAGUCCUGUUGAAUUCAAUGGGACUUACUCCCAGAUAAAUGGGGUUAGGAUUGCAGACUUAAGUGUAACAUUCUUCAGGGUGUAAAAAUAAAUAAAUUCCACCCCUUUUGUGAUGGAAAACAGUAGUCCAAACAGUAAUAAAAAUGUUUUGUAGUGUUCAAGUCAGAGGAAUUGGGAAGAAAAUGCAAGCUAUUCUGCAUCUGGCCCUCUUUAACAGAACACAAAGUGUAAUAAUAAUAAUAAUAAUAAUAAUAAAUUUUAUUUAUAUCCCGCCCUCCCCAGCCGAAGCUGGGCUCAGGGCGGCUAACAACAAUAAAAUCGUACAACAUUCUAAAAUCAUUUCACUAUAAAAUUAAUUCAACUCAAAUUGAUGGCAACCAUUAGGCUAAAGUUCUGUGAAGAUUGCCAAAGGAGGGGGUCAGACUGUGCCCUGACCAAAGGCCUGGUGGAACAGCUCUGUCUUGCAGGCCCUGCGGAAAAAUGUCAAGUCCUAGGGUCCUAGUCUAUUGUGACAGCGUUCCACCAGAUCAGAGCUACAGCCGAAAAAGCCCUGGCUCUAGUUGAGGCCAGCCUAACCUCUCUGUGGCCUGGGACCUUCAGGAUGUUUUUGUUUGAAGACCGUAAGUUCCUCUGUGGGACAUACCAGGAGAGGCGGUCCCGUAGGUACGAGGGUCCUAGGCUGUAUAGAGCUUUAAAGGUUAAAACCAGCACCUUAAACCUGAUCCUGUACCUCACAGGGAGCCAGUGCAGCUGGUAUAGCACCGGGUAAAUUGAAUACAAAUAAGUAAAAACCAUGAAAAUCCUAAACCAUUUGAUUUUGCAAAAUUGGCAAGAUGCCUCUGGAACUACACUGCAUCAUGGUUUUGUGUGUGAAUACCUGAUGUGCUAAACUGCUUACUGACCUUGUACAUUGUUUUUUACUUUGAUGGGCAUCAUAAACAUUAUCUUUGGGUGCUUAAUUUAUUGCUCACCUGCAUUCUUUUUAUGCAUGCUGCCUUUGCAUCAUAUAUACUUUCCAUCUGCCUUGACUUCCACAGCCAGAAAAUGUUGUCCUCACCCUUCAGGUAAAACCUCUUAUUGUUUCCGAUGCACACUUUGUUUGGGAAAAAAUAUAUUCUCAACUAGGGUUGCCAUAUUUCAAAAAGGAAAAUUCCUGACACCCGCAGGUGUUGAGCUUUUUCUAGGAGACCACCAAAAUUUGGGGAGGGGGGGGGACAAACCCAAAUUGUUGAGCUUUUGGGGGGAAACCUACCCUCCCAAUAGUGAUUUUAAGCUUUUGGGACUUUUUCUGCUGCUUUUUCCAUCGCGAUGCCAGACAUUUCACCAAUUUGGCAAAAUUCCCCCCGACGCCAUUUUUAGAUCCGAAAACCAGGACAUGUCAGGAAUUUUCCUGACGUAUGGCAAGCCUAUCUUAACUAACAUGUAACCUCUUCUGAUCAUGGGUUCUAACGUUUUAGGUGGAGUAUUUUCAGAAUUGUUAAUUUGGUUAGUUGAUAUAUUUUGUUGUGGUUUACGAAAGAACCUAACAUUCCCAUUUCCCGCUAUCUAACAAAAACCCUUAACUCUCCUUGUUACUGUAAUUAGGUCACUGGUAUAAAUGGCCAUGUGUUGCAGUUGUUUGCGCUUAGAGCUAUUUUCAUUGAGGAAAUGGGGGGAUCUGAAGCAGAUUCACUGAGAGUAGAACUGGAGCAUGAGUAAAUGUAGCUGGUGGGAAACUGGCUUGCAACGAGCCCUGGAGGAAGGUGUCUGACUGCUCUUCUCCCUCUGUGCUUUUAAUAGGCGGGCACUCACAAAUGUGUAAUAGCAGUGGGAGAGAAGCCAGCUAAUCUACAAAACAAAAACAUUUUCCAAGUUGGUAAAUGAAAGCGAUUCACAUAAUAGUCACGAGGACAAUGCACUGCCCAGCUGGCAUCAAAAAUCAAGGAAGGGUCUUCAGAACAUGCAGGUCUCCUGCUAGAUCAAAGGGUUGUGUAGACCAGGGGCCAGCAAACUUUUUCAGCAGGGGGCCGGUCCACUGUCCCUCAGACCUUGUGGGGGGCCGGACUAUAUUUUGAAAAAUAUAUAUACUGUAUGAACGAAUUCCUAUGUCCCACAAAUAACCCAGAGAUGCAUUUUAAAUAAAAGGACACAUUCUGCUCAUGUAAAAACACCAGGCAGGCCCCCACAAAUAACCCAGAGAUGCAUUUUCAAUAAAAGGACACAUUCUACUCAUUUAAAAACAUGCUGAUUCCCGGACCGUCCUUGGCCAGAUUGAGAGGGCAAUUGGACUGGAUCCGGCCCCCGGGCCUUAGUUUGCCUACCCAUGGUCUAGACCAUAGCUGUCAACGUUUACCUUUUUUAAAGGGAAAUCCCCUUAUUCCAAAUAGGAUUCCUUGCAAGAAAAGGGAAAAGUUGACAGCUGUGGUCUAGACCAGCUUCAAGGUUUUCAGCUGUGACCAGGCUGAUGCUUCCACAAAGUCUACAAGUAGCAUAUGAAGUCAUUGGCUUUCCCCUGCUCUUUCCUGCCCAGAAACGGAAGAUCCUGAGUUUUGCUUCAUUCAAGGAAAAAUAGGUAUAUAAAAAGGAGAAUUCAGGAAAAAGUAUUCAGCAAAGUGUGGAAAUAUAGACUGUAAAGGGGCCCUUUAAAGUGAGUUCCAAAGCUUCCCUCUUCAAAGGUCAGAUUGACGUGCUUCAGAAAGUUGCACAGGCAGUAAAACUAGGCUUAGUUAGAUUGGUGAAAAGUCCUAAAUUAUUGGUAUAGGAACUCAAGAGUGGCUUGUGAGAGCCAUGUAGUGUGAGCUUGGAGCAACCAGCUCAGACCUCCUCACAUGCUGAGCUUGUCAGGUAGACUGAACGUUGAAAAAAUAAGCCUGAUUGCCCAUUUCCUCCCAAGGCCAGGGGAAGUGACCUCACUAAACUGGGCAGAACAGCUUACUCUAUGGUAUGAGCUGCUUCAUGCAUUAUUUAGAUUUCAACAUGUUAGUUAUAUGAGGUUGGUUCUCUUACAAAUUGUAUAGUGCUGUCAUAGCUGACAGCAAACAAUGUCUAGCCCCUUUCAUAAAGCUACAGUGGUACCUCGCAAGACGAAUGCCUCGCAAGACGGAAAACUCGCAAAACGAAAGGGUUUUUGGUUUUUUGAGUUGCUUCGCAAGACGAUUUUCCCUAUGGGCUUGCUUCGCAAGACGGAAACGUCUUGCAAGUUUGUUUCCUUUUCUUAAAACCGUUAAUAUAGUUGCGACUUGACUUCGAGGAGCAACUCAUAGCACGCGGUGUGGUAGCCUUUUUUGAGGUUUUUGAAGACUUUGGUGAUUUUUGAAGCUUUUCCAAAACUUUUCCGACACCGUGCUUUGCAAGACGAAAAAAACCGCAAGACGAAAAAACUCGCAGAACGAAUUAAUUUCGUCUUGCGAGGCACCAGUGUACUAAGGCAGAGGUCACCAUCACGUCUUCCAGUUGCGAAUUCCCCAAGCUAAUUGCAUUGUGUGAAGUUUAUUCCCUUCUGACCUUAAGAUGAGCUUCUUCUGUGACCCCAAGUUCUUCCCAGGCAUUCUUAUUUAUGUGUGCAAGACGUGCACAGCAGUGCUUGGCUUCAAGGCAUCCAGCUACCUUUCCUCAUGGUUGCAUUUCAAUUUGUAGGGAUAUUUCCAUUCCUAGUGCUUAAACUGCAGUACUCUUGAGUUCCUAUUUCUGUCUCUUACUUGGAAAUCCCUUCACGCACUGCUGAGCUGUACUAGUGUGGCUCUUGCUACCUCUACAGUUGCUUUCAUGCUGUUUUAGGUUAUUUCUAAAAGUGCUGAUCUGGAUCCUGUAUUUACAUACCACAGAAGCAGUGUACCUCUAAAGGCAGAUACCGUAUUUUUUGCACCAUAACACUCACUUUUUUCCUCCUAGAAAGUAAGGGGAAAUGUCUGUGCAUGUUAUGGAGGGAAUGCCUACGGGUGGCAUGCCUACGGAUUUUCCUCCUCUAAAAACUACGUGCGUGUUAUGGUCGGGUGCGUGUUAUAGAGCAAAAAAUACGGUAAAUGCCAAAGAACGAGCCAUGUGGGUGGAUCCAUUUACACCUGAACUGAUGUGGGGGGAAACUGCAGAGGCAGCAACACCCAUGCUGGCUUAAGUUUAUGUUGAAGUACAUUAUUGCAAUUGUGUGAAAUGUCAGAAAACAGCCUAGAGUGGUUUCAGUGUGCAGUUCUGCUCUGCAGCGCUUUUCCUUUCUGGAGCUAAUUUACCCUUAACAUUUUAUUAAUUAACUCCUCAGUCACAUGCGUCCAUGUGAGGUUGCUUCAGAGGAAACAGGCUUGAAGGAGCAAGGGAAUGUUCACAAGUAUGAAAUAAACCAGCCCUAUGUCUUGCAUUAAGGGACGUGGGUGGCGCUGUGGGUAAAACCUCAGCGCCUAGGGCUUGCCGAUCGCAUGGUCAGCGGUUCGAAUCCCCGCGGUGGGGUGAGCUCCUGCCGUUCGGUCCCAGCUCCUGCCCACCUAGCAGUUCGAAAGCACCCCUAAGUGCAAGUAGAUAAAUAGGUACCGCUUUAUAGCGGGAAGGUAAACGGCGUUUCCAUGUGAUGCGCUGGUGCUGGCUCGCCAGCUGCAGCUUCGUCACGCUGGCCACGUGACCCGGAAGUGUCUCCGGACAGCGCUGGCCCCCAGCCUCUUAAGUGAGAUGGGCACACAACCCUAGAGUCGGACACGACUGGCCCGUACGGGCAGGAGUACCUUUACCUUACCUAUGUCUUGCAUUGGGACAUGGGUUAAACCACAGAGCCUAGGACUUGCCGAUCAGAAGGUCGGUGGUUCAAAUCCCCGCGAUGGGGUAAGCUCCCAUUGCUCGGUCCCUGCUCCUGCCAACCUAGCAGUUCAAAAGCACGUCAAAGUGCAAGUAGAUAAAUAGGUACCGCUCUGGCGGGAAGGUAAACGGCGUUUCUGUGUGCUGCUCUGGCUCACCAGAAGCGGCUUAGUCAUGCUGGCCACAUGACCCAGAAGCUGUACGCCGGCUCCCUUGGCCAGUAAAGUGAGAUGAGCGCCGCAACCCCAGAGUCGGACACAACUGGACCUAAUGGUCAGGGGUCCCUUUACCUUUACCUUUUUAUGUCUUGCAUUGGUCCUCAUAACCUGGGGAGGGUUGCUGACUAGGAUCGCCAAUGGUCAAGGAUGGCGCCGUAGUGUGUCUUGCUACAACUAGCAGAAGCAGAAUAAAUUAGGCAAAAUAAGAGAAAUUGUGUUAAAUCUAUGAUUGAGUAGAAUCAUAUAGUUGAAAGUGACCCAAGUAUCAUCUAGUCCAACCCUCUGCGAUGCAGGAAUCUCAGCUAAAGCACCCAUGACAGAUGGACAUCCAACCUCUGUUUAAAAACUUGCAAAACUCAGGGGGCGUUUUUUUAGUGCAGAAAGCACAUAGUCUUGUAUCAGUCAAGAAAGCCUUUAGGCAUGACUCCCUUUGAGAACUGUUGGUUUAAUGUAGGAUUUUCCAGACUGUGUCCCUUUUUGCAGCGCUACAGUGUGCACUACAAGAACUCCUAACACAGACGACUUUUCAAAGUGUAUUUUAGGGGGGACGGGACGGGACACUUAGUGCAGCGGCGUCCUUCCUGGCCUCCAAAUUAGAACUGCCAGCUCGCUUCUUUCUUGGACUAACAAAUGUAUUGUUUUUAUCAUUUUCCAGAACAAUGGGAAGGAUUCUUCUUUGCAACUCCAGGAUAUCCUAGUUAAUAAUUUUCUAGUACCCCAUGUUCCAGUUUGUACAGUUGCAGCUCAAGGAUGGGAUCAUGCUGCUGCUAGACUUUUCCUGCCCCUCUCCUCUGUAGCGUGGGCUGCAUCCGGGAAUGUGCAUCAUUCACCCCUUGGGAUGAUGUCAGUUCCUUUAGCUGAGAAAGCCGGAUCAAUACUGCACAGUGCCUCUCCAAUUGGGCAAAAGUUGUACUUCCAUCCAGCGUGCUGACUUAGUUAGUCAGCCCCUUUCAUCGCACAGUUCUUUUCCUCCAGCAUGUAGUCUGAGUUCGGUUUUGAAACUAUGUCUGUAAUGUGAAUCUCAGUUAUAAUAUAUCUGCUUUUGCUAUUGUUUCUGUCCGCAUUGCAGGCAGUUUACUAUGAGAUCGGUUUUAUAGUCUCUGCUGCUCUGGGAGUGCUGUUUGUUCUGUUGUUGCCUCUGGUGGGGCUUUGCUUCUGCAUGUGCCGUUGCUGUGAGAACUGUGGUGGGGAAAUGCACCAAAGACAGAAGAAGAAUGCAGACUGUCAGAGGGGAUGCUUUGCUACAGUACUUUUCGUUGCCGCUUUAAUCAUCAGGCAAGUAUAGCCAAGCUGCUCACAGUGUGAAUUUUGCUUUGCCAUAUAAGCAAGGUGGGUUAAGUCUGGUUUAUUAUUUAUGGAGUUUUUAUUGGGCUGGGAAUAAUGUGCACAAGUUUAAGGGAGAUAAAAGUCACUAAUUAAAAGAGAGCCGCUCUGUUUGAUGACCACAGGCUGACUGCAUAACUAUACUGAAAGAUCUGGAGCCAAGCUACAGGAUCAGCAGGCCCAUUGGAUGUGUUUAGUUGUUAGAAUGUACCACUUUGUACUAAUGAUAGUUGAGGAUAUAGAAUAUUGUUACAAAAGCCACCCCCCCACACUCUCUGCCAGAUUCCAGGGGGUUCCAGGCACUCACCCAGGGUCUGCGUUCCUUUGGAGAACUGAGACACAGCAGAGACUGUCAUGCUUUAAGAAAUAUGGUUUACACCUUCAGUCUGCACGGAGGGAGUCCAGAUCUUACAGCACGGUCAUUUCAAAAGGAGCUUGUCUCCCACAGCAGUGAAGCCCUGGAGUCCAAGCCAUCUUGGAGUCUCAGCCAGCCUUCAGCCAGCCUGCCCAAGAUGGAUCCCAUUCUUUCUUCUUCCCGGAACACGUUACUGAAAGACUCCCUUUUCCUGUCAUCUCACACCCAGUUACCCCGGCCCCAUCAGUCUCCCCAGGCCAAAGUAUUCCUCUCAGAUGGCCCAUCAACACCUUUUGUCAUGUUGACAGAUUUGCUCUUCAGAAGGCCAGCCAAGCUGGUUUGCAUAAGUCAGGGCUGGGAUUCCUUGUCUGACAGAGCUCUGGAGCUUGUACUUUCAUCCAUAUCCCAAUUAAUCAAAAUCCUACAGUUUAUUAAUUUCCAGGGUUUAGUGGGGUCCCCCUCAAAUCUAUCUUUUAAUACAUUCCCACUCUGCAAUAGCAAUACCAAUACCAAGGAAAAGGUUCUAGGAUAGCUAAUGUUGUUUAUGUAGGAUUUGAAUGUGAGGAGACGGUAAUUCAGUCAGUCCCCCAGGUGAAGCCUACAGUGGUACAAUACAGAAGAGAAUAACAUCAUGUGAGACUGCUGACCAUACAGCUUCUCUCUAUGAUUGAUUAUUGUUAUGGAACUGAGCGCGCAAGGCUUUUGCCAUUUUUUUUUUAAUAAGAACUGCCUGUGCUAGCUUUUUCACUGCAAAAUCAAUGUAUCAUACCUGCAUCAAUUUUAAUUUUGUAUGUCAUAGCUUUCUUGAACAAAAGGCUGCUUCCGUUUUCAUUCUGAAUGUAUCCGUUUUGUUGCUGAGGAUGGGCAAUGCGAAACUUGAUCCUGCUUUUUCCUUAUGAGCUAGAACCCCUGGCCCCUUCAUGACUAGACUGUACUCUCUAACAUAACAAAACGUGUUUCCCAGUGUGGGCAACACAGCCUAACUUACCAAUAUAUAGCGCUUCAUGGUUGAUGGAGCUGACUCAGGAUUCCAGAAUUAAACCCUGGUUUGAACUUUCAGUCACCUUGAGUCAUGUGGGCAGAAAGUAGAUUGUGGUCCACAGGUGACCCACAGGCCAUAUUAUGUUGGUUCACCUAGCAUCCUGUUCAGUGCUGGACUUAAGGUGAUGAACCAAACUGUUUACCAGUUUUUGGGUAAUGGUCUUAACUCAUUUCUGAGCCAGUCCAAUAGGAACCAAGGAUAGCCUGUCUCUAAAGGAAAUGAGCAGCUCUGCUCAUUUUGUCUCUUAACACAAUUGAUUCCCAUUAACCUCUGUGGGUUACCUCUGUCCAGGGCUGCAAUCGGGAACAUUCCUAAAAUGUCCUCUGUUCUUGUCCUUUCGUUCACCAGAGUUUUGGAAACAGAUAUCAAGGGUUAUGCACGUAUAUGCACACAAUCCUCAACAUUUUGUCUAAUUGUAGCUCUUUGUUUUCACCUAAAAGAAGCAAGUGGUUUCCAUUAUCUUGUAUGGAAGAUGUAAUGGAUUUAGGGGUUGCUCGUGCGUAAGUUGCCGCCACUCCUGGCGAGGUUACCUGGUUAAACCCUUUCUGACUGAACAGCCUCCAGCAUCGUGACUGUCUCAGUCGCUGACAGAAUCCGUCAGUGGGCGUUUCUUAAACUUCUUCCAGCACAAAAGUUCCUUGACGCCUAGUCUCCGCCUAGACUCCCUGCGCGGAAGCCUUCUGCGCAGGGAGGGUGUGGGCAGCGGAGGACCCGUACUCUCUCCGCUGGUCUCCGGCAAGGAGUCUUGGAGCCUCCUCUCCGAUUCCCCCAUCUGCCCCCCUUCUCUACUGGUGUUACGCUGAUUUCCUUCCCCAGCGGACGGGCUGCCUCUCUCCCUACUGGGACCCUCUCCGCCAUCCCUCUGGAGCCUUCCCUCCGCCUCUAGCUCCGAUGGCAGUUCCCUGACAGAAGAGAAUAAAGGGUACAUUUGUGGUUGCAAGGACCCAUGGAAAGGGGUUCUUUCCAAUUGUAGCCCCAUAGUCUGCUGUCUUUGAGUGAGUAAACACACAUGUAGGAGCCUUUGGCUUCUGGUGGAAGAGAGACAGAACCCUUGAACAUUAAGCAGGCUUAUCUAAAAUCUUUUGUUCCCCUUCCACGAGGGCAAUUGUUGCCAGAAAAGAGGCUUCUGGGUAUGUCUUUCCUUCUGAAUCCUGCCCUUGUGCUGAUUGUGGGAAUGUUAAGGAUGUCAGGAGAGGAUAUAUUAUUUAUUAAUAUCCUUCCAAACCUGCACUAGCAACCUUUAUGGAGCAGAGUUACAUUCCCCUUCUUACAUGCACAGCAGAUAGCUGGUUGCAGGCUCGUGUGAGCCUCUCACUAUUACACAGUUCAAUCUGUCUCAGAUUGAAUUGUACGUUCCUGGUAAAUUCCCUUGAUUUAUUGGUAAAUUCCCUUCUUUAUUGAAAGAAUAAAGACACCACAAUCUUAUUCCAAGUCAGUAAAAGAAGUUUACUGACAUCAGUUCAUAGUUGGAUUCCUGAAGGCAGACUUAGUUACAAAUAUGUACAUGUGGAUCUACCUCAUAUGGGGGAAUAAUGCCAGUGCUUCUGCUAGCUGAGAGCUAGCAGAGCAGUCCCAGCUAAAAGCUGGUCAAACGAAGAAAGAAGUCAAAAAAAAGAGGGAAGUUUGCUGCGUGACUCGUCCUUUUGUAACCUGGACAGGUAAAGUCACGCCCACUUUCUAUCACAUGCAAAAGGAAGGAUGCUCCAGCCAGGAGGAACAGGAAGUUUUGACUGGCUGGACCAAACAUGUCUUCUCUAGCAUUACAAGGAAUGUUGUACUUGACUUCUUCUCAUGGAUCACAUCCCACACCGAUUUGGGGCAGAGGCAGGAUUUCUGUCUCUCUCCACCCCCCGCCCCCCAGUAAUUGGCACUUGGGUCGCCAUACCAAAGUAUGUGCACCCACCACCUCUUUGCUGAACAUGUACUGUAUAUGGAAACAUUUUUAUAUAUUUAAUGAAAUCUUGCGCUUGUGCAUGGGCCAGUUGGCUUCUCAGAGUGUGAUUGAGUAGCACACUCUCCUCAUUUCUGGGAAAGCAAGGUCUCUAGUCAUCGCUUUAUUAAGGAAUGUUAAGCAAAAGUUUGCUUUUCAUAUCACCAAACAUGAAGGAGAAGUCUGUUUAAUAGUCUUCAUAAAUGUGAUCAGUGGGGUGACUGGUUUUCCUCGUUUUUGUAAAGUGUUUUUCCCACUCUGUCGGAGAGGCUCAAAAUGAGAAAUUAUCAAAGUUUUGCAAACAGAAAACCUUCAUGGUGCAUUGAGCUACUGACCUUUUUGUAGUGUGAGCACAAAGACCGAAACAAUCGCCUCCAAAGAACAUAGUUGUUACUGUAAUUCUAGCCAUGUGAAUUGGAAAUACACUUUUCAUCUGACUGUCCAUUGUGAAAUGUUUUCCUUUUUAGAGGCAGCCAAGAAUAGAUAAUAACCCCCAGUACAGACUGUGCAGGCAGCAAAACUGGAAAGCAUUGCUUACCCUUGUAGGUGUCCAGUUCUGUGCCCAAGUCUCUGCCUUCUGCCAAAUCAUCUUGAGAUAGUGGCAUCUGCAGAGCACAGCCCCACAUAAGAGUCUUUGCUGAAUCUUACCAAAGUCUAUCUAUUGCACCAUCAUUUCCAACUGUUAGAAGUCCACAAGCUGGAUAGGAGGUUACACGAAACACUGUGAGGCAGGUCUAAGCAGCUGAUGCCACGCAAGCCAAUUGGACAGCUUUAAAAAAAAUAAAAUCCUGGGCUAAUCCGUGGGCUUUAGUUCAUAGCAAGUUGUACCCUGUUAGAUUCAAAGUACAUAUGAGAAGCUACAAAAUCAUGUCAAGGCUUUUUCCAGAGGUGACUUCUUUUUGCAACUCUAGAUCAGAACGUAAGAGAUGUCUUCAUCCCCAUCCUGCCAAGCUAUAUCAGAGAGAGGGAUAAGCUGUUCAUUUUCUUGUAACCCUUGACCUAUGGACACAAUUUCUCCACUCACCUGAAGAUGGGAGGAAUCGUCGUGAUUAAAAAUAAAUGGGUUGAGUUGGCCUAAGGGCACAGGCUUCUCUGCUAUUCUGUACCUUGAGGGCUUACAAAGGAAUUAUUAAGCUGAAUUUGUGGACCACUACAAGUCCAUAUUUUAAGUCCCUAUGUCCUUUAAAAAAAAAAGCUUACUUAUUCCGGAUAGCAAAACAUUUCCCACCAAUUUUGUUGCUGUUUAUGUAUAGCUCUCAAGCUUUCCAUUUGAGCGAAUGCUUUAGUGUGUGCCCAGAUUGUGACAAAAUACAUCAUGGAAAACAAUUUUGCAAAAUCUGGUUGAAUAUAUCUGGAUAUGUGCAUGUUCAGCCCAUGUUGUGACAGAUCCCUUGAGAAGUGGCAGUUCAUGUUGACUUAGCACAGUGAGAGUUGUUACGCGAAUCAUGGCAACUUCCCAGUUGUCUUAACUUCCUCUUUUAGUUUGCUAGUCUUUAGCCUAUGCAUUCUUGGGAACAGGAAAUAUAGACAUAUGUCUGACAAGUUGAAGUUAAAACUAUUCUGGUUAAAUAAUUGGCACGAAUGUCCAGUUAACUCUGUCCCAGCUACUUCUCUGACCCACAUAAUGGUUAACAAUCGAUUGUGUCUUGGAAGUUUGAAUGUGCAUUUUUAUGUUCUUCAUCAGAUAUUGUUCUUUUUGUAGAUGGUUUUACUCUGAUUUGAAACUAGAACUAUUUGGCAACAGUAAAGUAAAAUCUUUGCUUUCCCUCCCCUUUUACACAUAGUAUUGGUGUUCUUUUUGCUUAUGCUGCUAACCAGCACCUCACAAGUCAAGUCAGAGGAGCAAGGAAGCUGGUGAACAGUAAUUUCAAAGACCUGAGGAUUUUCCUGAAUGAGACACCUGGGGUAAAGUGAUACUUUCUUCGUUAUAGCAAUUAAGAAAGAAAGUGGGCACAGCAGUAAUGCACAUAGCAAAAUUGCAGAUUUCAGACAUUUUUAUCAAACAGCGGCUUGUGCUCACGGUAUGGUAGAACCCAAGCCAUCAUGAGUCGGUUUGCAAGUAACACCAAGCCAAACAAUUCCUUAGUGUGAAUGUGCAAAUGUAUGGGCUCCCAGAAAUGAACAUGUCUGUUUUUCUUCUCCUCCUGGUUCUGCUGCUAGUGCUCUUUUGUGAGCCAACUCAUGGUUUGGCUUAGUGUUCUGUCUGAACCUGGGUUCACAGUUUGUCUCGCACCAGGCAAGCUGUAAGCUCCCUAUCCAAGAACAAACCUUAUUUACAACUCGCAAAAGGGCCUGGGGGAAUGUGUGGGUUGACUCCACCCUCCCGAUGCUGCUGCACACACUGACAGCACCCCCAAGCCAACACGUGAUUGGCUGAGUCAGAAAGGAGUACCACUUCGUUCCAACAUGAGGAUGGGAGCCUGACCAGUCCUUCACAGAAUGAAGGUCACCCUCCUUCAGACAGAGCUUGGGACCAUUUCUGAUGUCCACAGCAUCAUUAAAGGGGUUGAGUUCACCCUGCACAUUCCAGAGGAAUCCUUGCCAGCAAACACCAGAUGCAGAAAAAAGAUCAAGCUUUUAUUUACCUUUCUAAAAGAUUGUAUAUGCCCAUGGCAACUGGAAAACCAAUACAGCUUGUUUUGGUGUGGUGUACAUAUGUUGGACAUAGCUGUCAACCGUCCCUUAUUUGGCAGGAAAGUCCCUUAUCCCAGUGCUCUGUCCCGCUUCUCUCCCUGAUUGAUGAUGUCUCUUACAUUUCCCGGGUUUCAAAGGAAACAGCUCCUCUCCCUCCCUGCCUGCCGGCCAGGGAGGAGGGAGGCUCCAACUGUGUUGCUUGGCUGCGUUGCUCACCCAAUAAGGAGUCUAAGAAUGACUGGGGGGUGGAGCUUGCAUGCCUUGUGCCGAUCAAAUCGGCUGCGUUGCCUGGGGACUCGCCUUUGCUCAGCGCUUCCCAGCGGAGAGGUGACGGUGGUUUUCCUUGCUGCAUCUCCUUUGCUGGGUUGCUGCUCUGUGGGAACCACCGCUUGAGGCUUCGUUUGGCUGCUGGCUGGGCUUUCUGCCUUUGGCUCGGAGGGGCUCAGAAGUUGAACAUACCUGUGCUCCAAAAAUCCCUUAUUUUGGCUGCUGAUCCCUUAUUUUUGAAGCUGCUGGUCCCUUAUUUUCAAAUCUGUAAGUUGACAGCUAUGAUGUUGGAUAGAACUAUAUAGUUACCGUAUUUUUCGCUCUAUAACACGCACCCGACCAUAACACGCACAUAGUUUUUAGAGGAGGAAAACAAGAAAAAAACAUUCUAAAUGAAACAGUGGAUGUAUGAUUUUUGUGGUUCAUGCUGUGGCCACAGACAUGUGAUCUGACGGUGAGUUUGGGGUAGCCCAAUGCAAAAAUCCUGAGGAUCCAUGUGGAUCCAUGCUUUGUAACCGCAUUUUUGCACCACUGCAGGCCCAGGCAACAGUGGGUGCGUGAUUUUUUUGGUGCAAGCUGUAGCCAUGGACAUGCUAUGUGAUCUGAUGGUGAAUUUGGGGUGACCCAGUGCAAAAAUCCUGAGGAUCCAUGUGGAUCUGUGCUUUGUAACCACGUUUUAGGUGGGGAGGGAAGGAAAAGCACUCAAGGGACAAGGAGCACAUGUGGGGUGUGUGGAGAAGGAUGCUGCUAAUAAUGCAGGCGAGGGGUUUAAGGGGAGAAGGAACACGGGUGGGGUGGGUGGAGAAGGAUGCUGCUAAUAAUGCAGGCGAGGGGUAUAAGAGGAGAAGGCUCCUCUCCUCUCCCGUUUUGCUCCUUUGAAGCAAGCAGGCUCUGCUUCUCUCCCACCUCCCCGGCUUAGCGAGCUGAAAAACUUUGCUGCUAUUAGCAAGCUGAGUGGGGAGGAGAGAGGGACAGAGAGCCUGCUUGCUUUAAAGGAGCCAACUGGACAGGAGCCGCUUACACUCGUGUAAGCGGCUCCUCUCCUCUCCCGCUUUGCUCUUUCAAAGCAAGCAGGCUCCCUGUCCCUCUCUCCUCCCCACUUAGCGGCUCUUCUCCCGCUUUGCUGUUUCAAAGCGAGCCGCGGAGGAGGGAAGGAAGGGGAACCAUGGAUCCUAUGCUCACGACUGCAGCAGAUCCCCCUGCCAUCCGUAGGCAUUCGCUCCAUAACACGCACAGACAUUUCCCCUUACUUUCUAGGAGGAAAAAGUGAGUGUUAUGGUGCAAAAAAUACGGUAAUUGAAGCUUACUGCAUAAAGCAGUUAUCUUGGAUGUGUUUUAGGUUGCAGAAUGCAUUUCGAAGAUCGGACUGGUUGUUGUAGGGGACAACAUUUUUAUAGAAGCCAAACGUAUAGUUGUGCUUGAUUUCUUGCCACCUCUUCAGGUGUUCAUUCAACAGGCCACUCAACAGAAUAAUCAAGGCUGUCUAAUUAGUACAUACAUUAGAGAACACCUUGUCCCAAAAUGGAAUAAACUGUAGGAAGGAGCUUGCUGCUGAUAUGUAUUGGGGUGUUCUUCUAUAUGUAUAAAAAGUAACAUUUAAAAUAUUUAUUAUUUUAUCUUGCAGCAAAUUGACUAUUUGGUGAGUCAGUAUGACACUACCAAGAAGAAAGCACUUUCUGACCUUAAUAGUAAGUAUCAUCAACAGCAUUUCAUUGGAGUACUUAAAACUUUCCUUAGGGAAACCACUGUUCUCUCAAUCUCAGCUCCCCUGCAUGAAAUUUGGAAACCUUACAGCUGAAAUACAUCAUAUAAAUUCUAAAUACAAGUUAUAAUAACCAAGAAUAUACUGAAGUAUUAAAUAGCAGGUUUAUGUGUUAACAGUUAUUACCAAGAUCUGAAACAAACUUGUGGUUGUAAGUGGAUUAUGUUAAACACCAAGAAAAAUUAUUUGGGUAAUAUCCAGCUAAGUUACCUGGAGUAAACCCAUUGAAAACCCAUUGGACGUAAAGUUACUUGAGUCCAUUGAUUCCCGUCAGUCUAUUCCGCCUAUGACUAACAUUGAAUAUCACCCUUUAUAAUGAAACAACAUUAGCAUUGCUUUGCUCCAGUCGUGCUCAGUUUCAGCUAGAAAAGUAAAUUCUUAUCUGCUUUUUAAAGAAGGGAUUCUCUGUGUGUUCCUUAGGGAAUUCUCUAGCACAGCAUGAAAGUCAUACCUGAGCUCUUGAAAUGGAGCGUAUGCAUGGAUAUUUUUCAUGCGAGAUAACAAGCAGAAGAGAACCACUAGCUACUGUAAUUUUUAUCAUUUAUUAGAAUUUAGAAUGCAAACCCUUGCCAUUUUAUGUAAGCAUCUUCAAGGUGACUUGCAAGCAUUAAAAAAAAACCUAUUAAAAUAAACAACAAUAAAACCGUUGGGAUAAAAGCAGCAAAAACUGCUAGAAACUAGUAAAGAGAUUUUUUAAACCAUUAAAAGCACAGGGAAAUUGGGUUAACUCUGACUGAUGCCAGGUAAACAUCUUUAGGGAAGGAGUUUGGGUUAUAUACCAUGGACAAGAGCCUCAGAGUUUGCAUCCACAUUGCAGGAUAAAACAGUGGUUCUCCAAAUAAAGGCAUUCUUCCCUAAAGUGGAACAUGCAGUUGCCGGAGGAGAAAUGAGAUCUCCCCCAAAUUUCAAGGUGGCAAAGACUUCAGGACAGGGAGGAGGCAUCUGUCUUUAUUCCUUUUGAUCUUCAUGAUCUCAGGCCUAAAAAUAGGGUGACCAUGAGCAACUGAACUGCCAUGCUUCAAUAAAUAUGAGGUCUGUUCGUACAGUUUCUCUUUAAAGACAUAACACUAAAAGGAAAAUUUGCCUUUGCAACCUACUGUUGCUUGAAAGUCCUAAUGAUGGGAGUACUGGCAGUUGGCGUAUUCUAGGUGGGUCAUUUUAGCUUAGGAAGUCUCUUCAGAAAGAGGAGGAAGAAAUACUUUUCAAUGAUUUCUAUCUCAAAAAGCAUGAGGACGAUACUUGUUGUUUAGUCGUGUCCGACUCUUCGUGACCCCAUGGACCAGAGCCCACCAGACACUCCUGUCUUCCACUGCCUCCCGCAGUUUGGUCAAACUCAUGCUGGUAGCUUCGAGAACACUGCCCAACCAUCUCAUCCUCUGUCGUCCCCUUCUCCUUGUGCCCUCCAUCUUUCCCAACAUCAGAGUCUUUUCCAGUGAGUCUUCUCUUCUCAUGAGGUGGCCAAAGUACUGGAGCCUCAGCUUCAGGAUCUGUCCUUCCAGUGAGCACUCAGGGCUGAUUUCCUUCAGAAUGGAGAGGUUUGAUCUUCUUGCAGUCCAUGGGACUCUCAAGAGUCUCCUCCAGCACCAUAAUUCAAAAGCAUCCAUUCUUCGGCGAUCAGCCUUCUUUAUGGUCCAGCUCUCACUUAGACGAUACUAAGGCAGCCAAUACUCAACUGUCCUUCAGCUGCAAAUUGUGUCAUGGUUGCAAAUAGCACUGCAACUUUUAAAUCCAGUGCAAUCAAAUGACAGCGCUCUUCCUGCUUCCAGUUUUCAUUCUUGAUUUUUUAUGGGGGGGGGAAUAUAAAAGAUACCAGCUCUAUGCAGUGUAAAAUGUGCUAGUCCAGUCCACUAGCAUUUAAUCAUUGCAUGCCAUGUUGGUGAUGCCUGUGGUGAUCACACAGGGUCCCCGGAUGUUUCACCGUCUAUUGAUCCCUGUGCCACCACUUUAUUUCUCGCUGCCACCACCCAGGCCCUACCAAUACAAUAUUGAGUCCAGUCAGGGUUAAAUUGAAACAUAAACUUUUGUUUAUUUAUUGCAGUUUAACAAGCGUGUGGUUUCAUAAACAGUAUCAGUCAAUUACAUUCAUGGGGUGCCUAUCCAGACCUAUAACUUCCGCUACCUGCUCUCACUCACUAAACCACCUCUCAGAUAUUUACUCGUCUUCCUAGCUCCUAACUGUUCCUGACUCAGCCUAUUUCACUACACUAACUCAACCUACCCACAGACUCUAUCCCAGUUCACUCCCACUCCAACCAACUCCCAACAAACUCUUCCACGAACUCCCCCCAGAGCUGGUUUUAUAGUCCCUCUGACUCCACCCCCCUGGGUCCUGAUUGGGUAACUUGUUUAACUAUUUCACCUCCAGCACUCUCAUGUUAACGUCACAAUGUCCAACUGUAUCAAGCAGCCAUUUAGAUCGGAUUAUUUCUUCCUGUGUCCCUUUCUAACAGAUGUUGGGCCAUUGCUUGGGAGAAGAGUGCAAGAGCAGCUGGCAAAGGAGGUGCGCCCUGCGCUCGAUGGAGCCCUAACCAUGGCAGGAGGUAAAGAGACCACUGUCAUUGCCAAUCCCCUUGUCCACUUCAUAAGUUCUGCUGGGAGCUUCUGCAAUACGGCCGGGAUCAACUCAUUUUAUGCUCCCCGGGCUCCCAAGUUGGUUGAAUGCCAGCCCCCCAUGCAGCUUGGACUGCACACACUUCGAAAUAUUUCUUUAUGUGUUCGUAAUGUAGUCCUUUGGGUUAAAAAUCCACAAGACCAUCAUUUAUUUAUUUUAAUAAAUUAAACUUUUAGGAGUGUGCAGCUGCUUAACCUUGCUUCACCUUUUCCCUGAAUGGGAUUCUGGAGGUGUGACUGUCACAUCAUGGGUUAAACCAGGGGUAGGCAACCUAAGGCCCGGGGGCCAGAUCCGGCCCAAUCGCCUUCUCAAUCCGGCCCAUGGAUGGUCCGGGAAUCAGCGUGUUUUUACAUGAGUAGAAUGUGUCCUUUUAUUUAAAAUUCAUCUCUGGGUUAUUUUUGGGGCAUAGGAAUUUGUUCAUUUCCCCCCAAAAAAUAUAGUCUGGCCCACCACAUGGUCUGAGGGAUAGUGGACUGGCCCAUGGCUGAAAAAGGUUGCUGAACCCUGGGUUAAACCCAGUGCUUUUUUUCCCUUAAAAAAAUCUUUAGGGGUACAGUGGUACCUCUGGUUAAGAACUUAAUUUGUUCCAGAGGUCCGUUCUUAACCUGAAACUGUUCUUAACCUGAGAUACCACUUUAACUAAUGGGGCCUCCCGCCGUGCCACCACCACACGAUUUCUGUUCUUAUCCUGAAGUAAAGUUCUUAACCCGAGGUACUACUUGUGGGUUAGCGGAGUCUGUAACCUGAAGCGUUUGUAACCCAAAGCGUUUGUUACCCGAGGUACCACUGUACUCUCAUUUUGACUCAAGAAAACCACCAUUUUAUAGUUCAAAUCUGGAAAAGUAAAUACAGUAAAUGGACAAAAGUACAGAGAUUCACAAAAUGUUUAAGAGCAUGCUUACCCCUGCAUCCCCAAGGAAAAAAACACACUGGGUAAACCGUUCUGAAACCUCUGGGUUUAGGGUGGUAUAUAAAUUCAAAUAACAAUAACAAUAAUGGCAGUUUUGGGGUAGGUGGAGACAAAGUUAGGGCUGGGCAAUAUCUGGUUUUCAACAUUGCAAUUUAUCACCAGCUAAGCGUUGCCAUAUAUUGAUACAUCACAAUGUCUGAAAUAAGGAUGGAGCUGUGAAGAGGCUGGCUGGCUUCAUGGUUUUUCCCACAUCAUCAUUUUUGCAUAGCGCGCACACACACGCACACCAUGACUCGCAAUAUAUUGCCAGGUAAAAAAUUAUGAAACCAAUAUCACAAUACAGACUUCAAAACAGUUUUGGACAAUACACUUUCAAGGUGUUUGGAAGCUUAAGUUCCCAGACCUGGUUCUGCUGCCAAAACCAUAGUUUCAGAUAUGGUGUGUAAUAAUAAUAAUAAUAAUAAUAAUUUAUUUAUACCCCACCCAUCUGGCUGGGUUUCCCCAGCACCUUUGGGUGGCUUCCAACCAAAUAUUAAAAAUACAUUAAAACACCAGACAUUAAAAACUUCCCUAAACAGGGCUGCCUCCAGAUGUCUUCUAAACAUCAGAUAGUUGUUUUUUCCUUUGACAUCUGGUGGGAGGGUGUUCCACAGGGCAGGUGCCACUACCGAGAAGGCCCUGUGCCUGGUUCCCUGUAACUUCGCUUCUCGCAGUGAGGGAACUGCCAGAAGGCCCUCAGCGCUGGACCCCCGUGUCCGGGUAGAACGAUGGGGGUGGAGACGCUCCUUCAGGUAUAGUGGACCGAGGCUGUAAUUAGACUCUAUUCUGUAUGAAGGUAAUGUCCUGGUACAAGAUACCUUAAAUGGUUUUGUGUCAAUGGAGAGGCAUCUCUUUCUCUCUAUGAUUAUUAUUAUUUUGCUGUGUGUUGGCAACUGUGUUUGCAUACCUCACCAAAACCUUUUCUCAUUCUCCGCUCUUUGCUUUAUUUCUCUGUUUGUCUUGAAGUCAAAGUGGAAAGGGCCAUUAAAGGUAAAAUAUCACAAAUGACUCGUGUUAAAUGUCUUCCUUGCUUAAUCCCCCUUGUGCAGUUUGUUUCGUUGUCAUCUUUCUUUUUUGUUCAACCCUUUAUUGUUUUGGCUCCAUAGGACGGAUCCCAAAAGCAAAGGCUAACCAGUUAUCGGCUGCAAACUAUAGCUAAUAUACUCUGGGAAAUAACUCUGAUGUGGAGUUAAGCAGGCCGUGGAUUGAAGCUAUAGGACUUGUAGUCUGUGGGUAAUAACUUGUACACCAGAGCUUUCCAAACUGUGUGUCGCAACACGUUAGUGUGUCAGAUGCAGUGUGAAUGUGUGUUGUGUGAAGGCUCCUUGCACUCCUCACAGGGCUGGAAAGAGGUUAGUUUAACCUCUGAUUUGCUGGUAAAACUGCAUUACUGUGUUGCAAAAUGAUGCAUGCCAUUAACGUGAAAAGUUUGGAAAGUUAUGUUGUACAGUGUCAGUUCAGCAUAGCAGAUACAGUCGUACCUUGGUUUUGGAACAGCUUAGUUCUCGAACGUUUUGGCUCCCGAAUGCCGCAAACCCAGAAGUGUUCCAGUUUGCGAACUAUUUUUGGAAGCUGAACGUGUGACGGGGCUUCCGUAGCUUCCAAGUGGCUGCAGGAGCUUCCCGCAGCCAAUCAGAAGCCACGCUUUGGUUUCCAAAUGUUUUGGAAGUUGAGCAGACUAGUGAAACGGAUUCCGUUUGACUUCCAAGGUACGACUGUAUAUGGAUAAUGGGAGUAAUGGCAAGCUAGCUAGAGUUCACAGGCAAGUGCACUGGUUUUGUUUCUCUUGCAGUAAGCAAGUUGGGUUUUGGCUGGCAAUAAAUUGGAUGAACAGGAAUGGGAGGAAAAACAUUUUUAGGGUAACAAAAAAUGGGGGGAUGUUGUUUCCCUUCUUCGUGUUUUUCCCGGUGCAGACAAUAGUCAGCACUUAACAAUGGUUGAUGGCCGUCAUGGCUUCUUGCUGCUUUAACCCUGAUUAAUAUUGUGAAAUGUCCAGUGAAACCAUUUAUUUUUGGACGAAUCCCAGGGGGCAUGCAAAGGAAGUGAGACUUGCCUGUCACUUUGCAGCCAGAGAGGCUAGAAUGCUGGUUAACACAACUACAGUUAAUAAACACACUUCAAACCAUUGUUUCAUGUGAUCAGUUGUUAAUUAUGGAUUAGAUAUUAGAUAUGGAUAUAAAAGCUUGCAAUAAUAUGUUUAUUUCAGUGGAAGUAGACAUUGUAGCUUAUUUGGCAUCUAGAAGCUCCUGAACUUGUUCCGCUACCCUUGAAAAGAGCUUGCUUGGCCCCACUUAGCAAGCAACCAAGCAGCAGAAAACUGCAGGGACAGUUUACUUGCCAGCAGACAAAUUCAGGAGCGGGUCUUGAGGCUCCAGUCCACCAUCCCUUACGUGCUUUGUAAAUGGCCGUCCUAGAGAAACUGGUGCUAACUGGGGCUCUAGUGAUAGAACAUGAUUAGAGGACUUCGGUAACCAAUGUGGCUUGUGAAUUUCAAUCUCUCCUUCCAGAACUGUGUUGUUCUCUUAAUUGUAGUAUUGGUACAUUGAUCUGGCAGUAGUCCUUUCUGUGUAGCUAGAUGAUGCACAGAGCUGGUGUCUAAGCCAUAUGGUAGGGUUGCCAAAAUUGGAGAGCAAAAAAGAGGACAGCCUGAGUCAGGGAAAGAGAUGUGCAGGCGCGCGAAGCCACCGCAUCUUCAUGCCUCUUUUCCCAGCUCGGGCUGGCAGCUGCUAUAGCAUACAGAGCAGCCCCAGCCCAAGCUGCCCAAGCCUGAGCCCACCCCCCAAAUUAAAAAAACACCCUGUACAUUUCCUUUAAAAUGUAAAAAUCCACCCGGAUUGGAAUGUUGCCCCCCCCAAAAGAAGACAUGUCCAGGUUUUCCCGGACGUAUGGCCACCCUACCAUAUGGCUAAAGUUCUUGGGUGUUUUUUUGUUUUGUUUUGUUUUGAAUUCAAUCAUCCCAGCUAUUCGAGAAACAAAGGAGGCUUUGGAGAACGUGAGCGUGUCUGUGGAGGUCUUGCAGGAGGGCACUGAGAGGCUGCAUGCCAACCUGACAGAUGUUAAAGAGCACCUGAUCAACACACUCGGGGAUUCUGCUUGCACAGCUGCCCAGGCAGCAUCCACCUGCAACGUCAUCAGGAAUUCCUUAGAUCAGCUAAACAUCAAUGCCAACUUCAGCAAGGUAAGGGAGAUAUUCCAUCAGCAUUCCACCAGUUCUUCUCAGCGGCCUAAUUCUCACUCGGAAGCCAGCCUUUUUUCUGGCCAUUGAAUGAAUGAAUGAAUUUGCACGUCACCCUUUGUCUGAAGUUCUCGGCAUCAAAAAAAUACAAAAUAAAAAAACAAAAUGCUUAGUAAAAAAUUGGAGCAACAACAAAACAAUCGCACCUCCCAGAAACACAUUUAAAAGGCCAUAGAAUGUCAAUCAGCCAAAGGCCAGGCUAUGGAGAAACAUUUUCACCUGGUGCCUAAAGAUGUAUAAUGGAGGCAUCGGGCAAGAGAGAGACUUCCAGAAAUGGGGAGCCACUGCAGAAAAGGCCCUCUGGAUCUCUAAUGGGGGAGGCACAUGAAGAAGGGCUUCUGAUGAUGAUUACAGAGACCAGGUCAGUUCACUCAGUCUAUUCAGGCUGAAGGUAGGGCCUCAUGUGACCAAGCACCUUUCCAGACAAAAAUGCUCAUUGGGACAUGGAAAACAAGGUGCUAAUGAGUAGGGGUGGUUCUCGUCUAACCUUCUCUCUGGUGUGCAAGUUUUUCCUUGACCAGAGAAUGUUUUUUAUGUGCAGGAAAACUCAUGUGAGCCCCUAUUUGCAGUCUGAUGUGGUACACCAUGGGUUUACCAUGUCAGUGAGACCUAGGCCAGCAUAAAAAAAGGUAAAGGUAAAGGACCUCUGACAGUUAAGUCCAGUCACGAACGACUCUGGAGUUGCGGCGCUCAUCUCACUUUACUGGCUGAGGGAGCCAGAGUUUGUCCUCAGACAGUUUCUCCGGGUCAUGUGGCCAGCAUGACUAAGCCGCUUCUGGUGAACCAGAGCAGCACACGGAAACGCAGUUUACCUUCCUGCCGGAGUGGUACCUAUUUAUCUACUUGCACUUUGACGUGCUUUCGAACUGCUAGGUUGGCAGGCAUAGCACCUCCUUAAAAACACUCCACCCUUUAGAAACCUCUUCCAUAUUGAUUUGCCUUCUGUGGAGCCUUUCUUCCUGGAUAGCUCAGUUGGUAGAGCACGAGUAUCUUGAUCUCAGGGUCGUGGGUUUGAACCCCAUAUUGGGCAGAAGAUUCCUGCAAAAGAUUCCUCACGGUCCCUUUCGACUCUAAAAUUCUGUGAUUCUGUGUUGCAGCAGACUUGGGAUCAUAUUUUAGAAUGUAUUCUCAGCACAUGCAGGGCAGCUGCCAAGUACACAACAUGCCCAGUGCUUUUCAGGGGCUGGAUAUUGUAGGGGAAGGUUGGUUGUUGUUGUUUGCCAUUAUUUAACCAUUUUUUGCGGGAGAGGGAAGCCCACAGGAUGAUAUUGGGGAUUACAGUGAAGCUGAACAAAUGAUGCAAAGAACAAAGGAAGACUUGACUUUACAAAAAAAUGAUGCACAGACUAAAACUAACUUUAACAUCUCUUUUCUUCCCUUCAGUUGCCGGGAGUGAAUGCUCAACUUGCCAAAGUCAAUGAAGUCCUUAAAACAGACCUCUCUAGUCUGGUUCAAAAGGUAUGUUACUAGAAGGUAUAAAUCCAUUUACUCUAAUUACAGGGUAACACCUGGUGCUCAAGAAGCUGUCGAAAUUUGCACCUUAAGAAAAGGUGUCAGCAAAUAGAUGCUCCAGGUAUCUUUGUGUACCAAGGAACAUAGGACAAGGGGAGGUGCACAGCCUUUGUGCCAAUGUUACCCUUUCCUAAAGUAAAAUUGGAGGCAUGCCUUAUUUAUUAAAUUUCUAUCCCACCUGCUGAUUCAAAAGGACUCCCAUGGCAGCUUACAAACAAACAAACAAAAAAACCACUACAUUGGGGGUGUUUUACCUGCUCUGGUACUUACAGUGAGGGAAAAAAGUAUUUGAUCCCCUGCUUAAUUUGCCCAUUUGCCCUCUGAUGAUGAAAUGACCAUAAUUUUAAUGGUAGGUUUAUUGUACCUGUGAGAGACUGUGAGGUCCCCUUGCUCAAGACGGCACAUGUACAGGCUCGUCUGCAGUUUGCCAGUGCACAUCUGAAUGACCCAGAGGAGAACUGGGUGAAAGUGUUGUGGUCAGAUGAGACCAAAAUCGAGCUCUUUGGCAUCAACUCAACUCGCCGUGUUUGGAGGAGGAGGAAUGCUGCCUAUGACCCCAGAACACCACCCCCACUGUCAAACAUGGAGGGGUACAUAUUAUGCUUGGGGGGUGUUUUUCUGCUAAGGGGACAGGACACCUUUCCCACAUCGAAGGGACAGUGGAUGGGACCAUGUAUCGUCAAAUCUUGGGUGAGCACCUCCUUCCCUCAGCCAGGGCAUUGAAAAUGGGUCGAGGAUGGGUAUUCCAGCAUGACAAUGACCCAAAACACAGGGCCAAGGCAACAAAGGAGUGGCUCAGGAAGAAGCACAUUAAGAUCCUGGAGUGGCCUAGCCAGUCUCCAGACCUUAAUCCCAUCGAAAAUCUGUGGAGGGAGCUGAAGGUUCGAGUAGCUACACAUCAGCCUUGAAAUCUUACUGACUUGGUGAGGAUCUGCAAAGAGGAGUGGGACAAAAUACCUCCUGAGAUGUGUGCAAACCUGGUGGCCACCUACAAGAAACGUCUGACCUCUGUAAUUGCCAAGAAGGGUUUUGCCACCAAGUACUAAGUCAUCUUUUGCAAAGGGAUCAAGUACUUAUUUCACUCAUUAUAAUGCACAUCAAUCUCUGACUUUUGUCUUCUGGGUUUCUGGGGGUUUUCCUGUUGUUAUUCUGUCUCUCACAGCUACAAUAAACCUACCAUUAAAAUUAUGGACUGGUCAUUUCUUCGUCAGAGGGCAAACAGGCAAAUUUAGCAGGGGAUCAAUUCCCCGCCCGCCCCCUCACUGUAGCAUCAGACCUGGAGCCAGACGCAUUUAAAUCUCCCACCUGCAGACAAGGGAUGUGAAUGGCAGGGCAGACACAAUUGUGGAUGCCUUUCUGUUGAUGUUUAGAGUGUCAGUGCAAUUGCUAGGCCUCUAAGUUAUCUCUGAAAUCCCCCCAUGGGUUGCAACAAGGCAUGCCAGCUUGACAUACGUUUCCAUAAUCCACAUAAGCAAAAAUAUGCAUUCCAUAUAAUACACAGGCAGUUCAGGGCAAUGAAGCUCAUAGAUUCUUCAAAGAAGCAUUAUCCCUACACACCUCCAAGAAUGCGUAAGCCAAGUAUUCUAUAAUGAUGUCUACUCGUGAUACCACCCACCCCACUGUGAAGACAUGCUGGGAGAGCAAGCAUGCACAUGUCAUUUGUGUGAUUAGGCAUCUGUGUGAGAACUGAGGUCUCCACAUUGUUUGAAGUGUCUGAUAGGAGAGAGAGGAGUUCUCUCUAGCACCAUGGGAAGGCUGUCACUGGUAGCAUGAACCAGACGUAUAGUGAGUGUGCAUCAGCACUAUGGAAGCUUGCGGUACAGUCUGAUAGAAUAAACCCAGCUUCCAGGUUAGCCCAGCUUCCUUUGUAAGAAGCUAACUUUAAAAUGUGGUGAUAUAAACUUUUUGGGUGUGUCCCUUUUAAAGGGUAGAAAUAAGCAUACUGAUAUUUUGUUGUCAAGACACUGCUGGACAUCUCAGUUUUUUAUUCCAGGGUUAUGCAGCGUUUAAUGAUACACCUGAUUUGGUGCUCAAUCAGACAAGGAACAUUUUAUCAGGUAAGGAGGAUGAGAUAAUUAGUUCUCCAACUGGAUUGGUUAAAAUUAUUGGCAUGAGCUAUCAUUUUAGUAUCAUCUGUUUUUUAAUUAGGGAAGUUUUUAUCUAAAUCAGAACUAUUAAAGAGAAGCCAUUAAAAUAUAGGUUGCUCCUUGGGCAAUGCUUAAUCAUAAUAUUGACUACUUUUUUUAUUGAAGAAGAGUAUUUCCUUGAUUGCGGUGGUUGAGGGAGAUCUUCACUGCAUCAAGGCUAUGGCAAAGGCUUCAUUCCAGGGAAAGAAGAAGGAAGAGAUGGAUGGGUGGUUGGUUGGUGGAGGAGUCAGUAAUCCAACCAUCACUUCUUAGUAGCUGACCCAGGAGCAGUGGAAUGCCAUGAUCUGAAACACUCUCCCAGCUAGGAGAGGAAAUCGUAGUCUAAUCUACUCACAAGUGAGGCUUUGUUGAUAAGAUGAAGGGAAGGGGCACCAAAAUGUGGCUUAAAAGUGCUGACUGUGUCCAUACAAUGGAGGGAGAGGUCAAGGAGCUCUUUGGGUGAAGGCAAUUGUGGAGGAUGUCAAGUAGCAGAAGGAACAUGAGUAAUGUGGGAGGGGAGAGAGGGAAGGUUGGAAGAAGAGUGUAAGGAUCUUACUGUGGUGUGGCAGUGGUGAGGUACACUCCCCCCAUCUUUGUACACUGACAUAAGACCAAAAAAACACAAUGGCUUAGCACUAGCAUUCAGUCUUAGUGCAAGGUAAGGGUAAAGGGUAAAGGGACCCCUGACCAUUAGGUCCAGUCAUGACCGACUCUGGGGUUGCAGCGCUCAUCUUGCUUUAGUGGCUGAGGGAGCCGGCAUACAGCUUCCGGGUCAUGUGGCCACAUGAUUAAGCCACAUCUGGCGAAUCAGAGCAGCGCACGGAAGCGCCGUUUACCUUUCUGCUGGAGCAGUACCUAUUUAUCUACUUGCACUUUGACGUGCUUUUGAACUGCUAGGUUGGCAGGAGCAGGGACCAAGCAACGGGAGCUCACCCCGUUGUGGGGAUUCGAACCGCCGACCUUCUGAUCGGCAAGUCCUAGGCUCUGUGGUUUAACCCACAGCGCCACCCACGUCCCUUCAGUCUUUGUGUAGGAUCCCUUAAAUCAUGGGUGGCAAUUUUCUCAAUUUUCAGUGGCCAUUCUGGUCUCUAGAUAGUGGUUCAGAGGCCAGAGGUCAGCCUUCAUAAUAAAAAGCAUAAGCUAGCCAAGAAUGUAGAUGGGAGGAGAAAUUGGACAUUCUUAACAUGGAGGUGCUCAAAUUGUUGGGAAUGGAAUAUGGGCAGACGUAGCCCAUCUCGAUGAGGUUCCUUGCCUCAAUUCUUCUUGCACCCCAUGCCGUCUAGCGGCUGCUACCUCUCCUCCAAGGAAGAACCCCAGCCUUCACUUUGGAGAAGAUGGGAAGGCUGCAACCUCAGGAGGAAAAUGGCACUCUGUGCAAAAUGGGUAGCCUGCUGGGGGCAUGCCAAUCUUUGUUGGAGCCUCUCUGGCACCUGCCAUUCUGUUUCUCUUCCCCAAGUCAUAGGGACUUCUUUAUUGCUUUGCUCUGGAGAAGAGGGGACGCGGGUGUCACUGUGGGUUAAACCACAGAGCCUGGGACUUGCUGAUCAGAAGGUUGGAGGUUUGAAUCCCCGCCACGGGGUGAGCUCCUGUUGCUCGGUCCCAGCUCCUGCUAACCUAGCAGUGCGAAAGCACGUCAAAGUGCAAGUAGAUAAAUAGGUACCGCCCUGGCAGGAAGGUAAAUGGUAUUUCCGUGCACUGCUCUGGUUCGCCAGAAGCGGCUUAGUCAUGCUGGCCACAUGACCCAGAAGCUGUACGCCGGCUCCCUCAGCCAAUAAAGCGAGAUGAGCGCCGCAACCCCAGAGUCGUUCGCGACUGGACCUAACAGUCAGGGGUACCUUUACCUUAUGCUCACAACCGAUAUUAACUUACCAUGCUAACAUUCAGAAGUUCAUGGAUGUUGAAAAGGUUUUCCAGGCGAAAACCUUUUCCAACUGGAUCUAAUGGUAUGGGGUCCCUUUACCUUUACCUGGAGAGGAGAGACUGCCACACCAGCAAAAGAGGGCUGGCAUUAGCACUCUCUGAGAGUUGAACUGUUGGCAAAUGUUUUUCAGGACACAAAUGCAAGACUGUUUGUCCAUUUCUAGCAAGAGGGGGCUCAUGGCUUAGGAACAUGGGUGCCAUAGGCAUAACACUGUUUACAAGUAGGCACAUUUAGAAAUGAUAUACACGUCACAAAUAAAACCUGAAGAAAUGUAGACUAUCUCUUAAUAAUUGCAGGUUUCUUCCUUUUCAGUUAAGCUCUGCACUAACCCAUAAAUGUUCCAGAACUAAGCCCCCAAGCACUAUUAAAAUAGCUAACAUGCUAGCGUUUUCCAGAUGGGCAUGGGUUGGUGUAUCCAGAGUGCGAAAAUAUUUAUUAACCUCUCUCAAUUUUUAUUCUUGCAUUGUGGACCUGUUCUACCAAUAUAACCAGCCGUACCUUGUAAGUUUGCAAAAAGCAAUUCACAGUAUGUAUAUACGCAUAUGGCAUACUGUGCAACUCAUCAAGAAAUGCCAAGCUUUUUUCCCCAAAAUGUCAUGUUCCUCCUUAAUUUUUCAACCUGGGGGACUUUCAAAGCAAGAUCAUUAUUUCUCAGUUACUAUUAAUAUGCAUUAAGCUUUAAUAAUCUUCAUGCUCCUGUACCUGAGAAGGGGAGUAAAAGCAAAGGGCAGAAUUAUAACAAAACUAAGCUUGUGAAGCACCACUGUUUUCAUUCUUCCCAUUGAAAUUAUUGGGACUCGAAACUGUUCAGCACUGGGUGAAGACAGACAUGACCUGUAUAGAGUGGUGGGAACAACGGUGGAAGUAGAAAGGCCUACAUUGGCUCCCAGUACGUUUCCGAGCACAAUUCAAAGUGUUGGUGCUGACCUUUAAAGCCCUAAAUUGCCUUGGUCCAGUAUAUCUGAGGGAGCGUCUCCACCCCCAUCGUUCAGCCCAGACACUGAGGUCCAUCUCCGAGGGCCUUCUGGCGGUUCCCUAAUUGCGAGAAGUGAAGUUUCAGGGAACCAGGCAGAGGGCCUUCUUAGUAGUGGCGCCCGCCCUGUGGAACACCCUCCUGUCAGAUGUCAAGGAAAUAAACAACUAUCUGACAUUUAGAAGACAUCUGGAGGCAGCCCUGUUUAGGGAAGUUUUUCAUGUCUGAUGUUUUAAUGUAUUUUUAAUCCUUUGUUGGGAGCCGCCCAGAGUGGCUGGGGAAACUCAGCCAGAUGGGCGGGGUAUAAAUAAUAAAUAAUAAUUUUUAUAAUUAUUAUAGAAGUUGACUCCUUGCGAACCCAGACGCACACCCCCUCCCCCAGGAGCCAGGCCUCACGUUGAAAGGAAAAGACACGACAACAUAUAUCUGGGAUUAAAAUGGCCACAACUUUAUUGAAUUCAAGUGUAGGAACGCCCUGCAAGGGGCAUUGGGCAGGUAUCCCUCUCAGCCUUCUGCUGGGCGUCUGAGGCAUGACAGGGUCAGUUAGCAGUUUAUGGGACCAACGCAAAGCGCGGGUUUAUGCAGCUGGUCCCUCCCAAAUCGCUGAAGGUAGCUCUGUGGCCCCUCUGCCGUGCACUUGUGGACAGAGACCACCCUCACGACCCCUCUAACGGGGUACCCUGUUAUCACCGUCACAGGAAGUGGGUGAGUCACCAUUUCACCCCUUCUUCAGAUGUUUGACUAAAGGAUUCUGCCCAAGGUCUAAAGCACCAAAGUUCUGACAAUUGCUAUAGGGAAGGCAAAACCUACAGAGCAGGGGAAAUUCCUCCCUGGCUCUGAAGACAGCAACCGUUGUACGACCAGAGCAACGCCAGCGUGCCUGGAAAGCAAAGGUUAGCUUGCAAGAAAAUAAGAUUAGAGUGUGGGUUGGGUGGGUGACACUCUGGGGAUGACUGUGUAGCUGAGAGCAGCACCAGCCCCUUUUUGUACUCCUGGAGCAGAGUGAAUGUGCUCUGAUUGGCCCGUCCCACCAAGGCCACCAUGGAUUGGCCAGAAAUUUCAAAACUGGGUUUGGCAGGAACCCAGCAGGCACUGUGGCGGCCCAGGAGCAAAUAUGGCAUCGCUUUGGGAGGAGGGGGAACUGCCAUGCCGAGUCGCAACUGCCACCGACCCCUUUACCGGGUAAGCGGCCGUUUCUGAUUAACAUACAUUGUGUGCCAUUUUCCAUGUGGUUGAUUUUUAAAAGGGGGAAGUCAGUUGUAUAGUCAUACCUCAGGUCACAGAUGCUUCAGGCUGCGUGUUUUCAGGUUGUGCACCGCGCUGAACCCGGAAACACCGGAACUGGUUACUUCUGGGUUUCAGUGCUCGCACAUGCACAGAAGCGCUAAAUCGUGCUUUGCGCAUGCGCAGAAUUGCGACCCGCGCAUGCGCAGACACGGUGCUGCAGAUUGCGAAUACUGUGGGUUGCGAACGUGCCUCCCGCACAGAUCACGUUCGCGACCUGAGCAUCCACUGUAGUUGAUAUUGAUAUAACUCAGUCCCUGAAGCAGUUUCCCAGUUAUUCACGUUGCUUUUUCAUUAAAGGUGAUGAAUUGAAUGCAUGUGCACAGGUGCACACACACACGUGUGUGUUAUAUAAAAAUACUGGAAGAUGGAUGGAUUUUGAUUCGCUGGUGUUCAUCUUCUACAUUUCCCCUUAAAUAUGUCUGUCUGUCUUCACACUUGGUCUGACUCGCGUCCCAUGCUUACAGCGGAUUUAGUGCAGAUAAAUAAAAUAAGUGAGAGCAGUUCCAAGUAAUUUACUUCUCAAAUAGAAUUAUUAUGGCAUGUUAUCUCAGUGAAAAGAGAUAUACCUCGAUUUGGGGGGCAUGUGAACUCUAAGAUUUCAUGUAGAGACACUAAAUUUUUGAAAUGGGGUUCAUUUUGGCAUAUGCUGACACAAUGGUUGGAUUUUAAAAUUCAAAAUUACUUUUAAUGCAUAUUGAAAGUCACGGUUGCCCAUUCUUUCCAUCAUAGGAACUUUAAACAGUGUGCUUAUACUCCUUUUGCAUGAUAUUGUUUUUCCAACAAAGUGGCAUUAGAUAGCUUUAAAAAUAUCUGCUGCUACUGUGUAGGCAUUAGGGAUGAAAUUUAUCAUGUUUGUUGCACAGACUGAUUGAAAUUAUUAGUAAUUUAAAAGCAGCCAAUGUUCAUUAUUUCUGUUUUCUGAGGUGGGGCUUAAUGCAGCGCUCACUCUAUGGGUCCGGAUUACUUGUUACUUCCAGACACAACUCUCAGCCCACAGUGAAUCUCCCUGUCUUGUGGUCCCACCCAAUGCUGGGUUGAGAAAGUGGUAAACUGGGCUAUGCAGUGUUUGCAUACGUUAACUGUUUUUAUUACUAUUAUUGGAUGCUUAAUCAGAGAUUGUGUGCAAAUAAACAUGGUACAACCCAGUUCAUGUAUUACAUUCUAGAUUGGGUGAGGAUUGCAUGCAUAUCCGAAAUGUGGACCAGAUAGAGAUUUCUCUCUAGAAAGUAAGAGGCUUAUGGUAAAUUGGGAUUUGUUAUGUACUGAAGUUCUCACCCUGGGCCAGCAGGGGGAUACUGUAGAUAGUUCAGAUCCACAUAUGCAAAUAAGGGAUUGAAAGUGACGUUCAAUGAUUUCACUCAGUGUUUCAGCUCAGUGAUUCAGCUCUGCUCAGAGGGUGGCUGCAUCUGGCUCUGCUCUGUUGUCCAUCCAUCCCAUCCUCGUCGUCAGUGUUAAGUUGUGGGUGAACAUAUCAGACAACACAGUGAUUCUUCAAACAGCUCUUGUUUAUUCACAGGCCAGAACAGAACUGAACUGAAGGGUUCAGCCAGCCUGCUUAUAUAGAGCUCCACUAGAACGCAACAGUAACCAUUUUAUGUAACUAUCCAAUCACUGAACGUCACUAUCGAUCCCUUAUUUGCAUAUGUGGACCUGAACUAUCUACAGUAUCCCCCUGCUGGCCCAGGGUGAGAACUUCAGUACAUAACACCUUUCAAGUUUUUAACCUGGCGAUUAUAAUACUGAAACUGCCUAGAGAAGACACUCUAUUCUUUGGUCUGGUCUCACUGAAGUGAGAAAUCUGUGUCUGGGCUGUACAACUUCAAGAGAUUCACACACACACACACAGCAAAAUCUGAAGUGGAAUAUCCCAGACACAGGUUUACCAGUAGACCACAGUUUCAGUACACAGAAGCAGGAAACUGUGGCUUGCAUCAACAUGCGCUACAUUUAGCACUACAUUUGUAUGUAUGUUUUGUGUGUGUGUGUGUGAGAGAGAGAGAGAGAGAUAGUGCACAUUAAAACGCCAUUUUACAUUGAAAUUGUGGCUUGCUUUUUUCAGUUUCACUCUUCUCUUCAUGCCUUAUUCUGUUGCCUAGAGCUGCAAUCCAACAAGCUUUUUUUUUAGUAUGUGACAAAUCGUUUUAUCUUGUGUAGCAUUAUAAUAAUCAUCAUAAACACACUCAUUUAUUUCAGAUAUUAAAAAUGUACUGGAAGCUGUUGGUUCAAAUAUCACAAGCUUUACUAAAAUGCUUCCCAUCCACAAGAUAAUAGCAGACUUCACCCUAUAUCUUACUCAGGGUGAGACAUAUGCUCAAGAAUAUUUUCCAGUGGUGGAGCAGUAUGAUUUCUACAGGUACGUAAUAUUAUCUGGAUAUUGAUGCGCAAAGGGCCACACUGCAGUUAGUGUGCCAGCUCACAUCCACAUCAUACAUUAAAACACUCUUCUACCACUUAGCAGGCAUGACUUCUCUCAAAGUAUCCUGGGAACUGUAGUUUGUUAAAGGUGCUGAGAACUGUAUCUGUGUGCAGCGUUUCCUAGCAACUCUCAGCACCCUUAACAAACUUUUGUUCCCAAUAUUCUUUGGGGGAAGCUGUGAGUAUUGUAAGUGGUAAAAAUGCAUAGUGCGAGCACUGGGGAUUAACACCAGUAAAACUGAUACUAAACAGGUGACUGACAACUCAGCUGUACCACUGCAAAUACAAUGUUUUAAGUGUGUUGUAAAGUGCAAUGUACAAAUGUGACACCUGAUGGCGAUGGUGAGCUAUGGCAAAUUCAAUAUAUUUUUCAAAACUUUUUUAAAAAAGCAUUUUCACAGCGGUUUUUAAUAUGUGUGUAGAGUCCACCUUAUACACAGUGUGGUGAAAGUAUCUAGUAGGGUUGUGGAUUGGCUCUGUAUAUAUCCCAAAUCACAAAGCAAAUCUGGGUGUCUUAGGGAAGACUUUUGUGUUCCCAAAUUGGAUUGUGCUAUGAACAAAAUGUGUUGAAGCAGUUCAGGAAGUCCGCAACCCUCUGAAUAGCUUUCUUUCCUUGGUUUAUCCAAAAUUUUGGAACACACAACCUCCCUCCACCCCCAAUUUUCCCCUUUUCUUUUCUGACAAACGAAACCUAGGUGAUUGUGUAAAUGCACAUAUCUCAAUGAGGGUGUGGAAAUCUUAUUUUGGUGGAUUUUUCCAGUGCAUUCCAAUCACAGUGAUUAAGAAGUAGGGGGUGCUGAAAUAAAUAAACAAAGCAGAUUCUGUCACCUUGUAUAUAUUUUUCUUCUUUCCAUCUCAUUUUAGGGUGCAGGACUCCAAUAUAGGCUUUCUAAAGCUGGUUUGAAGCUAAAUUAGAGUAUUCCAGUACUAUAAAUUCAAGGAUGUACCAGUGACAUUUUUUUUAAUGUUUAAAUGUUUGCAUGCCUUUUUUCUCCCAACACACAACUGCUUUCUAGCUUGUAGGUUUUCUUAUCCUGGAUCUGUGUUUAAAUUGCCCACUGCCAUGCAUGUUAAUGUGACAAUUGUAUUUUUAUUUAUUUGUCUAGGUGGCUGGGUUGCUUAAUUAUCUGCUGCCUGGUGAUAUUGAUCCUUGUGUUUUACUACCUGGGGUUGUUAUGUGGUACCUGUGGUUAUGACAAAGAUGCCACUCCAACAACGAGAGGCUGUAUCUCAAACACUGGAGGAAACUUCCUGAUGGCGUGAGUCCUUCUUGUUUAUUUCAGAAUCUUCCCCAGCCUUACUCUGUCUAUAACAUUAGUGUCUCGCAUCAAAUAUAACUGAUCUGUAGCAAAGAUUCUAUGAACGGAAAACAGAGACAGCAUAAGUACUUUUGUAAUAACGAGAAAAAUCUUUAAUGAAAACAUAAAAACAAAGAAUGUCACCAGAUUAAGAGGGCUGCAUUGACAGAAUAAGUUUGGAGACAAAAAAAGAAAGAAAAAGAAAGAAAACAAAAGAAAUCCUUUUUGUUGCAUCAAUGGAUGUUCUCAAUAUGGCGUGUGAGCUUUUGAAUUCCUUCCUGAGGCAGGAUAUUAAAUUAUUUUAAAAAUUAAAGGUCUUUUAAGCAAACACCGUUGAUCCUUUAGAGAGCUGACUGAAUUCUUAAAAAGAUGGUGAGGGAGCCCUCUGCAGUCUAAUGACAUUAAAACGUGAGCCUUUCUAAAAUAUCUGAUCUUUAUACAGAGCAAUGGAGGAUACGUUGGAGAAAGUUAGUGUGGGUUCAUGUGUCACAAAUGAUAUUGUUUAGAUGUGCAUGCUAUUUAUACAGUCCUAAACAUGUCACAUGUAAAUGUGACCAAUAUUUGCUUGCAGGCGCUUGUACCAUACAGGUAUGCUUCAUCCCUGAACUCCAGGUGACUGCUCCAUGUAUACUUGGUGAGAAAACCAAGUUGGCUGUUGUGUGAUUUAUGAAGGGGCCCUUAAUUAGAUGUGAAGAAUUAGAAGAAAAAGGGGGGAAAGAUUAGAAAAAGCUCUAUAGUGUCUGAUCUGGCUAAUUUCUUUAAUAGAGAAAAGAAUAUUGAAUCCUAUUGCUGUGAUGAAACUGCCUUUGGCAGCAAGCAACUAUUUUUAAACCAUCCUGGGAAUUGAAGACUUCAGAAAAGCUAAUGCUAAUUAGGGUAUAAAAGGAGUGUUUCACUGCAGUCUCUAAAGCAAACCUGUUUGAAGCAGGCGUUUCAAAAUCCCUCUGAAGUCUCAAAGGAGGAAAUCGAAAAGUGGGUGGAAGAGAGAACUUUUAAGCUGUUCCUCAAAGAUUAUUCUAAUGCUUCCCCCCCCCUUGGGGUCCACUUAUGGGAAAGUACUAAGGCUGCAAUCCUAACCCCAUUUACCUGGGAUUAAAGGUAAAGGGACCUCUGACCAUUAGGUCCAGUCGUUACCAACUCUGGGGUUGCAGCGCUCAUCUUACUUUAUUGGCCGAGGGAGCCGGCGUACAGCUUCCGGGUCAUAUGGCCAGCAGGACUAAGUCGCUCCUGGCGAACCAGAGCAGCACACGGAAACGCCGUUUACCUUCCCGCUGGAGCGGUACCUAUUUAUCUACUUGCACUUCGACGUGCUUUCAAACUGCUAGGUUGGCAGGAGCAGGGACCGAACAACGGGAGCUCACACCGUCAUGAGGAUUCGAACCGCUGACCUUCUGAUCGGCAAGUCCUAGGUUCUGUGGUUUAACCCACAGCGCCAGUUGAGUGGGACUUACUUCUCAGUAGACAUGGCUAGAAUUGCACUGUAAUGCUGUCUUCCUCACUUGAAAGGACAGAUUGCUGCCAAUUCCAACCCUUAGUCUGGAAGUUCUUGGUUCCUGUUACUCGAAAGCUGCGCUUGCCCCCAAGGUUCUGAUUUGCCUCCUUGUUUUCACAAAUUCUCAUCACAGUUGACACUCUUCCCCAAACUGGGAUGGGUCUCUGUGUGUGACAGAUACAACAAAUACUUGCUCAUGUGAGCUUAUAAGACAGCAAUCUUUGCUAGGAAUGCUAUGGUAUAAAUUUGUGUGCCGUGCUUGUUUUAUUAAGAAUCACUUUGCUUGUCUUUGUUUUCCUUGUCACGAUUCAGUAAGUUGAUUUUAGUUGGUCCUUUUCAAAUGACUCUUAAACCAACUCAUAUGACGUAUUAUUAUUUUUCCCUCGUUUUGUUUCAGCGGAGUUGGAUUCAGUUUUCUUUUCUCCUGGGUUCUGAUGCUAAUAGUAGUGGUCACUUUCAUUACGGGAGGAAAUAUGGAGAAGCUUGUUUGUGAACCAUUUGAAGACAGGAGUUUAUUCAAAGUAAGAUUCCUCAUAUCAAGGCCUUUAAGUGAUCAACAACAAUGGAAAAACACACUGAAGUCAGCAUUGCCUUAGAUAGCAUAACUUCAACUUAGAUAGCAACUUCAACUACACUAGAUAAUCAUUUAUAUUUACAUAGUGCUGUUUUUUGCUUAAAGCACUUCCUCUACUUCUUGUUAUCCCAUCAGCAGCGCUAUAGGGUAAAUUAGUAGUAUUAUCACCCUGUUGCAGUUUGGUGAAUGGACCUGAGUGUGUGUGUGUGUGUGUGUGUGUGUGUGUGUGUGUUGUUCCUAGUAGAGGUGAGAUCUGAACUUGGACUUUCAGGUUCCUACUUCAGUCUCUUUAUAGCACCCUUCAGUCACUGUCAACUCAGAAGUUAGUCUCAUUGAAUUCAGUGGAGCUUACUCCCAGGUAAGUGGGUAUAGGAUUGUAGCCUCGUCAUCCUAUACCAUCAUCAUAGUAUAAUCUGGUAUAAGAUGCUUCCUGUGUCCCUAAUUGGCUUCUAAUUGGCCUCAGUGCACAUCUUAGUGACUAUAAUCUAGUCACUGUCAAUUCUAGGUCACACUUAGGAUACAUAACAGUGAAGUCAGGGCUACAAAAUAAAUCUAGAUUAAUAACACAUUCCAGAGGGGUUGUUAUAGACCAUGUCCAAAAAUUGCAUUGUUUAAAAGUGCCAGUACAGAUCGUAUGACUGGUUAUAAUUUUAAAUGGGGGCAAAUGCAAGCGAAACUGAAUUUCAAAAGAAGUCUUCUUUCAGGUCAGCAGAGGACAAUUCAAAAAUUACAUUUCUCCAAAUCUCCAAGUCCAUUCUGUCAUUUGUAGAUCCUUUCCCAGGUUUUUCACGAAAUUUUGGGGAAGCUCAACAGCAAAGAAUAAAUUUGACUUACCAGACUUUUCACCUAAGCUGAGGGUUUUCUCUUUCUCAAAUUGUUAAAUUUCCUAAGCAACAAUAAAAUGUGUCUCACUUGGACGUAGCAAAUUCUUGCUGGUCUCACGGCCUUCAUAUCAUCUAAAACUUCUCAUAUCCUAAGACAUUAUUAUUUUAAUGAGUUCCUAAUCAGUCUAAAUUAGGUGAUCAGAUUAUAGAAAAGGUGUGUGUUACCUAUUUGCUUAUAAAAGUUUGCAGCCUCAGGUUCUAAAACCAAACUCAGGAUUGGUUUAAGUCUAUAACCAAUUAAGACAUGAAUAGAUUGUGCAUGAUUUCUCUAACCUUAAGGUCCAUGGUUUUUCUUGAAACCAAACUACAUUAGACUCAAGAAAUCACAUGAGAUGCUUCAAUUUUAUAUGUAAAGCUCUUAGAAUUGUGAUGUAGAGAAAAAGAACAUUGGUUUUUUCGUUGUUUUCCAGGUUUUGGAUACGCCAUAUUUGCUGAAUCAGCAGCUGAAAUACUAUCUUUCUGGAAUCAUUUUAAAAAAUCCAAACAUUGACUUGACAUUUGAAAAAGUUUACAGGUAACUCUGCAUGUCUUAUGAUAUAAACAAAUGCAGUUAUGGCUUAUUUGAAAUUUUGCACUGCUACACGAUUGAAGCUCAUUGACUAAACUGAGGUUUACAUGUUUCAAAAUGUCACUAAAACUGCCUUUUUGUGAGACCUCCUCUUUUCCUGUCUUGGGCUGCAACUCCCUUGCCAUAUCAUUUAUUCUGUUAUCACCAGGUUGUGCACUCUUUUCCUUUUGGGAGAAGACAGAGGCAAAGUAGAUGUUGAGGAGUUCUCUGUCACCCAAUAGUAUUUCUCUUCUUCUCCACGCAGAUCUUACCCCCACUUACUUGUUCUUCCUCCGACUUCAAACAUAGACAAAAAGCCACCAUUUUUAUUAUUUUUAACCUCUUUAUGCAAGUCUGGACUCGUUCUGAGCUUUAGCCCACCUGACCUCCCUGCAAUUGUUGACUACAUGUGUCUUCUCCUCCUUCGUCAUCUUCCAUUUCUUAUAGAUGCCCCCCUUUAAAUCUCUGCUCUCUCUCACACACACAAAAGGAAGCAAAAUCAGUCAAGUACAUAUAAGUCAGAAGAGUCUAUCAAUAAUAAAACUAGAUUUAUUGCCGAAUCUGAUUUCCUCAUAUUAUUUCAAUAUAAAUUAGUAGGACUCCUUCGGGUUUAGAUGGGAAUCAGCAAGGACAGAAAAAUUGGGGGGGGGGAGUCUGUAGUGGACUGAAAGGAAGUCUAAGAAAAUUCUGAUUUUUCCCAUAUUGACUGCUUCAAUGCUUUUUUUAAAAAAAUGUUGAAUUUUUUUUUAAAAAACCUCUUUUUGUGCACCUGCUUUGCUGGUGCCCUAAGCACAUGCCUCUUGGGUAAUCCAGUACCGCUGGCAGACCUCCACAACAUAUUGCAAACUGAUUAGCUCCUUUCUGUUUCAAAAGAGGUGGUAUAUGGGUUUCCGAGGGAGGUCUGGUUGUGGAUGUUUGUGAAACACAAGUGUUCCUCAGCCACCUGGAAAUAGUUCUCAAGGACACCAUUAUUUCUCACAAGUGCAUUUGUAUAUCUGGCAUCCUUAUCUAAAAAGGGGAAAUUUUUUUUUUGUUUAUUUUUUAAAAUGAUAUUUAUUAAAAUUUCAAAAACAAAAAAUUACAUAGUUAAACAGAAAAGAAACAAGGAAAAAUAUAUAAAAAAAGAGAAAAAAACAUACAAAAUACAGAAAAAAACAAAAAAAACACUUAAAAACAAAUUAAUCCUUCCGUAUCUUACAUUUCAUUUCCUUGCUUCCCUGACCUCCUCUCACCUCCCUUUUUUGUAUUCCAGUUCAAUUGGUUAAUUCAGCAAUUCCUUUCCCUCUUUGUUUAUAUCUUAGUCCUUUAACUUAAUAUUUUAUAACUUUAGAUUCUCACCUAUUAACCCCAUUUUUACAUACACCUUUAUGACCUUGCUACUAGAACCACUUAAUUUCAUUCUAACAUCAUCUAACAUUCAUUAAUUUUACAAUAUUUCUGUAAAUAGUCUUUAAAUUUCUUCCAAUCUUCUUCCACCGACUCUUCUCCCUGGUCUCGGAUCCUGCCAGUCAUUUCCGCCAAUUCCAUGUAGUCCAUCACCUUAAAAAGGGGGAUUUUUGAUGGCCAAUGUUGCCAGCUAUUUUUGUUAACCUGUUGGUGUUUAUUUUACAUGUGUCUUUAGUGACUGCAAGGAAAACAAAGGCCUUUAUACUACCCUGCGCCUGGAAAACCUUUUCAACAUCCAUGAACUUCUGAAUGUUAGCAUGGUAAGUUAAUAUCGGUUGUGAGCAUAAGGUAAAGGUAAAGGUACCCCUGACCGUUAGGUCCAGUCGUGAACGACUCUGGGGUUGCACGCUCAUCUCGCUCUAUAGGCUGAGGGAGCCGGCGUUUGUCCGCAGACAGCUUCUGGGUCAUGUGGCCAGCAUGACUAAGCCGCUUCUGGCGAACCAGAGCAGCACACGGAAACGCCGUUUACCUUCCUGCCGGAGCGGUACCUAUUUAUCUACUUGCACUUUGACGUGCUUUCGAACUGCUAGGUUGGCAGGAGCAGGGACCGAACAAUGGGAGCUCACCUCGUCGCGGGGAUUCGAACUGCCGACCUUCUGAUCGGCAAGCCCUAGGCUCUGUGGUUUAGACCAUAGUGCCACCCGUGUCCCGGUUAUGAGCAUAACCUAUAGUAUAAUGGGUACUUUAGUGCUGAAUGUCUGCAGUCUUCUUUUAAAAAUAAAUAACUUAGGUCAUACCUGGAUUUAGUUUAUUUGUUCAGCCCGCCCGCCCAUCCACUCCUCAGCUGACGUGUUACUUUUGCUGCCCCUCCGGUUGAGCUGAGUGCCAUAUUGAUGAAAAAUCAGCCCAAGCCAGCAGAUCAUGGGCAGGAAACCUCUUUCAGCCAAAGGCCUUCCUUCCUUCCUGGACAGCAUUCCAGGGGCUGCAAGCCUAUAGAACAGCCUUUCUCAACCUGUGGGUCCCCAGAUGUUGUUGGACUACAACUCCCAUCACCCCUAGCUAGCAAGGCCAGAGCUCAGAGAUGAUGGGAGAUGUAGUCCAACAACAUCUGGCAUGUCCAAAGUCUGCUCUGGGGGCCUAAUCCAGCCCACCAGUUGAUUUAAUCCGGUCCCCGUGGCAGUAUAUGUCCUAGGGUAAAAUCCUAAAAACAGCUCAACAACUUUCGGGUAAAAUUGUAAAGAAAGCUCAACAACUUCAAAUCUAAAAAAAGCCCAACAACUUUGGGGUAAACUUCAAUCCUAAAAAAAGCUCAGUAACUUUGGGGUAACUUUGUUCGGCCCUCACGCAUGUUCACUUCAUCAAAUCUGGCCCUCUUUGAAAAAAGUUUGGGCACACCUGAAUUUUAUGGUGACGGCCAUUUCUGGCCAUUUCUGUACACUAGUUACUCACUGAAUUUUGUCUGAAUGAGGCAGUAGAGUCCUGAUUUAAUUAGAAUAGGGUCUGGGUAUUUCAUAGCAUGUAGAGAAGAAUACAUUUUUACAUACAGUAAAAAAAAUUUGUUAAUAGAAAAGAAGCGUCUAGCACAGCACUUUCCUACAGGAAUAAUUUAAAAAUAAUAUGAAAUGAAAUGAUGCAUUCAGAAAAAAAUAUUUCCUAUCUGCAGUCUCAAGUGGUGAUAUUCUGUUUAUUCAUUUCAGAAUGUUUUGUCCUGUCUUUCUUCUAUGAAACACUCAAGGCAGUUAAAAAAAUGGAUAGAACAGAAAAUGACAAACAAUAACUUUACCACACUAGUUCUGCUGCAUGUCAAGAUGAAAGCUGUGUGUGUCUCAGAUGAGAAGCUGGCAGUAGGGAUUUUUCCACUUGCUGUUGUAAAUGUUCUAACGUUUGGUGAGAGCUGCUUCCUCCUGCUUUUGUCUCCUAUAGUACGCAGAAGAUGUAUCGCUGAAAAUCAAGCAUAUUAAUAUAAAUCUAAGCAAUAUAGUCUUGCUUGAUGAGAGGGGAAAGGAGAAUUUGAUGAAUUUCAGUUCCUCGGGAAUAAAUGAGAUAAACUUUGCGGCGUAUCUGUCAGAGGUAAGACAAUGAGGAGGUAACUUCUGUUUUCAUGUGGUGUAAAGAGGUUUUCCCCCCCAACCCCUCACCCCAGUAAAUACAGGUAUUUGACACCAAGGCAUGCCUUUUAAAGAUAUAAGCGCUCGCCUGUAUAUACUCAUCUCAAACUGCAAUGAAAUCACCAUAAACCUUUGAAGCAAUUGAUUUAAGCUCUGUGUACUAGUGCUCCCUAGUGUGGCUUGAGAGAAUGGCUAGUUCACCAUGAGAAAUAAAUUCAGUAUUGAAUACACCUAUUGGACUUUGGGUGUGCACCUUUUAGACACCUGCAAGGUCACAUCUCUCUCACACUGGGAGACCAAAACUUCAUUCCCUCCAAGGAGGUCAUCCGCUGUGUAUUUGCUGUGCAAGAUGUUGUGUCUUUCUUCCAGCCUUUUCAGUUGUAAGACUCGAGUGUGCCUCCAGUUUUAAUUCAGAACAACAAUAUUGCUCAACUACCAGAAGCCUAACAAUCAUCAUUCUCUCAGUGCUACAAUGAUCUGAUUUUUGCUUCUGUCUUGUGCAGAUCAAUAAGAGUGUUACCAAAGUGGAUCUCUUGUCCUUUGCUAAUGAUUUGGAAGCACGAGCAGACCAAUUGGUGAGUUUUGAUUUGAUCGACAUGAAACUGUGACCAGAACGUGUUUAUUCUGAAUGGACUCUUAUGUAUUCCACUUUCCGUUGUUGAGGCGCGGCUGUAAAUGGAAGAAUAUAUUUUUAAAGUAGAUAUCUUCUUAGCCAAGCUCACCUAAAGCAUUCUGAUGACUUCCCUGGAAGACAUGAUUAAUACAAGAUGCUGUGCGUGUCCUUACAAUGGGCCAUAUGAGCUAGCGAAGUAGGAUGCCUGCGAAAGCAGAACGUGGGUGAAUUUAUCUGUACUUUAUUUUGGCAUAAAAAUAAUUGCUGGCAGUGGGCAUUAAUCUGAGUGGGCAUUAACCUUUCCAUGUUCCACCUGGCCAGUGUUGCUAACAUGAGGAAUAAUGUCUUCCUGCUUGGCACUCACAGAGAGAUCUCCCUUUGACAUCUCAUCCAGCAAAAAGGGGCAGAAAGCAUACAUUUGCUUCCAAUAAGUAUUUGUCCAUAAUUAAAUAUCUCAGUGGAGGGCGCCAUUACACCUUUUGGUCUACUGGAAAAAUAAUUGACUUAAAGGAAAAUGUAUUUAUCCCAAUUACUGAAUAAAAAUUAAAGUUUACCAGAACAUAUUUUUCAGUAUUUGAGCUUCGCUUUUUCAGUAUUGCAAAGAGAAACAGCCGUGUGGGGAAAGUAUCUAAAUAACAACUCACAAGAAUUGGUAGAAGGGCGUAUAUUUUCUUAGAACUUUAAUGGCAUUUUGCUGUUUCUGACACAGAAUGAGAAAUGACUUUGGAAAAGAAGACUUAUUUAUCUAGAAUUGUAAGCUGUUUAGUAACUUGUUUGUUUGUCUUUGCAGCCUAAAGGAGCAUUAGAAAAUGCAUUAAAAGGACAUGCAAAUAGUAUUCGCGUGAUACAUAACCAACAAGUUGUUCCACUGGAGCAAGCAAUGGUAAAAAAAAACAAAAAACUUUGCAGUUAUUGAGCUAGGACAUGAUUGGGAAAGUGUAUUCAACAAGCUACAAAUCAGUUUGGGAUAUCAGUCAAGACUGCCUCCAUUCAUGCUAUUUCUAGACUUUAACCAAGGAUGCUUCUUGUACAAAGAUUUUCUGGAGUAAAGUUUUAGUGUCCUUUUGUGUGUGUAAGCUAAACUAUGGUUUUAUGUUUAGUGUACUUCCCUCUUAUUCCCUGGCACAGCUAUGAGGAAGAAAUCUGAAGCUUUCUCUCCCGUUUCUGCUUUUAAAACUAAGCAGAGUUUCUUUUAACAUCCAGCAUACAAGUUGUGUAAAGCUGAGUUGAGCCGGGGAGAGGCCAGUUGUGGCAUUUCAUAUCUUUCUACACGUUAGGCUAUAAUUUGGCUUUUCUUGUGAUUUUACUGCUGCUUCAGGAAGCUAUAUUUUGUUUUGAAAUAAUUUCCUUGCUGAAAAGUACUUGUUCGUGUUCUUGUCUUCUUGUUUCCUCCCUCCCCCCUCGCUCUUCUAAUUAACUCUUAAUCAUUCUCAAUAUUUCUUUUUCCAAAAACUGACUGUCAAGAAAUAUGUUAGAGCUAGGGUAAGUGCUUUUCCUUUCUUACACUGCAAGUGGGGGCUUUGGACACAUUUCAGAUCAGGGACUCCACAUUCAGCCUCAGUGUGAUACUUUUAUCAACCUGAUGAUGUUAUACGGUACAUGGCACUUCGCAGAGAAACCUAAGCAAAAAACCAGAACAGUGGGGACAGGGACAGUAUAAGACAGCGGUACACUUGGUUGUAGACAGAUGCUGGGUCCUUGCAUAUGGGUCCAUAAUAACACCUUGCAGCUGCUCUGUUAAAUGAAUAUGGCAUGUUACAAUCCAACAUCAUAGUACAAAGCUGUAAAGGUAAAGGGACCCCUGACCAUUAGGUCCAGUCGUGGCCGACUCUGGGGUUGCGGCGCUCAUCUCGCUUUAUUGGCCGAGGGAGCCGGCGUACAGCUUCCGGGUCAUGUGGCCAGCAUGACUAAGCCGCUUCUGGCGAACUAGAGUAGUGCACGGAAACACCGUUUACGUUCCUGCCGGAGUGGUACCUAUUUAUCUACUUGCACUUUGAUGUGCUUUCGAACUGGUAGGUUGGCAGGAGCUGGGACCGAGCAACGGGAGCUCCCCCGUCACAGGGAUUCAAACCGCCGACCUUCUGAUCAGCAGCCCUAGGCUCUCUGGUUUAACCCACAGCGCCACCCACAUCCCUGGGUGUAAUUACAUGUUCCAAUAAAUUACAUGUUCCAAUAAAUUACAUGUUCCAAUAAAUAAAAGCUGAGUUGGGUGUAAUUACAUGUUCCAAUAAAUUAGGGCUGACUCCAUAAACACCAGCCCAGUCCAAGUUUCUCCCCUUCCCCUCAACAUGUUGUACAAGUUACAAGAUGUGCAAGAUGUACAAUAUGUUUUGGGACUACAACUGCAACUCCCAUCAUCCCUAGCUAACAGGACCAGUGGUCAGGGAUGAUGGGAAUUGUAGUCUCAAAACAUCUGGAGGGCUGAGUUUGCCUAUGCCUGCAUUCAUGUCACUAGGUUAUGUUUUGUCACCAGUGACAGCCCAUGACAUGGAGCAGGCACUGCGGAAACUCAUAGGGUGUUGAUAUUGGGCAGCCCGUCUUUCUCAUGACAUGUAAUUCUGACCUUGAACUUGCAAAGCCUGGAUUUAAAUUGGUGUGCCACCCAUGACACUGAGUGACCUCUCCCAUAGAGAUCUGGAAGUGUGCAUGUAAUCUUAACCGUGGACACCUGUCCACACUGCAGAGUCAUGGAAUUAUGAGAGAAGGGAUGAGGAAGCUUGUGAUCCUCAUGUGCUGUUGGCUACAAUCUCUGCCAUUGGCUGUUGGUCUUUCUGGCUAGGGCGGGUGGAAAUUGCAGUUCGUUAAUACCCAGAAGUCCAAAGAUUAGCAGCUCCUGGCCUAGAGCUUUGUAGUCUAUAAAAUGGGAGGGAGGGUAGUUUCUUAAUUUUUAUGCACUCUCGUUUUCCAUUGCCUGAACUUUGUAGCAUUGAAAACAAUUUGACACCGUAAAUUCAUGUUCCAGCUGUAUUUCAAACUACAUAAAACUACACCACAAGAAUGGUUUCCAUUCUACUUAAAAUAGAUACGUAUUUACAAGGCUUUAUGUUCAGGAAAUAUGGCUUUACAGAUCAAGCUUUUCUCUGGAAUAUGGUAUAAGAGGUUUGUGUGAUAGGCUUCCUUUUGUUUUGUGUCUUUAACCAGAGCACUUUAAACCAGAGCAUAAGGUUCCUGCAGAAAACAUCAUCAGAGCUUCCUGUAAGUUUUUGUUCAUUUGUUUCUUCUGAAAUAAAACCCCCGUUAGGGUUGUUUCUUUAAAACAUUAACUACCUAUUUUGCAACAUAUUUGCUAGGCAGUAUUUUGUGUUCAUUUUACUCUAGUGAAGAGAUGGAAUGCUGUACAUUAAAUUCACCUGAUAACUGAGUUCAAACAUUUUCAGUUCCAUUCAGACAAUGCUGAGUACAGUGGCCUCUCGGGUUACAGAUGCUUCAGGUUACAGACUCCGCUAACCCAGAUGUCAGGGAACUGACAUCAGAGCGAGAGGCGAAGGGGAGGCUCCUGGAUGAUGCUGGAGAAGGACCCAGCAGCAGGGGGAGAGGCGACUCAGUGGAGGGGGAAGCAUUUAAGCGCAACACCAGGAACAAAAGUGAGCAGAUGGGAAAAUCGGAGAGAGGGCUCACGGACUCUUCACUGGAACUCAGUGAGGAGGGGACAGGUCCCCCGCUACCCACGCCCACCCUGCGCAGAAGGCUCCCGCGCAGUGAGAGGCGGAGGCGAUUGGGUGUCAAACAACUCUUAUGUUGGAAGAGAUUCAAGAAACGCCCACUGACGGAUUCUGCUAGUGACUGAGACAGUCAUGAUCAGAAGGGGCUGUGCAGUCAGAAAGGUUUAACAAGGCAAAUCAGCCUAGAGAGGCACCAGUUUAUGCACGAGUAACUCAUACUCAUUACAGCAAUCCGUCAGUCCCUGAAAGUUGCUCGUGCGCAGCAGCAGGCAGGCAGCAUCAUGAGCAAGCCCGGAGAAGCAGGCACCCAAGGGGGAGCAGCUGGAGGGCAAACGCUGGAGGAGAGGAACCGAGAUUUGGAGCAGCAUGUGGCCAUUCUGACGGCACGGCUGGACGUAAGGCGGUCUCAAGAUGCACAGGUCAGACCCACCCCCAUAGCAAGGAAGGUACCGGGACUGGUGCACAAGUUUGGGGGGAAGCCGCAAGAAUACAGUGCGUUUAGAACGGAAAUAGAGUACGCAUUGGACUUGCAGCAUAACGAUUUUGAAGACGACGCGGCGCGGGUGGCAUAUGUUGUGGGUCACCUGCAGGACGGGGCCAGAGAAUGGGUCAGACCCCUUAUGGCGACGCAGAAUUCCGCCAUGCAGGACCUGAGGAAAUUCUUCCAAGCGAUGGACGCGAUGUUUUCCACUGAUGUUCAAAAAAGUGUGACUAAGCGGGAAUUGAUGAACUGUAAACAGGGGAGCCAGUCAGUCAGGGACUACUGGUCGCGCUUUGCCAUGAUAGUUCAUCGCCUCGGGUGGGAACUGGGCUCCGAACCCAUACAGAUGUUAUUCGAGGAGGGGUUGUCCCCAACGGUUAAGGAUGAACUUUCCCGCGCACCCCGCCCACAGGGGAUGGAUCAGCUGACCAAGGCUGUGCUUGCGAUUGGCGCGCGCCAGGAAGCGCGGGCCCAGGAGAGGCGGGAAGGGAGAGAGCAACGUUGCCAUGACUACCGCAUUCCUGAAAUACCAAGGCAGCCCUCCCCGCCAGCAGAGCCAAUGGAAAUAGAUGGGGCGCGCGCGGGAAGUUUCAAGCACCAGCGAAGGGCGCAAGAAGGAGGGAAAGGAUUGGAAAACCUCCAAAAGGUGUUACCUUUGCCAGCGGCCAGGGCAUUUUGCCAGAGCCUGCCCUCAAAGAAAGGCUUGGCAAGGAAUGGUGGGAACCGCAGGGGGUGAGGAGGAGGUGGUAAAGGAACAGGAACAGGGAAACGAGAACGCUUGGCUGCCAAUCAAGGGGCACAACAGCCAAGCCAGCCACCAGUAAAAGUGCCCCAACCAGACCCCCCCAAGGCGGCAAUAGCCAUCGAAGUGGUGCUAGAACUCCCGAACGGGCACCCAGUCAAGGUGAAAGGCAUGCUGGAUUCAGGCAGCUCAUGUAAUUUCUUCAGCAAGGACUUUGCAUUAGAGCACCAGCUCCACUUACUGCCUUUGGAUUUUCCCUUGCAAGUGACCACCAUUGAUGGCAGGGAGCUUCUAGGAGGGGAAGUGACACACCAAACCCCGCCAAUGAGAAUGAGGGUGUCCAGGCACUCGGAAACCAUCGCCUUUCACGUCGCCUCGCUAGCAGGACCCCCAAUAAUAUUAGGGAUGAGCUGGCUAGCACAACAUGAUCCAGUGGUGGCGUGGCAUCAGAGGACAGUCACCUUUGGAUCAGCUUACUGCCUGGAACACUAUCUAGGGGGGGAAGCCCCAAGAAUGACCGUGGCCAGGGUGGCUGGGAUGGCGGUGGAGCGGAAAGGGGAGGUGCCGCCACAAUACGCAGAUCUGCGGGAGGUCUUCAGCGAAAAGGAGGCAGAUAGACUACCACCCCAUAGGCCCUUUGACUGCCAGAUCAACUUGCUGCCGGGGGCUCAGCUGCCAGUGGGUAAGCUGUACGCCAUGUCAGACAGGGAGAUGAAGGAGUUGCGAGAAUUUAUCGACAAGAACCUGAAAAGAGGCUUCAUAAGAGAAUCAAAGGCAGUAGGGGGCAGUCCGGUGUUCUUUGUGGACAAAAGGACACAAAUAAACCCAGGCUCGUAGUGGACUAUAGAGCUGUCAAUUUGGUGUCAGAACCCGUGACCUUCCCAAUGCCCAGGAUUGACGACAUUUUAACGCGAGUGAGGAAAGGCAAAAUUUUUACCAAGCUGGACUCAGGGGCGCAUACAAUUUGAUCAGGAUGAGGGAGGGGGACGAAUGGAAGACCACAAUGUUCACACCCCUAGGUGCCUUUGAGUACUUAGUUAUGCCUUUUGGAUUACAGUCAGGCUCCGCCUGUUUUCAAGCUUUCAUGCACCACGUGUUGGGGUCUCUGCUGUACAAGAACUGCGUAGCCUUCUUGGACGACGUCUUAAUUUAUUCGGACAAUGAGGAACAACAUGUUAGAGACGUCAGGGAAGUGUUACAACGACUGCAGAAGCACCAGUUGUGGGUCAAGCUGGAAAAAUGUCAGUUUCACGCCAGAGAAGUCGAGUUUCUGGGGUACAAGUUGUCUGACAAAGGCUUAGCGAUGGACCCAAGCAAGGUGCAGGCAGUGCUGGAGUGGAAGGCUCCCAAGACACGGAAGGACGUACAGAGGUUCCUAGGGUUCAGCAACUUCUACAGGAAGUUCAUCAAGAACUUCGCCCACUUGACAGCGCCAAUCACGGAUUGUCUCAGUAGCAAAAAGAAGUUUGUGUGGACAGAAGAGGCCCAGCAAUCCUUCGAAAAACUGAAGAAGGCGUUCGCAUCGGAAGAGCAACUCCUGCACGUAGAUCUGGAGAAACCCCUGAGGCUAGAGACCGACGCGUCCGACAGAGCCGUGGGGGCGGUCCUUUGCAGCCAGGGAAGGGAAAGCAGGAAUGGAAACCGUGUGCCUUUUUCUCCAGAAAACUGAGCAAGUCGGAGCAAAACUAUACAGUGUAUGACCGCGAACUGCUGGCAAUCUACGCGGCCUUUCGUCGUUGGCGUCAUCUACUGAUAGGGGCGCAACAACAGAUCCAGGUUUGCACAGAUCACAAGAACUUGGAGUACUGGAGAACCGCACGAGUACUCAACCAGAGACAGAUUCGAUGGGCACAGGAGUUCUCCAAGUUUUUCUUUGAAAUCCGCUACGUGCCCGGAGAAGAAAACGUAAGAGCAGACGCUCUCUCGCGUAAACCGGAGUACCUGGAAGGAGAGGGGCCGCCGGAGAAAUGACACGUGAUCCCCGAGGACCGAUGGGUGUGUGGGGGAACUUUGGUGGGGAAACGAGAACUAGCCGGGCUGACCAGAAACGACGUGUUCGCGCAAACUAAAAUCCGGGAACUACGAGACGGAAGAGGGACCCAAGAAGGGUUUGAGGAGAAGGAAGGGGUACUGUACUAUAGGGGAGCGCUGUACGUACCGGGGGAGACCCUGAGGGAAAAGGUACUCAAACAACUCCACGACAACCCCACAGCAGGGCACUUUGGACAGCACAAAACCAUGAUGCUUGUGACCAGGCAGUUCUGGUGGCCCAGGGUGAGGGAGGAUGUACGGGAAUAUGUACGGGGGUGCGACCGCUGCCAAAGGGCAAAGGGGGAGCGGGCUGCCCCCAGGAUUGCUGGAACCCUUACCCACGCCGGGAAACCCUGGGAGGUGGUAUCCAUUGAUUUUAUGACAGAUUUGCCCAAGUCCCGGGAAAGACAGCAGUCAUGGUAGUGGUCGACCUACUGACAAAAAUGUGCCACUUUAUAGCUUGCUCACAUGCUGUAACGGCAGAGGAAACAGCCCGGUUGUUUGUGGAGCACAUAUUCCGGCUGCAUGGCGCCCCCUUGAGGGUUAUCUCCGACCGCGGAAAACAAUUUACUUCCCGGUUCUGGAGGAAACUCAUGAGCUUACUGCAGGUGGAGGUGGGUUUCUCGACGGCGAGACACCCAGAGACCAACGGGCAAGCAGAAAGAGCGAACAGUAUACUCCAGCAAUACCUACGCUGCUAUGUCAGCGAGAGGCAGAACGAUUGGGUAGAAAAACUAGCGCUGGCUGAAUUCGCGUACAACAACGCGGAACACGUGUCCACGGGAAUGAGCCCAUUCAUGGCCAACCAUGGGUGUCAUCCCAGGGCCUUCCCGGGAGUGGGGAGGAAAGCUGGAGCGUACCCGCCGCAGAGCAGUUUGUGGAAGAAAUGGAGGCCCUACACCAGCAACUUUAGAUGAACAUGGAGAGGGCCAAGGAAACUUACAAGAGGCAGGCAGACAAGCACCGCAGGGAAGGGAGACCAUACGGGUGGGGGACCGGGUGUGGUUGUCCACCCAAGGGCUACCUUUCAAAGGGGGGUGCAAGAAGUUGCAGCCCAGACGGCUGGGACCUUUUGAGGUAACACAGCAAGUUAAUCCCGUGGCAUUUAAGCUCAGGUUGCCUGAUAGCAUGAAAAUACACCCGGUUUUCCAUAGGUCCCUGCUUUCACCGCAUAGGGAAGGGCGGGAAUUCCAGGGGCAAGAGGGAGAAGUCACCACACACCCGCAGGUAGAAGAAAGGGAACACCACCACAGGGCCACGGAAAUACUGGACUCAAGGUGGCAAGGGCGCCGGGUGGAGUAUUUGGUAGCGUGGGAAGGGGAACCCAGGUCCGAAAACACGUGGGUCCCCACGGAAGCCGUCGAGGACAGGUAUCUGGUGGAGGUAUUCCACCACCGGUUCCCGGACAAACCCAAACCCCUGGAGAGAUUCUGGGAGGAGCAAUUUGGAACCACAGAUGAGGAAGAGGGUUUUGAGGGAUUUUCUGACUCCGAGGAGGGAGGAGAGGUUUCGGAGGAAGAAGCAUCAGACGGGGAAGACCACCCCGUUGGUAGGUGGAAGAGCGAUUGGGAAGCGGGUUUCGAACCCACGGUAGAUGGUAACAGUUCCUUCCGGGGUUUCCCCACCUCCUCGGCCGACGAAGGGGACGAAGUUGGUCCCACAGGUCGGCUCAGGGGUGGAGGGGAUUCUGGGGGGGGGGAGGUGGAUGUCAGGGAACUGACAUCAGAGCGCGAGGCGAAGGGGAGGCUCCGGGCUGAUGCUGGAGAAGGACCCAGCAGCCGGGGGAGAGGCGACUCAGGGGAGGGGGAAGCAUUUAAGCGCAACACCAGGAACAAAAGUGAGCAGAUGGGAAAAUCGGAGAGAGGGCUCACGGACUCUUCACUGGAACUCAGUGAGGAGGGGACAGGUCCCCCGCUACCCACGCCCACCCUGCGCAGAAGGCUCCCGCGCAGUGAGAGGCGGAGGCGAUUGGGUGUCAAACAACUCUUAUGUUGGAAGAGAUUCAAGAAACGCCCACUGACGGAUUCUGCUAGUGACUGAGACAGUCAUGAUCAGAAGGGGCUGUGCAGUCAGAAAGGUUUAACAAGGCAAAUCAGCCUAGAGAGGCACCAGUUUACGCACGAGUAACUCAUACUCAUUACACCAGAAAUAGUAUCUCGGGUUAAGAACUUUGCUUCAGGAUGAGAACAGAAAUCAUGCGGCGGCAGCGGGAGGCCCCAUUAGCUAAAGUGGUGCUUCAGGUUAACAACAGUUUCAGGUUAAGAACAGACCUCCAGAACGAAUUAAGUUCUUAACCCGAGGUACAACUGUACUUGAAAGUCCACCAGACAAAAUAAUCUCCACAUAGGAAACUACAUGUUAGGCGAAAGUGUUAAAAUUUAGUGAUCUCUCUGAUAUGCUAGCUUGUUACACAAAGGGAAUUCAUUAAUACUAAGAAGUUUUCAGACUACAGAUUUACCACCUUAGUGAAAAUUAGGCCUCCAGCAGUGACUGGAUGAUCCUCCAGAUUAUAGUUUAGAGCAGGGGUCAGCAAACCUUUUCAGCAGGGAGCCGAUCCACUGUCCCUCAGACCUUUUUUUGGGGGGGGGCAGACUAUAUUUUGAAAGAAAGAAAAAUGAACGAAUUCCUUUGCCCCACAAAUAACCCAGAGAUGCAUUUUAAAUAAAAGGACACAUUCUACUCAUGUACAAACACGCUGAUUCCCGGACCGUCCAUGGGCCAGAUUUAGAAGGCAAUUGGGUCAGAUCCGGCCCCCAGGCCUUAGUUUGCCUAUCCAUGGUUUAGAGGACUGGAAAUCAUCCCUGUGCUCCCACCUCCCCUUAUGUGUGCAGUUUAUGGAAUUGCUUCCUUAUCUGAUGUUGUGGUGGAAUGUAGCAAACCAUGGUUUGCUCAAACCAGGAAGCAAUUAAUUAAGCUGCACAAAGGGAGGGACAGGAAGGGACCACGUGAGCACUGGGCCCAUUCCCGACCCUCCAACAGUGGUUUAUCUGCAUGCAGCCUUCAAAUUUUUAAGUGUACACUUAAAUAUCUUCCAAAACACCACAAUGUAUAGCGUGAAGCUUUCACAACUGGCUUGUUUAUCUCAUGAUAAGGAACAAUCAUAGCAGUGUGGCAGCCACACACAAAGCUUUCAUAACUUUUUGGAUGUAAUAUUAUAAUGUCCUACGUGUAGCCAUUUGCCUGUCUCUCAGGACCAUAAGUGAUAUGGGGGAAUCUAUGGUCUUUGGUUAAAAGCAGCUAUGGAGGGUGGAAGAAUUUGAAUCAGGGCUGUAACCCUUUUUCUAGCAUUGUUUUCCUGAUUUAAGUUGCCCCUUUCCACAAGCUGCUAUUAGCUGUGGAGAUGGGAAAGACUGCUUCAUUGUCCCUUCUUGACUUGCAGCUCCUGGUCGGGAGGUGUUUAAGUCAGGGAAACAGUGCUGGGGAAAGCUUACAUUCCCUCGCCUGCCCCAGUCCAAAUUCUCCUGCCCCUCACAGCUGCUUUCACCCAAAGAAAAAGAUACUGGGAGACUGAGUUGCAGACCUCCCACAUCACAUAUAGUUUGACCUACAUUAAGGUCUGAAUAACUGACUGACAUCGCAUUAUUUAUAUCUUUCCAUUUAUGAAUGACUUCGUAUAAAAUACUUUGAGGCUAUUUAAAACAUCAAUAAAAAUAAUGAACUAUAGAAAAUCAAUGAUAAUAUAAGGCGGAUAGAAUUGGUUUCUGUUUUGUUAGCUGCGGCUAAGAUAGUUUAGUUGGAAGUAGAAAGACUCAAAUGUUCUUGUAGUAUAGGAAUGGUCAACGAAAUGUAUUCAAUCGGCCAUUAUGAAUCAACUGAGUGAUCUAGAAGGAAGGAAGGAAGGAAGGAAGGAAGGAGUGGCAGAUGUGAUCUGCUAGAGAGAUGGAACUGUUUUACCGGCUAUUGGAAUGUCAGCUAUAGUAAUGUGAGACUAAAAGGGUAUUUAUUCAUAUAGUAUAUACAAAUUCUACGUAUUUUAUACUUGGUUUUAAAGUAUAAGGGGAUGCCAUAAAUUUAGAGAUUUUGUAUCUGACUGGAAAUGAUGCUUAUUUUAUCUGGUCAAACUGGUCUUUUAUUUUGGAAAGAUCAUAUGUUUCCUGCUUAUCUCAUAUAUAUAUGUGUGUGUGUAUGAAUGAACAUUGUGCAUUCUGUGUUCUGUAUUGUAAUCUAUAUCAUUCUUUUUUUGAAAUCAUUCUCUCGUGUGUGUGUGUGUGUGUGUAUGUAUAUAUAUAAAAUUACAGAGGUACCUCUACUUACAAAUGAUGCAAUCUGUUUUGGGGUGCUUUUUGCACACCAAAAAUUCCCAAAGUAGAGCGCCACUACUGCGCGUGCACGAAGCACAAUAGAGCGCAUGUGUGAAGUGCGCAGGUCGCUUCUGCACACGGCGAACCCAGAAGUAAACACUUCCGGGUUUGCCGUGUUCGUAACCUGAAAAGCCGCAACGUGAAGCAAACGUAACACAAGGUAUGACUGUACUUGAUGACACAGUGAAUCUUAGUUUUGGAUUUGAAACUCUUACAUAUGAAUGACAAGAGUCUCAAAUCCAAAGCCAAGAUUCACUGUAUCAUCAAGUAAUGAGCAUGCGUGUAUGAACGAGUCAUGGGUGUCCGGGUUGUUUGCUUUUUACUCCCCUUUGUGUAAUUCUGACUGUGUGUUGGAGAAAUAACUGUAUAAUGAUUAGUGGUUUGGAUGGUUCAAUGGCAUACUUUUUCUUUCACCACCCCAUAAUCUUCUUUUUCCUCCUCUUCCAGGGGAAAGUCAGAAGUGUGAUCACGGCUGUUAAUAGUGCACAACUUCUUAUAAACAACAAUGCUUCGUUCGUUAUUGUUCAGGUAAGUUUUAAUGUUUUUUUAAAAAAAAAAAACAAAAAGCCCACAUAUAGUGCAUUGUAUUUGGAAUUCUUAUGUGUGUAACUUAAUGUGUCCAUUUCUUUUUUCCCUCCGAAAAGGAAACUAAAAAGUAUAUGGAUACUAUAAUCGGUUACUUUGAGCAGUACGCUGAAUGGGUGAAGGAAUCGGUAAGAUAUCUCCCCACCCCCACCUCUUGGGCAAUGGCCAUUUAGAGAACUUCCAUUUUUUUUGGGGGGGGGAGGGGAAAUUAAACAUAUUGGUGUAACACUGCUACUAGAAACAACAUAGUAAAUUAGAACAUAACAUUAAUUAUCCUACCAAAUAUUCUUAAUUCAAAUUGGGUAUCAGAAUCAUAUGUGUAUCUUUCCAGCUUAAUACAAAAUGCUUCUUCUUGGGAAUUUUCUGUAUCUAAUGUUCAGCACUUGAAUUCUUUUUCUGAUCUCUUGUAGAUUGCUAUGGAAGUGGCACCUUGUAAGCCCAUUGCCAAUGUGGUCGAUACUGCUAUAGAUAUAUUUCUAUGCAGCUAUAUAACAGAUUCUGUGGUAAGAAUAGUUUGCAUUCUUCCAAAAAAAAAAAAUUGUGAAGGAGGGAGGGUUAAAUCUUUUUAUUUCUCUGCUGAGACAACUUAUUCUAAGACUAGAGAAUUGGUACAUUUGCAUAAAGGUAGACUUGGGUAAUAAGAAAGGUACAUGUGUAUUACACAGUAACUCCCAAAGAGUUGCAGUUCACAUGUCUUUCGGGAAUUUGGAAAUCACAUGUCCAGAAAGUACGGUAAUCUUGAGAAACAGCUUGUUGCGUGUCGAGGUCCCCAAGCCACCCCAAGAAAACACAAUUCACACAGAAUUUUUGUUUAAGGUUUUUGGCAUAAUUUUGGCCACAACGUUAUUAAAAUACAAAAAAUGCGAGUGGUUGCUUAGGCAUUGGUUGCGACUAUCCGUCCCGCACGGGGACAGACUGACAUUUGCACGUCUGCGAAAGUCAGAAAGGGAAAGAAUUUGGGGAGAAAGAUGGAGCUGGGUACCAUGCCCUCACCUCUCCCCAAAUGCUCCCAGGGGCUCUUGCGUGGCCCUAGCCCCUUGAUAGGGGUUCGGAAAAAAGCAUGGCGAGCCCCCGGAUUCCUUUAAUGGAAUACCCUUGCAGCAGCAGCAUUGGAGGGGCAGGCACAGCCAAUCCAUACCCCUCCACCAACCAAAAAAUUAAACAAUGCCUAACCUCAACCUUACAAGUUGUGAUGAUUUGCUACGCAGUAGGCAAAAACCAAAUGGCACCAGCCAAAUGGACAAAAUUCCUACCGGGCCCUGCCCCCAAAGCAGACGACCCCAUGACAGGCAUGGCAAGGUCAAUGUGAACAACCCUAAAUAUAGGGAGGGGGGCAGGUGAUCCGCUGCGCACAGCAAAAAGAGGAAGCUCAACACUGCGCACAGGGAAUUUAACUCCUCUGGCUGUCAAUCACAAAAUGACACAUCGAAAUCUCCCCAACGACAAGGGGAGCCCAAUCGCAACGGUGGCCAACUAACUUUACCCGCCCAGCAACAGUGGGGUGUCUUGUUAGCCCCCCUCUCCACGAAGGAUAACACGCUUUAGCAUUUAUAGACACCACCCUGGAAGAAAGAUGAAACAGUUAGACUUUUCCAACACAAGUGGUCUUUUCAGUGGUUCUGUCCCUUCUGAAAAUAAACCUGACAGGCCCUUUCUGUUCUCCUGGCCAUCUAAAUUAUCUAAGUGCAUGGGCCACUUGCUUAGAUGUUCUCCUAGUCACAUGGAAUCUGUUCCACAGAUAUGCUGCUUCCAUGUGGAUGGGAAGGCAGAAGGCAAUAUGCCUUUUUUGAAAUAGCACUUCCAUCUUUCUCAACUUUCUGCUGAUUAAUUUCAUUGAGUGGCCUGGAAUUUUAGUGCAAUGGGAGAUAGCAUGCAUAAUUUUAUAGGAGCCUCGAUAACCCUGAGGAAAGACAGGAUAUAAAUCUCAUAACUAACUAAAUCAAUAAAUAAGCCCUUACAAUUUCAUCUUCAUUCAUCUCUCUCUCUCUUUUUAUAAAAGUAAAAAGGCCCAAAAUUUGAGCUUUAAAUUGGGUUUUCCAUUUGCCCAGUCUGGAGACAUAUGUUUGGAGCUAAUCAUUUUAUCAAGCAGCUUAUAAUGAAAUUUACAGUAUUUAAAUGCAAUGGGAAACUUUCUUCUGUUGACUUACAGAAAGACAUUUUGGAUGCAUUCCUGAACAGUGGCAGUGUUCACUGAUUCCUUUUGUCCUGAAAUGGCAACAUCUGCAUUUUCUAGUUGCCUUGAGAAAUGCAGAAGUUGUAUAUUUGUGUGAGGGAAAAAAUUGGCAAAAGACACAGAAAGGAAUAAGCUAAAUGUUCCUCAGAAAUUUCAUGCAAUUACUGCUAAUAAUUGAGGGCACCUAAAGGACCAUGAGUUGUUUUCUUUGCUGCUUAAUUUAGGAUAGGCCUGGAUUUUUCAUGCAUAACUGGGUGAACAAGUUCAGACUGUCUCCAGUUCUGUUGAAAGCAAAGUGUAAAACCACCUUUUUAACAGCUGGAACUAAUUGGGCUGGUCUGUGUAAUCAUUAAAUUAUUAUUUCUUGUAUAAACAAUAUUUCCUGACCCAGAAAAUUGCACUAAGAUACCAAGGAAUUUACUCCACUGAAAGCAGGGAUAAAGCUACAUCUGUUGUUCUUUACAGAAGGAGGAAAGCCUGGCUAGGAUAUUAAUCUUCUGAGGCCUACGCAUACAUUGCGGUUUGUUGUAGGCUGGUUGGAAUAAAGCAAUGUGCUUGUGUGAUUUAUUUAUUUUUUUAAGUUGUUGUAAGGGUUUCACAUGCAUUCCGUGUUCAUCCCAGGGUAGCGCUAGACUGAUGGCACACUUCGGUUGAGUUUUGCUUGGCUUACAAGUAUAUUUUGGUUUGGCUGCUUACGUUAUGGAGGGUGAGGUGUUUCCCUGGUAUAUUUACUUUCUGUAAAAACUGAGCAUUUGCCAGCACAGGGCUUGCAGUAGCAUCCUGGUGCCUACCACUCAAACACAACACAGCAGGCAGGGCCUCAGAUAUUUGGACGCCUGAGGCAGAAGGUCCCGUCUCCAACCACACAAUGUGUGUGCCGGGGGAAUCUCCGCAAGAGCUUCCCUUGAAGGAAAAGCCCUUGCAAAGACUCACCACCUCCAGGCAAGCAAAGGGCAAGCUUCACAAGGGCUUCUGGAAAUGCCGCCUCUUGCGUUUCUGGCGCCUGAGGUGGCUGCUUCACUCUGCCCAACUCACGGUCUGGCUCUGCGGUGCAGGAGCCCUUCUGCAUAUACUGUGGGGCUAUAGAGCUUGAAAGCUGCCCUCCAGCUCAGCGCAGCACAACUUGCCAUGAAGGUCAGCCCGCUUUUCUGAGGAGAAUAACCAGAGGCCUGUUAAACACUGAGCAGGCUCACAGUACAUGGCCAAUGGCUCACAUUUAGCUUAAAGGUAAAGGGACCCCUGGCAAUUAAGUCCAGUCGUGAACGACUCUGGGGUUGCGGCGCUCAUCUCGCUUUACUGGCCGAGGGAGCCGGCGUUUGUCCACAGACAGUUUUUCCAAGUCAUGUGGCCAGCAUGACUAAGCAGCUUCUGGUGAACCAGAGCAGUGCACGGAAACGCCGUUUACCUUCCCCCCGGAGCAGUACCUAUUUAUCUACUUGCACUGGUAUGCUUUCAAACUGCUAGGUUGGCAGGAGCAGGGACCGAGCAACGGGAGCUCAUCCCAUCGCAGGGAUUCAAGCUGCCGACCUUUCGAUCGGCAAGCCCAAGCGGCACAGCGAUUUAACCCACAGCACCACCCGCGACUCGCAUUUAGCUUGCUCAAUUGCAAAUUAUGAGGCCCAGUAUAUGGGCUGUUCCAGUGAAUGUGGGAAGCUUCCCUAUACUGAGGCCGAUCAUUGGUCCAGCUACCUCUAUCAGCCACACUGGCUGGAUACUUUUCCAGCCUUAACCUGAGGUUGAAACUUUGAACGGCACAUUCCGUUACUCCAUUGUUGCUGCGCAUAGUAGCUACUGUCGUAGCCCCACAGCUGACUGGUGCUCUGAAGAUGGUUAACUGUUGUUUAGGAUCUUAAACCACCAUUUAAAGUUGAUUUCAUGCCAGAGCAAAACUUAACUAUGGUAAAAACCUUGGUUCCAGCACACUGUUUAAUGCGGGAGGAAAAUUCAGUCAGAGGGCACUUGCUUUCCAAAACAGUCCAAUAUUGCUACAAUUCCACAUAUGUUAAGAGCCAUGGCUGUUGUCGUCCUUACCUCACUAAUGCUGGCGGGGUUUGAUGUUGUGUUUUAAUCUUGUUAUCUGAGAUGCCUUGAUCUCAAGUGACAGAGCAUUUGUGGACAGUCCCAAGCAGCUUGUACAAAAGUGGCAAAGAGUUGAACUCUUUCCAUUCUUGUCAUCCAUUUUAUAUCAUUCCCAGUUGAAAUUUGUUGUAGUUGAUGGUUCUACAGACUAGCAGGGUCCAAUUUAAAAGAGGCAACAUCACAUCUACACUGGCUCUUGCCCCACCCCCCUUCUGAGUUGGGAAGAACUUUGUAGGAAAUCCUAGAAAAUGUGUGAGAAGGAAUAUGGAUAACUGAGAAUAUAUUAAGUGCCUCAAUGUUGUUUCUUGUCUUCCCUAGAAUGCCUUCUGGUUUGGUUUGGGGGGCUGUUCAGUAUUUCUAAUCCCUGCCAUCAUUUGUGCUGUGAAACUAGCCAAAUUCUACCGCCGGAUGGAUACAGAAGAUGUUUACGAUGAGUAAGUAAGCAGAAUGCUCACAAUGGAAGACUACAGAAAUGCAAGAAAGCACUUUAUGUGAAAUAUGUUUAUAGUUUCCUUUUCUGAUUGCGUAUAGUACUGCGAAUCAGAGUGUCUCAGAGCAACUCAAAGGAACAGGUUGCAUGGAAUUCAUUAUUUAUCUGGGGCCACUGACGUUUACAGGAGUUUUACAGUUUCAGGGGCAAGUAGCUGCCCAUUUAAAUUUCAACAGCAGAUGAGAAGACAGAGGGAGGGGAAAUGGAGGCAAUAAAAAGAGGGGGAAGGAAUGCGAGAAACGUAGGCAAAAAGUAGUGAAUUUGAGUCCGUGCAAGGAUUUCUGCUUGCACAAUAAGGCUUCCUUCCUCAUUAUUCUCUCCACAUGCACCCUACCCUGAUCCAUUACAAAGGGCUGGGGAACCCCUAGAACAGAUUUCAGGGUGAGGGCAAGGAGAAUGUUCUGUUGCACAAGCAGAAAUCCUUGCACUGAUGGAAUGUUCACUUAUUGCUCCGUUGGAGUCUACCCAUCCCCAGGCUUCAGCUUUGGCAUGUAUAGUGCACAGACACACAGUAAACAGAGAGAGACAACUGGAAUGGGAGGGUUUGCCUGGUACAGAGCUCUGGAAAUAGCGGUUCUUCCGGAUAACUCAAGACAGUUGAGGGUUUGAGGUGUAGACAGGUCCUGUGAAUUCAGGAUUAAACCUUUAGAGAAUAACCUGCACUUAAAACAUUCCAUAAUGCAAUAGAUUGGAAACUUUGUGGUAGCUAUGAACUUAAAACAUAUUAUGUCUGAUCUCAUAUUUUCCUUUGCUUUUGUCGUGUGUAGCUAUUCUGCUUCCCCUAACCAGUCUUCUAUUCUUCCAUUUGCAGUUCCUCUGUCUCAGGGACUUGGCAUUUUACUUUAUGAUAGCUAUUUUUACUUAUUUUUCACUUGUCUUCACUUUUACCUUUUUUAAAAAACAAAACCAUUUCCCCGUAAGUCUGUCCAGUGCCUUUUCCUCAUUUGUUUAUUUUUAUUGUGUAGAUCACUUUGACAUUAUACUUUUGCUACAAUAGCAGUGAAAAAACAACAGGGAAAUACUGCAAAGCCAAAUAUUUAUCACGUACCAUUACUUAUUAACACACAUGAUAACUACUUCUUUUUUAUAUUUUGUAGUGUUGAAACUAUGCCCAUGAAAAAGUAAGAGAUUUUAAUUGAUAUUAUAGCAUGUAAAGUGGGAGGGUCUUUUUUUUUAAAUUCGUAGAUGUUACAUAUUUGAUAUAUAUUGUAUUUAUUUUCUACAUUUUUUGGCAUAUUGCUGACCAUACCUAUCACAAAUAGCUUCAUGCAGAUCAUGUUGAAGUAGAGCUUUCUGUAGAAUUAAUUCAAUGUACAUGACAUACUGUACAGUCCUUGAUAUUCUACAGGCUCCGGACUAUGGACACGACUAGUUAACACUGUUUUUUAACAAUAUAUAUACUGAGGUGUUUUAGUUGUCUUAUAUUCUUCUGUUUUUGUUGGCUAUUCUCAGCUGCUUUAGGCAAAGAUUUUGGAAGGGCAACUGAUACCAUUUAAAACAAACACCUUGUUAAUUUUUUUAAUUAUCAUCUUUGUAACCAUAGUGUGUAUGGAGUUGCAUCUUAUCAUUAACACAGUCCUUUCUUGGUAUAUUUAUUUUAUUACAGUUUGGAAAAUGGUAAUAAUGGUUAUCAUAAAGAGCAUUUAUAUGGUAUACACAAUCCAGUUCUAACAAGGUAAACCAAUUUGAAACUGCCUGCCUUAUAAGCACUCUUUAAUAUAUUGUGUAUUAAUCACUCACUCCUUUUUUCUGCACAUUUUUAAACCACUUUUUGUUUUGCAUGAUUUCUCAUUGCUUAGCUCUCUCUUUCAAUAUAUGCCUUAUAUCGCAUUAUAUGCUGGCUUGGUUUAAAAGAAACUAUGGUUUAAUGUGAACGAUCAGUGUGCUGGUGCACAGUGCUAAAAAAAAUCCUAGCCAAACUUUGAUAUGUCGUGUUAUCUGAGCCCAAACUUAUGAUUUGUCUUUUCCACAUAAUUGGUGACAAUUGAGGUUUGUUCUUCAAUUAUCAAUCAUGGUUUGCUUGGGCAAAGCAAACCACAAACAUGGUUGCAGAUGACACACAGAGGCGGAGCAAGGUGGGGGCAGCCUGUCCCGCGUGACAUCCCUGAGGGUGACAAAAUCCUGGCGGGUCCAAUCGCGGCCACGCUGUAUUGCACCCCCGGCCGGGCCAUCACCCCGGAUGGCGUCCCCCAGUUGGGCGCGAUUGCCCCUCCCCCUGGGUCAGGAGUUGUGGACGGGCGGUUAAAGCAAAUGCAAAUAAAUUUGAGUCUGGUCACAUAAAAUUGCACUUCAAGAAAGCACUUGACCUGCAGAAGGUUGUGGUAGCAUCUGUGUGAAAGUAGCAAAAAUUGAUUUGGGGGUGUUUUCAUCUUGCAGAGUUCUCCUUUUUACUGAUGAAAUCAGGAGUGCUCUACGUUUUAUAUCAGGCUCCUAAGUAUAAUAUCCUGGUUGUUCACACACACACACACACACACACACACAGACACACACACACAAACACACCCCAGCCAGCCUCCUGAUGCCAAGAAAAAAAGCAAGUUUCAACGUUGGCCUGAGUUCUUGGUGUGCUUUUUUCUUGGUAUAUUUAAUAACAAGCCUCCUGAUUCCCCCAUUUAACUUGCAUAAAUGUUGGUGUACCUUGAGAGAGAAUACUAAAUGACACAACAAAAUUGUGUAGAAGGUUACUGAUUUAGCGUGAUUUAAUUAUUUGAAAUACGCCGAGAAGCAAAUCGCCAACUUUGAAAACACUUAGCUUUAAAAAUAUCAGUGGAAAUUGGCCUAACUGAAAAGCAGGCGCCUUAUUUUCUUUUCCUUCUCCAAACCUAAAACUUGAAUAGGAGUGGUACCUGAGACAGAGUUUGGAAAACCCUGCCUGAACUGCUUUACCCUGCUUGUCUGUGUGACAGUCUAGUCGUUUCCUGCUUGGCCACGCUCCUCCUAUGCUUUUCCACUUUCCACUACUGCUUUUAGUUGAUUAAAAGGGGUCUUGUCUUCUUGCUGUUUAAAAAAAAGAGACUAAGGUCUAGAUCUCCCAGUGGAUUUUCUGACUGCAAAUGCACGUGCUACUUGUGCUGAACGUUAACGACCUGUUUGUAUUUUUCAGACCUAACUUAGCAAUUAUAACAGAAUUGCCUAAGAAUUUAUAUCUAGCAGCCAUUGAAAGGGUGGAGUAGGAAAGGGUUGGUGAUCUGAAGAGCUUUCAGAAAAAGCAGAGAAUUCUUAUUUUGCUUUCUUUAUAAAAACAACCACCCACAAUUUUCUCCAUUCAUUCACUUUUCUAUACUGAAGUUGCCCCAAACGGUUUCAUAUGUCUCUCUUUCUCUCUCACAUAUAUGUAUAGCUCUGUGGAACAGUGGUAG